GUUGGAGCAUUCCCAGCCUUGCCUCGGGUGUAGGGAUUGCUUGGGAAAAAGCAAAACUACACGGAUCCAACCUGUGUAGUUUUGUUUUUUUGGGAAUAUUCUUGAGGCUCAACCGUUCUCACACUGGAUUUUGGAAAACAUUUCUGGAUAAGGAGUUUGUUUCAGAAGACUAAUACCUCUUUGGGCUUUGUCCCCACAGUUUAAGGCACUCUUGUGGAUACAAGGUGCCCACCAUCAUGGCAACACAAGCGCCAACAUUUACACAGCCGCUUCAGAGCGUUGUGGCACUUGAGGGUAGUGCUGCAACGUUCGAAGCCCAAAUUAGUGGUAAUCCAGUUCCUGAGGUGAGCUGGUUUCGUGAUGGCCAGGUUCUUUCUACUGCCGCUCUGCCCGGCGCUCAGAUCUCGUUCAGCGAAGGCCGCGCUGUUCUGAAGAUCCCCGCCGUGACAGCCGCACACAGUGGAAGAUUUUCUGUGAGAGCCACCAAUGGAGCUGGACAAGCCACUAGCACUGCUGAACUCCUGGUUACAGCGGAAACUGCACCGCCCAACUUUAUUCAGAGACUACAAAGCAUGACUGUGAGACAAGGAAGCAAAGUGAGACUGGAUGUCCGUAUGACAGGAAUCCCUACACCUGUGGUGAAGUUUUUCAGAGAGGGUGCUGAGAUUCAGAGCUCAGCUGACUUUCAGAUUGUUCAGGAUGGAGAUCUUUACAGUUUGUUGAUUGCCGAGGCUUUUCCUGAAGACUCUGGUACAUACUCAGUUAGUGCCUCUAACAGCAGUGGACGUGCGACUUCGACUGCAGAACUACUGGUUCAAGGUGAAGAGGAAGCUGUGCCUGCUAAGAAAAUUAAGACAGUUAUUUCAAGCUCUCAGAUUUCACAGACCCGCCAAACCAGAAUGGAAAAGAAAAUGGAAACCCGCUUUGAGGCCGCGUCCAUGCAGAUGCAAGUGGAAGGAGGUAUUCUGACUCAGAUGGCCCACAAAACUCCACCACGUGUGCCACCCAAACCAACCUCCAAGUCUCCUCCAUCUCUUGUGACUAAAGUUUCAGUUACUCGACAACAGUCACCUUCUCCUGUGAGGCAUGUGAAGGCACCUACACCGACUCCUGUCAGAACUGUAUCCCCCUCCACAAGACUGUCCAUAUCUCCAAUCAGGCCUGUCAAGUCCCCAGUGAUGACCCGAAAACAGGUUACUCAGAUCACAGAGGUCCUGCCUCCAUGGAAACAGGCGGGAUAUGUAUCUGAGUCCAGCUACAUUGCCAGCAUGGCAGCGAGAGCUGCGAAAGUUCAAACCACUACUCAGGUCCGCAUGGAGCAGCGCUGGGAAGGCUCAGUUGCCAUGCAGCAACAAGUCAGCGGCGUCGCUGUCAAAGAGGGUCAUGAGAAAAGGGCUGGAGCUGUGGCUACAGUGCUUGCUGCGGUGGAUCAAGCACGUGUACGAAAGCCUGUGCAUGUUGAGGGUGCUUUGGCUGAAGAGGAAACGGACAUUAAACAACAGGCUGUGCUAAGUUCUAUGCAACAGGCUGCAAGUAAAAUGGAGGUGUUGCAAAUUCCCACUGAUAUACCGAGCUCGUCCAUCGAGCAGAAAGUUCAUGUCAGCCAGAUCCAAAGAACUACUGAGGUUAAGGCCCAGGUGGAUUCUGGCCUUGCCCCAUCCCCAGUUCCUCAUUUCACAGUUUCAAAAGUUACUGUUCCUAAACCUGAUCAUAGCUAUGAGGUCUCAAUAGCUGGCUCUGCUAUUGCCACACUGCAGAAAGAGUUGUCUUCUACUCAUACUGCCCAAAAGAUCAUCAAGCCUGUGAAGCCACCAACACAUAAGAUUGUGGAGACAAGAGUGACUCCAGAACCUACCCCUCCUCCAUUUAGAGAUGCCACUGAGAAAUAUCAGUUGCAAUUCGACACAGACUUACAGAGACAGAUAGGUGCUUCAUAUACAGGGGAAUGGGAGACACAGGUUCUUGAAACAGCUGCAGUUCCCUCAGUUGUCAGAGAGCCAAGUAUUCCUCCGACUGUUGUUGCUGGCUUAAAGAACCUGACUGUUACCGAAGGAGAGUCCGUGACACUGGAGUGCCAGAUCUCAGGUCACCCCACACCAGGCAUUAUGUGGUUCAGAGAGGACUACAGAAUUGAAAGCUCUAUUGAUUUCCAGAUCACAUAUGAGCAAGGAUAUGCCCGUUUAGUGAUCCGUGAGGCUUUUGCUGAGGAUAGUGGUCGUUUCACAUGUACUGCUACAAACGAGGCUGGAACAAUCAGCACCUCCUGCUACCUGCUUGUUAAAGUGUCAGAGGAGAUUGAGACCCGAGCCGAGAUUACUACGGAGAAACAAGCAAUUAUUGAGACUAAAGAAGUGGUUACGUCAGAAGUUGGAGUUGUCUCUGAGACCGUGGAUGCUGGAGCAGCUGUAGCGCCAUUCUUUGUGAAGAAGCCACUUUCACAGAAACUUGUGGAAGGUGGCAGUGUUGUGUUUGUUUGCCAGAUUGGAGGCAACCCCAAACCUCACAUUUACUGGAAGAAAAAUGGUGUCCCACUCACAUCAGGAUACAGAUAUCGUGUAAGUUACAAUAAGGAAACAGGACAAUGCAAGCUGGAAAUCUCCAUGACAUUUGCUGAUGAUGCUGGAGAGUAUACUAUCUCUGCCAAGAACCAGCAUGGAGAGAUAUCGACUUCUACAAGACUUCUUGAGGAAGAGGAAUAUGAAGCUUAUAUAAAAACCCUGGAUGUGACAUACAAAACAGAAGUGACCACAACAGUGGGUCAGGAGCCCAAAGUGGCGGAUUUGCCCCCUGUGGUCUUUAGUGAAUAUGACAUGCAGAGAAGGAUGGCACAACAAGCCCAAAUGACAACAUUCAUAUCAGAGAGGGAAUUCCAGAUCUCUGCUCUUGAGGUGAGAAUCAUUCAAGAGAUUGAGUUCAGGAUCCUCAAGAUUACAUAUCGUGAACUAGUGAUUGAGGAUGGAGAAGAAAUGCUGCUGAGUGCGGCUGAGCAUGAGGCAGUAGGAUCCUCUUUCAGCACACAUGUCAAAAGCUACAGAAUCAUGGAGGGAAUGGGUGUGACAUUCCACUGCAAAAUGGCAGGAAAUCCCUUGCCAAAGAUUGCAUGGUACAAAGAUGGCAAGCGCAUCAAGCAUGGAGGCCGUUAUCAGAUGGAGGUUCUUCAGGAUGGAAGAGCCACUCUGCGUCUUCCUGUGGUGUUGCCAGAAGAUGAAGGAGUCUACACAGCAUUAGCUAGUAACAUGAAGGGUAAUGCCGUCAGCUCUGGAAAACUCUAUGUGGAGUCCACAGCUGCUGCUCAGCCCUUUUAUCCUCAGACAGAAGCAAUGAAGAGAGUACAGUCUGAAUCCCCAAUGUCUGCACGCUCCAUUAGCCUCUCCCCCGGACGUUCCCCUGCACGUUCUGUUAGCCGUUCUCCUGCUCGCAGACUGGAUGAGACAGAUGAGUCCCAGCUGGAAAGGCUUUACAAACCUGUGUUUGUCAUGAAACCAUCAUCCUUCAGGUGUGCCGAAGGACAGACUGCAAGAUUUGAUUUGAAAGUUGUUGGAAGACCCAUGCCCGAAACUUAUUGGUUCCACAAUGGGCAACAAGUAGUGAAUGACUACACCCACAAGAUUGUGGUGAAGGAGGAUGGAACGCAGUCUAUGAUUGUGGUGCCUGCUAUGCCUAAUGACUCUGGAGAAUGGACAGUUGUUGCUCAGAAUAGGGCUGGAAAAACUACUGUUUCUAUGACUCUAACUGUAGAAGCUAAGGAAAACUUGAUUAGACCACAGUUCAUUGAAAAGCUAAGGAAUGUCAGUGUCAAGGAAGGUACCUUGGUUGAGUUGGCGGUCAAAGCCAUUGGAAACCCACUCCCUGACAUUGUCUGGCUGAAAAACAGUGACAUAGUCUCUGCUCAUAAGUAUCCAAACAUUAAAAUUGAGGGAACCAAGGGGGAAGCACGUUUCAAAAUCCCCCAAACCGCUGGUUCUGACAGUGCAUGGUACACCGCUACAGCAAUUAAUAAAGCUGGACGCGAUACCACACGCUGCCGUGUCAAUGUUGAGGUGGAGUACGUUGAACCUGAACCAGAAAGAAAACUCAUUAUUCCUAAGGGAACUUACAAAGCUAAGGAAAUUGCUUCACCAGAGUUGGAGCCACUGCACCUCCGUUAUGGUCAGGAACAAUGGGAGGAGGGUGACCUUUAUGACAAGGAGAAACAGCAGAAGCCGCACUUCAAAAAGAAACUGACCUCAGUAAGACUCAAGCGUUUUGGUCCUGUACACUUUGAAUGCAGACUCACCCCUAUUGGUGAUCCAACAAUGAUUGUUGAGUGGCUACAUGAUGGCAAGCCCCUUGAAGCUGCUAACAGGUUACGCAUGAUUAAUGAAUUUGGCUAUUGCAGUCUUGACUAUGAGGUUGCAUAUUCCAGAGACAGUGGAGUUAUCACAUGCAGAGCUACCAACAAAUUUGGUGUUGAUCAGACCUCAGCCACCCUGAUUGUAAAAGAUGAGAAAAGUCUUGUUGAGGAAAGUCAGUUGCCUGAGGGUAGGAGGGGACAGAGAAUAGAUGAAUUAGAGCGCAUUGCUCAUGAUGGAGCUCCUGCUGGUGUUACUAUAGAUGAAAUCGCUGAAAAAUCUAAGCCUGACAUUGUCCUAGUUCCAGAGCCCAUUGCAGUAUUGGAGGGGGAAACUGCUAAAUUUCGUUGUAGAGUAACUGGAUACCCAACCCCUAAAGUAAACUGGUACCUGAAUGGAAAGCUUAUUCGCAAGAGCAAAAGAUUUAGACUACAGUAUGAUGGCAUUCACUACCUUGAGAUUGUGGACUGUAAGUCUUAUGAUUCAGGUGAGGUUAAAGUUGUGGCAGAGAACCCAGAAGGAACUGCAAACAACAUUGUGAAGCUAGAUAUUAAACAGAAGGAGGACUUCAGGGCAAUCCUGCGACGUGCUCCUGAAGUUAAGGCUCCAGAAGGUCCUGGCCCUGAGCAUGGCAGAGUAUCUUUUGAUGUUAUUAAGGUGGAUAAACCUACUGAGACCUCACAAGCCAAAGAGGUUGUCAAACUAAAGAGGGCUGAGAGAGUUGUUCACGAGAAGUCUACCGAAGAGACGGAGGAAUUAAGAAGCAAAUUCAAACGCAGAACUGAAGAAGGCUACUAUGAAGCUAUUUCCUCAGUGGAGUUUAAAUCUCGCAAGAAGGAUGAGUCCUAUGAAGACAUGUUGAAGAAGAGAAAAGAAGAGCUUCUUCACUGGACUAAGGAGAUACCUGAAUCUGAGAAGAAGAAGAUGGAAGAAGAACGUAAACUUACCAUUCCUACAAUUAAGCCUGAGAAAAUAGCUCUUUCCCCCAGCAUGGAGGCACCAAAGAUCUUAGAACGCAUUCAGAGCCAGACAGUCACCCUGGGUGAUGAAGUACGCUUCCGUUGCAGAGUUGUUGGUAAACCAGAUCCAGAAUGCCAAUGGUACAAGAAUGGAGUUUUGCUGGAAAAAUCAGACCGAAUUUAUUGGUACUGGCCUGAGGACCAUAUCUGUGAACUGGUUGUUAGAGAUGUUCUAGCUGAAGACUCGGCUAGCAUUAUGGUAAAAGCCAUUAACAUUGCAGGAGAGACUUCAAGCCAUGCCUUCUUGCUGGUGCAUGGCAAGCAAGUUGUAACCUUCACACAGGAAAUUGAGGAUAUAUAUGCCAAAGAAAAGGACAACCUGGUGACCUUUGAAUGUGAAACAAACGAGCCCUUUAUCAAGGUUAAAUGGUUGAAGAACAAUACUGAUAUUUUCUCUGGGGACAAAUACAGGAUGCACUCUGACAGAAAAGUGCAUUUCCUAUCUGUCCUGGUUAUUGGCAUGGAUGAUGAUGCUGAAUACACUUGUGCUGUUGUUGAGGAUGAUCAAAUAAGAACAUCAGGCAGACUACAUGUUGAAGGUGCACCACUUGAAAUUGUGAAGAAUUUGGAAAGUGUUGAAGUACCAGAGUCAUAUGCAGGGGAGUUUGAGUGUGAAAUAUCUCGUGAGGAUGCUGAAGGCACCUGGUACUUCGAGAACAAAGAGAUCACUCCAAGCCUGAAGUAUGUUAUGUCUUCUCGCCGUGGAAGACACAGCCUGUGUGUCAAGGAUGUGAAGAAAGAGGACCAAGGCAAAUACACUUUCAAAGUGGGUGAUCUACAGACAAGUGCUAAUCUGAAGAUGAAACUGCGCUCAGUUACACUGAUGCAAGGACUUUCCGACUUAACUCUCUGUGAAGGUGAUAUUGCUCAGCUGGAGGUACGAUUCUCUCAGGAGAAUGUGGAGGGAACUUGGUUGAAGAACGGUCAACCCAUCUCUGCUACUGAUAGGAUUCACAUUGUUAUUGACAAACUUGUACACAAGCUCCUGAUUGAAAACAUAACCAAAGAUGAUGCUGGAAUGUACUCCUUUAAUGUUCCUGCUCAUGACAUUUCCACCGCAGGAAAACUGAAUGUUCAAACAAUUUCUAUUAUAACACCUCUAAAGGAUGUUAGCACAAUUGAAGGCACAAAGGCAGUGCUAGAAGCCAAGAUUUCAGCUGCUGAUGUGAGCUCAGUGAAAUGGUACCAUAAAGACAAACUAGUGACUGCUAGUGACAGAAUCCAGGUCGUGUCUAAGGGCUCCAAACAACGACUAGUACUGAAUAGAACUUAUGCUUCUGAUGAAGGACAAUAUAAACUGGUUGUUGGCAAAGUUGAUUCAUCAUGCAAGCUAACUGUUGAGAAAAUUAGUAUCGUAAAGCACAUGGAGGACUGUGUUUGCACGGAGACCCAGAAUGUCACAUUUGAAGUUGAGCUGUCUCAUACUGGCAUUGAUGCUCUCUGGACAUUUAAGGGUCAACCUCUGAAGGCUGGUCCCAAGUACAAAAUUGAUUCUAAGGGCACAAAGUAUAGUCUCAGUAUUCUGAAUGCCAUGAAAGAUGAGGAGGGCCCUUAUGUGUUUGCAGCUGGUGAAAAGACUUCAAGUGCUAAACUCAUAGUAUCAGGUGGUGCCAUAAACAAACCACUGCAGGAUGUAACUGUUGCAGAGUCCCAGACAGCUGUGUUAGAGUGUGAAGUUGCCAGUGCCUCCACUGAGGGAAAGUGGAUUAAGGAUGGACAUCCUGUUGAGUUCAAUGAUAAUGUCAGACGUGAAGAGAUCGGUCCUGUAAGACGGCUUGUCAUUGAAAUCUCAAGACCUCAGGAUAUUGGAGAGUACACAUACCAAGUGGCAAACUCUAAGACCUCAGCUAACUUGAGAGUUGAAGCUGUAAAGGUCAAGAAGACACUAAAGAACCAAACUGUCAUUGAGACACAAGAGGCUGUCUUCAGUAUUGAACUUACUCAUUUGGACGUGAAAGGGGUCCAAUGGAUCAAGAACGGAAUUGAUAUUCUUCCAAGUGAUAAAUAUGAAAUAUCAGUAGAUGGCAUGGUUCACAUGUUGAAGAUUAAAGAUUGUAACACCCAGGAUGAAUCAGUUUAUGGAUUCAAACUUGGAAAACUCACAGCUAAUGCAAGACUCAAUGUUGAGACAAUAAAAAUUGUGAAGAAGCCCAAAGAUAUGACUAUACUGCUAAACUCUACUGCAUCCUUUGAGUUAAGCGUAUCCCAUGAUAAUGUCCCCGUUAAAUGGAUGUUCAAGAACCAAGAGCUUCAGCCAAGUGCAAAUAUCCAAAUCCUUUCUGAGAGGAAAGCUCACAAGCUUAUCAUUGCUAAUGUUGAAGAAAACAUGGCGGGAGAAUACACAGCUGUUGUGGGACAUGUGCAGUGCAGUGCAGUUUUACAUGUUGAGUCUUUGAGAGUUACAAAGCCCAUGAAAAAUAUUGAGAUCCCAGAGACCCAGGUGGCCACAUUCGAAUGUGAGGUUUCGCAUUUUAAUGUCCCAUCCACAUGGCUGAAAAAUGGAGUUGAGAUUGAAAUGAGUGAGAAGUUCAGAAUAGUUGUGCAGGGUAAGCUGCACCAACUGAAGAUCAUGAACACCAGCAGAGAUGAUACUGCAGAAUAUACAUUUGUCUGUGGAAAUGACAAAGUCUCAGCCACCCUGACAGUUAGCCCUAUACUCAUCACCUCCAUGCUCAAAGACCUCAAUGCUCAAGAGAAGGAUACCAUUACAUUCGAAGUGACUGUUAAUUAUGAAGGCAUCACCUACAAAUGGCUGAAGAAUGGUAUAGAGAUUAGAUCCACUGACAGAUGCCAGACUCGUUCAAGACAGUUUUCUCACUCUCUGACCAUUCGCAAUGUGCACUUUGGGGAUACUGCAGAGUACAAGUUUGUGGCAGGAUCUGCUCAGACUUCAGCAAAACUGUUUGUUGAAGCUCGUGUCAUUGAGUUUAGAAAGCACAUCAAAGAUAUCAAGGUGACUGAGAAGAAAAAGGCUAUCUUUGAAUGUGAGCUCUCUGAGCCCAAUGUUCAAGUCACAUGGAUGAAAAAUGGGCAGGAACUUGAGCUAUCUGAAAGGUUCAAGGUUUCUACAGACAAGUAUAUUCAACGCUUAAUGAUACAGACUGUUCGCAUGUCUGAUGCUGGUGAAUACUCAGUGGUUGCUGGAUCCAGCAUGUCCAAAGCUCAGCUCACAGUUGAAGGCAAAGAUGUCCGCAUCACCGAACCGGUUGAGAAAGAAAUAACAGUGCUUGAGAAGCAGAGAGCUACAUUGGAAUUUGAGGUCAAUGAGGAUGACAUCGAUGGACGCUGGCUCAGAAAUGGUGUUGAAAUUCAAUUCACCAUUGAUAAGCGUUAUAACUAUGUGACCAUUAGGAAAAUUCAUCGCUUGACAAUCACUGAAACAUGGAGGAGUGAUGCUGGAGAAUACACUUUCAUUGCUGGGAAGAACAGGAGUGUGGUGACCCUACAUGUCAACAUUCCUGAACCUCCUAAGAUCAUCAAGCAUAUGGAGCCUUUGUCUGUUGAAGCUGGUAAACCUGCACGCUUCUCUGUGGAAGUGACUGGAAUCCCUGAACCACAAGUUUCCUGGUAUAAGAACUCUCAGGCAUUAUCUCCUGGAUUCAAGUGCAAGUUUCUGAGAGAGGCAAAUGAACACACUCUGCUGCUCAUUGAAGUCUUCCCAGAGGAUGCAGCUCAGUACAAUUGUGAGGCAAGAAAUGACUAUGGGCAGGCGACCAGCUCUGCUUCACUGAACGUCGAAGUUCCAGAGGUUGUUUCACCUGACACUGGUGCACCUUUAUCCCCACCUGUGAUUAUAUCUCCAAUACAACACACCUCUGCCACUGAAGGGGGAUCUGCUAGAUUUCAGUGCCGGGUGUCUGGAGAAGAUCUGACAAUUACGUGGUUCAGCAAAGACAAAGAGAUCAAACAGUCAACCUUCUUCAGAAUGUCUCAAUUUGAUGACAGCUGCCAGCUAGAGAUAGCCAGAGUUUAUCCAGAGGAUGAGGGAGAGUACACCUGUGUUGCUCGUAAUUCUGCUGGAAUGGUUUCUUGCUCCGCAGCACUUAAACUGGAGGUUACCAAACGUGAGGACAUUGAAACAAAAAUUGAAGAAGUCGUCAAAGAGUAUUCUAGUUUGACUUGGAAGACUGAGGAAGAAGAAGAAAAAGAAGAAACCUUCAGCACUUCUCUACAAUUACCCAAAACAGCUAAAACACUUGAACUCACGCCAGAACAAAAACGUUAUUCCAGUUCUUUGGAAAAGAAAAUACCUACUUUUGUAACCAAGUUAACACCAUCUGUAGUUACAGUUGGCAGUUCAGCUAGGUUUACUGUCACUGUAUCUGGCUUUCCAAAACCUAAAGUUAAUUGGUUUCAUAAUGGUAAAUCCAUUACUUCUUCAUCCAUUUACAGGUUUGUGGAGGAAAGAAAUGAAUACAGUCUAAUUAUCAGUGAGGUUAAAAAAGAGUUUGAGGGAGAGUAUUCUUGCAUUGCCAGUAACAGAUUUGGCCAAACUACGUGCACAACAACACUGAAAGUAGAAGUUCGUGAUCUAUCUACAGCAGAGAAGUGGGUUGAGCGAAUGUUUAAAAUCCCUGGUGAGCCACCCUGCUUUACCACACAAAUCCAACCAGUGCAGUGUGCUGAAGGAUGUGAAGCUAAAUUUCAUUACAAAGUGACAGGGGUACCUCAUCCAGAGGUUCAGUGGUUUAAGGGUAGUUACCAAAUUAAGCCUAGCCCAAACUGUUGCGUAGUCACAGACCCCGAUGGCACUGGAUUUCUUAUAAUGAUUGAUGCACAACAGAAGGAUACUGGUCUAUACACAUGUAAGGCUUCCAAUUGCUUUGGAGAGGCAACAUGUAGUGCUGAAUUGACGGUGUUUUGCAAAAGUUUCUCAGUAUCUCAUCAACAGCAGUUAGUUCAGGGACAAAAGUCUUAUAAAGUGUCCACAACCGAAGAAGCAACUGAAUCUCGAUUGUAUAGUGUGAGUCUUCCCAUUCAAGCCAGAACCGAAGUGCAGGAAGGACGCCAGAUGAUUUAUACCAUUGGUACUGAAGAUAAGCACAUUAUAGCCAGUGAGCAAGUAGGUACUUUCUGUGAAAUAGAUGUUUCAGCUGCAACUAUGCACAAGGAGCAGGUUACUCACCAAGCAGCAGUUCUGCAGUCUCACAAAAUGCAAGAAAGGGUAACUGUAGCUCCCACCAAGCCACAGUCAGCAGUGGCGACACCUCUGAAACAGCUUCACAUGGCUGCAAUGACCUCUGCUGUUCAAGAAAACCAAGGUUUUACAGAGCAACAUUUAGACCGUAUUAAAAGUCCUGAAGUUACUGAGGUUGAUAUUUCUAAGCAGGAGCCUUCAAAGUGUAUGUCUGCUAUAACAGAGAGUGUGACUCCGUUAACAAUAGUUAAAGCAGAGCCUCUAUCAAGGCAAGAGGAAAAGCAGCUCAAAGCUACUCCUGAGCCUAAGCACCAAAUGUUAAGUCACCAGGUAGAAACAAUCCUUGCAACUGUUAAAGAGCAGUCACAUAUUAUACCACAGACGGAGGCGGAAAAGAGCUACCAAGUUAAAGAGGGCAUUAAAAUAUUGUAUUCAGCAGUUUCCACAGAAAAUACACAGCUUUCUGAAGGGCAUACAGCAGAUAUCUCUAUUUUGGAUUCAGCAAUUCAAUCAUCAGUAAAGACAGAAUACUCAAAACCAGUUAUUCUUUCAGUAAAUGAGACCAAGCAAAUGUUAUCAAAAGAAGAGAAGUUAUCUAUGCACCAGCCAAAUGAGGAAGUUGCAUCUCAGGCUAAGGAUAGGGUAUUUAAGUCAGCUGUUAUUUCUGAAGAAAGAAAUGAACUUAAAGCUGAAAAAACAAGCAUAAUCCCAGGUUUGGAUAGUGCUGUUUCGGUUCAGUCACAGACUGAAAAGGACCAGCUAAUUAAUUUGCAGAUAUUCACAGAUCAGGCAGUUCUUCCCUCUGAGGGUCGAUUCAGUAGUGAAAGGCCAAGUCCUGAACAAGCAGAAGUUAGAAAAUCUCCUACCUUUAUGCACACCGUGUCAACAGAUGAACAGGCAACUGCUACCUGUGAAGAAUCAACUCAGUUUUCUGUUGAAGAGACAGCAAUUUCCAUAGUACCUCAUAUAGAGGUUCCUGCCCUCUUGCAUCUACAGGCAAUUCACCCAGACAACAUCCUAUCAAAAGAGGGUAUACUCUCAGCAGAGAAGCCUGACCAGCAGAUGGCAGUUCUGAGACAGGAAAUGGCCCGUAAACAUGCAGUUACUACAGAGGAGAAAAGGGAUCUUACAGCAGACUAUUCCAGAGCUCUUGAUGUUUCUGUGGCAGGAUUUCAAUCUGAAAUCAGCAAAGAACCAAAGCCUCAAAACAUUUUGCAAGUAUGUGCAGAACAAAUGCAAUUGCCAAAAGAAAAACCAUUUGAUAGUGACAUUAAGCAACAACGUGCGUUAGUUCAAAAAGAGGAUCACUGGAAUGUUUUACAGGCCAUGUCUGUAUCAGAUAAACAUGAGCUGGAGGAAGGACAUACAGAACAUUUAGGUAUACUUGAGCAAUACACAUGCUUGACUAAGAUGGAGCCUAAAAUGUCAACAGAAUUUGUUCAUGUUGAGGAAAAGGCGGUCUCCACAGAAAAUACUACUUCUCUUGAGGCUGCAGAACAAGACUUUGCUGUUCAGAUUCAAGAGGGACAGUCCAUUAGACAGUCAAUAUUAUUGGAAGAGAAGCAUGUUCUAACACGUGAAACGUCUCAAGAUCUUAUUAAACCAAAAACUACCGUUGCAGUGGUUAGCCAGCAGCAGAUGGGUGCUCUACUAGUGUCAGAGUCCAGAGAAAGUGAGGAACUUCCUAAGGAACUUACAUUUGUUAUCUCAGCACCAAAAGCACAUAGCUUAAAUAUAAAGCAGCAGUUAAAAAAUAUGCUUGCAUCUGCAGUAGCUAGAGAUCAACCAUUAAUCCUAGCAGAUGUGGUUGAGCGUUUAGAAGUUGUUGAAGUGCAAGAAGUAAAAGUACAGAAGGAGCCCAAGUAUAUUAUAUUCACAUAUCUUAUUACAACUGCUGGUGCACCCAUAGAAAUUACAAUUGCUUUUGAGGGAGAGUACCCUCAGACUGCUGAUCUUAAGAGUGAACUUCAGGCUGCAUUUUAUUCCAUUGUAUUUCGUGAGCAUCAGGUACUUACCUCUGAACAGCCAGGAACAAUGCAAAUUGACAGGCCUCAGAGAUUACAAGUUAGCAAGGCAACUUCCAAAGAAAGGCUUUCACCAGUAGUAGAGACUGUGCAAUUAACUGAAAAUGCAGAAGCUUUUUUGGCAUCUAAAACUCAAUCAGCUUCUCUGAAAACUGAAUCAACAACUACUUUCCAAUCUGUUAGUUUUCACAAAGAAUCUUUUGUGGAAGACUCAGGAAGGAGUGAAAUUAUGCAGAUGUCCACAGAGUCAAAAAUGGAGAUGAAGCAAUCUGUUCAUAUUGAUAAACAGGAAAUCAGUUUGGUGACAGCAAAAGGCCAAGCAAGAGAUGUAACAAGCAAAUUGCAAGAAGAAACAGUUAGGGAUGAUUACUCAGUUUUUGAAAGUACUUUAAAAGAUAUUACGAUUGAAGAACAUUCUAAAGCAACCUUUUCUGUAACUAUAAGACAUGUUUCAAAGGUCAAUUGGCUUUUUAAUGGAAAACCAAUUAAGUCUGGCAAAGAGUUCAAGUGUUCAAAAGACAGGGACACCUAUACACUAGUAAUAGACAAAGUUAUCAAGAAUAAACAUGAAGGCGAAUUCACGUGUGAGGCCGUGAGUGAAGCUGGCACAACACGGACAUCUUCAAGGCUCACAGUAGUCUCAAGAGUGCCACCUGUUUUCAGGCAUAAAAUCCAUGCUCUGGAGACUAAUGUUGGCAGUCCUGCCAAAUUUGAAUGUGAGAUUGAAGAUGCUCCAAAUGUUACCUUCACAUGGUUCAAGUCUGGUUCUGAGAUCAGACAGAGUGACAAGUACAGGAUCAUCAGCUAUUCUACCACAUCAUCGCUGGAGCUUCUGAGUCCAACCAUAGCUGAUAGUGGAGUGUAUAUGUGCAAAGCUUUAAACCAACAUGGUAGCGACAGUUGCUCUGCUAACCUGACUGUGACAGAGGUUUUCCCUCCAGAAUUUGUGUCAAAGCCUGAACCGAUGACAUUAUUUGUGGGUAAACAAGCUAAAUUUCAGUGUGUCAUCACUGGUUCUGCACCACUGAAUGUUGUAUGGUACAAGGACAACAUUGCUAUUUUGCCCGAUGAGAACCAUAAAGUGUCUUUUGAGAAGAACAAGCAUUGUCUUGAGAUAAUGAAACUUGAGCAAAGUAAUCAGGGAACUUACCUUUGCAAAGCUUCAAACAGUGUCGGCAUGGCUACAUGCUGCACUGAAAUGAGAGUUAUUGACAAACCUAGUUUUGUGAAGACCUUCGAAUCAACUUCUGUAGCUGUGGGAAACCCACUGCGACUUGAGUGUCAGGUCGAUGAAGAUACAGGUGUGACUAUUACUUGGACAAGGGAUGGCAAGAAACUCCAUAACACUAUGGAUAGCAAAAUGUCUUUUGAUGAGAAAGUCAUCAGCCUUGAUAUCCCAAAGUCCAAGAUAAAAGAUACUGGCACUUAUGUCUGCACUGCUACAAAUGAUGCUGGAAGCAGCAGCUGCUCUUCUGUGGUUACGGUGAAAGAGCCUCCAGUAUUUGUUAAGAAACUGGAGCCAAAAAUCCUUUGGAAAAAAGGCAUUUCUGCACGCUUAUUGUGCACUGUGAAAGGAUCUCCUGAGCUCCAUGUCAGUUGGUUUUUACAUGAGAAACAACUAAGCUCCAGUGAAAGACACAAAAUCACCUUCAAAGAUGGUCAAGCUACACUUGAGAUUAUUGACCUUACUGUGUCUGACAGUGGAAAUUACACCUGUGAAGUAAUGAACGAGGCUGGCUGUGAAAGUUGUAGCACCAACUUGACUGUUAAAGAACCCCCUGCUUUCAAAAAGGAGUUAGAAAUGGUGGAAGUGGUGAAGGGGCAUGCUGCAAAACUCCAGUGUGAAGUUACUGGCACCGCUCCAUUUGAUGUAUCUUGGUUAAAGGACAAGAAACCAGUGAUCACUGAUAAAAGGCAUACAAUUGUAUCAAAGGACACCAUUUUAUGUUUGGAAAUACAAUCAUUUGACAGUGCAGAUGUUGGGGACUACCAAUGUGUUGUUUCGAAUGAUGUUGGUAAAAUAACUUCUAAAUCAAUAGCCAAACUGAAAGACCCUCCAUCUUUUGUAAAGAAGAUCGAAAACACAACUGCAGUUUUGGACAGUUCUGUGAAACUGCAGGGUACUCUUAAAGGCUCAGCCCCUAUUACUGUCACAUGGCUAAAGGAUUCUGAGCUACUCAGACAUGAUGAUCCUAAUUUUACAAUUACUUUUGAAAACAACAUUGCCAGUUUGGCGAUUGCAAAAAUAGCCAUGAACCAGGAUGGAAAGUACACAUGCCUCGCAGAAAAUGAGGCUGGCCAGCAAAAAUGUGAAGCCAAGUUAUCAGUACAAGAACCAGCUAGAAUUGUUGAUAAAGCACCAUCCAUAAGUGUAACAGCAGGAGAUUCUGCAACUUUGGAAUGCACUGUGUCAGGAAGUCCGGAUCUUAAAGUUAAAUGGCUUCGUGAUGGCAAGGAAGUGAUAUCAGGACGAAAAUACAAAAUCUCUUUUAAAGACAAUGUAGCGAGCUUAAAAAUCCUUUCGGCAGAGAGGGGAGAUAGCUGUGAAUACACAUUGGAAGUUUCUAAUCGGGUUGGAAAAGACCAUUGCUCUUGCUCAGUCACAGUUCUUGAUAAAAUUAUACCACCAACCUUCACAAAAAAUCUUAAAAAGGUUGAUGGCAACCUUGGAGGAAAUAUCCAGAUGGAUUGUAAAAUGUCAGGGUCACAGCCCAUGACAAUAUCUUGGUUCAAAAAUGGAAAGGAGAUCACAACUGGUAUAAAGUACCAAAUUGAAUUUAAAGAAAGCUCUGCUUUAUUGAAAAUAUCCCAGUUAGAGACUUCUGAUGCUGGGGUUUUCACUUGUCAUGCAACUAAUGCUGCGGGGCACAGUGAGACCAGUGGAACAGUAUCUAUUAAAGAGCCUCCAGUCUUCACAUUGAAACCUGAAUCUCAAGAUGUUAUACCAGGGUCUAAUGUUGUUUUGAAAGCUGCUUUUACUGGAACACCAAGUUUUACUACUAAGUGGUUAAAAGAUGAGAAAGAGAUAUUAACUGGAGGUACUUGUUUUAUCAAGAAAGAUGCCUCUUCAAGUACCUUGGCAUUGCACUCUGUAAAGCCAUCACAUUCUGGCAAAUAUACUUGCCAGGUUGCCAACGAUGCAGGAAAAGUUUCAUGCACCGCAGUCUUAUUUGUGAAAGAGCCUCCAACGUUUGUGACAAAACUUGAUUCAACUAUAUUAGCAGUAAAUGGCAGUGUUGUGGUUUUGGAGUGUAAAGUAACUGGCAGUCCAGAAAUUUCUAUUAAGUGGUAUAAAAAUAAUACAGAAAUCAGCCCAGGUGAUAAAUAUCAAAUGACCUUCAUUGACUCAGUUGCUACACUGCAGAUAUCCAAUUGUAGUCUUGAAGAGAGCGGGGAUUAUAUUUGUGUAGCAUCCAGUGAUGCUGGCAGUGACAAGUGCAGUUGCUUGGUUACGGUCAAAGAACCUCCUACAUUCAUAAAGUUAUUUGAAUCCAGAGAAGUUGUCAAAGGUUCUGAUGUGUUGCUCGAGGGAACAGUUUCAGGAACACCUCCAUUUGAGGCUUCGUGUUUCAAAGAUUCAAACCAAAUCAGAAAUGACCGCCGGCAUAUCAUUAACGUAAAGAAUGAUGUAGUUACUAUUGAGAUUCUUAAGUUUGAACCUGGAGAUGCUGGCAAAUAUAAAUGCUCACUAGCAAAUGAAGUGGGACAGACUUCGUGUGAUUGUGAAAUUAUAUUGAAAGAGCCACCAUCAUUCACACAGAAGCUAGAUAACAUGGAUGCCUUACUAGGCACUGAGCUUACAAUGAUGUGUGUUCUGAAAGGCUCAUUGCCUAUAAAAGUGUCAUGGACAAAAGGUGACCAUGAGGUAAAAGAUACCGAGGAUGUCCAGAUUUCUUUUGAGAACAAUACAGCGGUGCUGCAUUUCUCGAAUGUACAGUUAAAACAUUCUGGAAAGUACACUUGUCAUGCCCAAAAUGAGGCUGGAAGUCAGAAGUGUACAGCAGCUUUGGUGGUCAAAGAGCCAGCAAAUAUUACAGAUCAGGCCAAGUCUAUCAGUGUUACAGUAGGAGAUCCUGCCACUCUGGAGUGCAGGUUCUCAGGCACUAAACCCCUGAAAGCCAAAUGGCUGAAGGAUGGGAAAGAACUGAUAUCCGGUAAAAAAUACAAAAUACAAAGCACUGAUAAAAGCUCCAUAUUAAAGAUCCUUUCUGCAGAGAGGAAUGACGAAGGCGAAUAUACAUUUGAGGUUUCAAAUGAUGUUGGCAGCAGCACUUGUGAGGCCUCUGUAACAGUACUAGAUCAAAUAAUUAUGCCGUUAUUCACGAGAAAAUUAAAAGAACUGGAAAGUAUUAAAGGAUCCUUUGCACAGAUGGAAUGUCUGGUUGCAGGAUCACUGCCUAUCACAAUCACUUGGUUUAAGGAGAACAAGGAGAUAAAGACAUCUGAAAAACAUAAGAGUGUUUUCUUUGAGAAUGCAGCAUCUUUGGAAAUCAGUCGUCUUGAUAGUUUGGACAGUGGAAAUUAUACCUGUAUUGCUACAAACAAAGCAGGCAGUGCACAGUGUUCUGGUGUCUUAAAAGUUAAAGAGCCUCCUGUUAUCAUUGAGAAACCUGAGUCACAACAGGUCAUACCUGGAACCAGAGUGAAAUUUGGUGUACUUGUGUCCGGAACUCCUCCACUGACCAUUAAGUGGUUCAGAAAUAGAAAAGAGGUCUUAUCAGGGGCUGACUGCUCCAUUCAGAAAGAUGACUCUUCAAGCUCAUUGGAGCUGUUUUUCACUAAGCCAUCAGACUCUGGAGACUACAUCUGUGAAAUAAGCAAUGAUGUUGGCUCAGAUUCCUGCCAAACAACACUCUUUGUCAAAGAACCCCCCAAAUUCCUCCGGAAGCCAGACAAAGUUUCAGUAGUGAAACUUGGCCAGUCUGUAAUUUUUGAGUGUGAGGUCACAGGCACACCAGAGAUAGACACAUACUGGUUUAAAGAUGGCAACGACUUAAGUCCAGAUGACAAGCAUAAAAUUACUUUUGUCAACUCAUUGGCACGACUUGAGAUAACAGGUGCUGAUCUUAAAGACAGUGGUAUAUAUUACUGUGAGGCCCGCAAUGAGGCAGGUAGUGAGAGCUGUAGUAUGGAUCUGAAAGUGAAAGAGCCACCAGUUAUCGUAAAACCAUUCACUCCUGUAGAUGUUGUGAAAGGAUUGAAUGCCUCUUUUGAGUGUCAAAUUAGAGGCACAGCUCCUUUUAAUAUAACCUGGCAACGAGAUUCCAAGGAGAUAAAGCCAAGCACAAAACAUAUGUUCUCUCAGAAAAAUGGUUCACUAAUGUUAGACAUACAGAAAUGUGAUGACUUGGAUGUUGGCGAGUACCAGUGCAUUAUUUCAAAUGAAGUUGGAAGUUGUUCAUGUACGACAACACUAAACAUAAAAGAACCACCAUCAUUUGUUGAAAAGAUCCAGAAUGUUACAACAGUGUUGGGAAAUGUAGCAGAGUUUAAAUGUGUUGUGAAGGGGUCACCUCCUCUUACUAUACAAUGGCAAAAAGAUGAAACAUGGAUCUUGGAAGAUGCUGAGAUUGAGAGAACAUUUGAGAAUAAUGUUGCUACAUUAAGAAUUCCCAUGUGCCAGUCUAACCAUAGUGGAAGAUAUACCUGCCAGGCAAUGAAUGAGGCAGGGCAGGAGAAGUGUUUUUCCACUCUUUUGGUACAAGAGCCUCCACAGAUUAUUGAAAAAACAGAACUUAUUAAUGUCACUGUUGGAGAUCCAGUCAGUUUUGAGUGCAAAGUUACAGGCACUGCCGAACUGAAAGUGAAAUGGAGUAAAGAUGGCAAAGAGGUGGUUCCAUCCAGACAACAUAGCAUCAGUUUUCUCAAUAACAUCUGUAACCUUAAGAUUCAGGAUGCACAAUUAGAUGAUAGAGGAACUUACCUCUUUGAGGUCUCCAACUACAUCAGUACCUGCACAUGUAAAGUGACUUUAAAUGUCCUAGAACAAAUAAUUCCACCUGCCUUCACCAAACCCCUGACUGACAUGGAAGAGAUUCUAGGUUCCCCAGUAAAACUAACAUGCAAUAUAUCUGGCUCACUUCCUAUAUCUGUGGAGUGGUUUAAAGAUGGAACUAAACUAACAGGGAAAGCCAAGCAUAAACUGGUACAGGACCACAACUGUGUCUCUUUGGAGAUUGAGCCACUAGAGAAGGCAGACACUGGAACUUACACUUGUAAACUUACAAACAAAGCAGGCAGUUGUGAAUGCAGUGGAACACUGAGGGUGAAAGAACUUCCGAGCUUUGUGGUGGUGCCCGAGCCGCAGGCUGUCAUACCAAACACCACAGUCCGUUUUAAAUGUACCUUUAAAGGAACGCCACCCUUCAAAGUAAAAUGGUUCAAAGAAGAUACUGAGCUGAUUACUGGACCAUCCUGCUUUAUUGGCAUUGAGGGCCUUUCAAGCUUCAUAGAUCUUUAUGCUGUGGGACUUUCGAACACUGGGCCAUACUCUUGCCAUGUUAGCAAUGAUGCUGGUACAGAGAAAUGUACCACAAGCUUAUUGGUGAAAGAACCACCUGAAUUUGUACAGAAACUUCCAGCAACAAAAUUUCUAAAGAUGGGCUUGCCACUCCGGCUUGAAUGCAAAGUUACUGGCACGCCACCUUUGAAAAUUAGCUGGUUCAAAAAUGACAACAUGGUCACUGAGAGUAAAAACGUGAUGAUGGCUUUCGAUGGCUCAAUGGCAGUGCUUGAGAUUCUAAGCACCUCCUGUGAUGAUGAUGGAGUGUACACCUGUGAAGUUCAAAAUGAUGCAGGAAUGAAGAGCUGCAGCACCACUCUCACAGUAAAAGAACCACCAACUUUCCAGAAAGUGCCCUCACCAGCUGAGGGGCUGAAAGGCAAAGAUGUCAGUCUUAACUGUGAGCUAAAAGGACAUGCACCAUUUGAGAUAACCUGGUUUAAAGACAAAACACAACUAAAGGAAAGUAGAAAGUAUAAAUUUGUGUCUGAAGGACACACUGCUACGCUACACAUUCUUGGACUGGAGGCAUCAGAUGCUGGUGAUUAUGAAUGCAAAGCCUCAAACAAUGUAGGAAGUGAUACCUGCCAAGGAAUGGUAAAACUCAGAGAACCACCGGUUUUCGUCAAGAAACUUACCAAUACGACAGCCAAAUCUGGCGAGGAGGUUACUCUGGUGGCAACAGUCAAAGGCUCUGAGCCAAUCAGUGUGUCUUGGGUACAGGACAAGGACCAUAUUCUUAGAGAUGGUGACAACAGAAAAAUUACUUUUGAAAAUAAGCAGAUAACACUGAGGAUCUUUAAAGCGGAUUCAACCACUGCUGGGAAGUAUACCUGUGAGAUUAAAAAUGAUGCUGGCGUGGCACAAUGCAUGGCAAACAUAACUGUUCUAGAACCUGCAGCCAUUUUGGAUAAGACAGAUUCUGUUAGUGUCACUGCCGGUGACACAGCAGUUUUAGAAUGCACUAUAUCUGGAACCCCAGAGCUUAAACCAAAAUGGUAUAAAGAUGGAAAGGAGCUGUCUUCUGGACAUAAAUACAAAAUCACCUUCUCCAAAAAGAUAUGCAGUCUUAAGCUGUUGUCCACAAAUCAAGGUGAUACUGGAGAGUAUACUUUUGAAGUCUCAAAUGAAGUUGGAAGUGAUAGUUGCAAGAUGCACCUUGGUGUUCUAGAUAAAAUUAUCCCUCCCGCAUUCUCAAGAAAAUUGAAGGAUAUGCACAGUAUUGUUGAGAAACCUGCUGAACUGGAUUGCAAGGUCUCGGGUUCUGCACCUCUUACAAUUUCAUGGUAUCACAAUGGCAAGGAGAUUGAAAGUGGGCCAAACUAUGAAAUUAGUUUUGCUGAGAAUACCUGCACGCUCAAACUGCCCAUUCUAAAGCUGUCCGAUGCAGGUUCAUACAAAUGUAAAGCAAUUAACAGUGCUGGAACUGCUGAGACUACUGCCUUUCUUGAUGUUAAAGAACCUCCUUCUUUUGUGGUGCCUCCUCAGCCGGUUGAGGCACUUCCUGGAUCAAAUGUCUCAUUCACUGCAACUGUUAGAGGAAGUGCCCCAUUAAGGGUAAAAUGGUUCAGGGGCAGUAAGGAGAUUAUAUCUAGCGGAGCCUGUUUGAUUGCUCUCAAAGGAGACAUAGCUACACUGGAACUCCUUCGAAUUGACAAAUCUCAUGCAGGAGAAUACACCUGUCAAAUUAUUAAUGAUGUUGGGAAGGAAAACUUCCCUGUGAAUCUUUUUGUCAAAGAAGCUGCACGCUUUGUCAAAAAGCUGAAAAACAUCUCUGUUGAAGUGGGCAAGUCAAUGAUACUUGAAUGCACAUAUGCUGGAAGCCCUAAAAUUCUGGUGAAGUGGCACAAAGAUGGCCAGGAGAUCUUUUCCUCUUAUAGAUACAAUAUUACUACUACCGAGAACUCCUGCAUCUUGGAGUGCCUCAACAGUGAUAAAGAGGCAGGAGGAAAAUACUUAUGUGAAGUUUCCAAUGAAGCUGGCUCUGACACCUGUGAAGCAACAGUGUCCAUUUUAGAGCCACCAUUCUUUAUUGAGACUUUGGAACCAAUGGAAGUGACUGCUGGUGAUGCAGUCUGUCUGAAAUGCCAGAUUGGGGGCACUCCUGACAUCAAGGUCUCCUGGUUCAAAGGGGAUGGCAAAGUUCGAUCUUCUCCAAACUGUAGAAUUGAGUACUCCAAAGGUGUAGCUUGUUUGAAAUUAGCCAAAGCCACCAAAGCUGACAUUGGAGAAUACACUUGUAAGGCAGAAAACAACAUUGGCUCUGCCGCUUCUAGCUGCCACUUAACUGUACAAGAGGCCAAGACACCACCAUCUUUCCCUAAGAAAAUUACUAGCAUUCAGCAAACUGUAGGCCGUAGUGUCCAGUUCGAGUGCCGUGUUGCGGGAUCAUCUCCACUGGAGAUUUCUUGGCUUAAAGAUGGAGAAGUUCUAAAGAGCAGCCCAGAGUAUACUAUGACAUUUGAUGAUAAUUCUGCUGUACUGAGAAUUGCAGAGGGAGAAAUGAGACAUUCUGGAGAAUACACUUGUGUUGCAACAAAUAUUGUUGGAACUGCCUCUUGUAGAGCCAAACUCACACUUCAAGAGCCAAGAUACCCACCUGUGUUUGAUAGGAAGCUUUCACCCAUGGAUGUUUUAGUAGGAAAUACUGUGCAGUUGGAAUGCCACAUGACUGGAUCAUUGCCUAUAAAGGUCACCUGGUCAAAGGAUCAUAAAGAUAUCCGCACAGGGGGCAAUUAUAAAAUAUCAUGUGUGGAUAACACUGCCCAACUGACUAUACUGAAAGCAGAUAAGGCUGACUCUGGCCACUAUUCUUGCCAUGCUAGCAAUGAUAUGGGGAAGGACUCUUGUUCAACAGAGGUCACUGUGAAAGAACAAAAGAUUCCACCAAGUUUCACCAAAAAACCUUCAGAAACCCUUGAGGAAACUCAGGGCAAGUUGGUGAAGAUUGAGGCACGUGUUGCUGGAUCACAGCCCAUAACUGUCAACUGGUAUAAGGAUGACAAAGAAAUCUUCAGCUCUGACAGAUAUGACAUGACCUUCAAAAGCAACUUGGCUGUGAUGGUGAUAAAGAGUACCUCCAUCUCAGAUAGUGGUACUUAUACAUGCAAAGUCACCAACGAUGCCGGUUCUGCUUCUUGCCAGGUUUUGGCUCAUAUAACAGAGCGGAAGGUACCCCCAAGCUUUGACUUGACCCUUAAACCUGUGACACUAAAUGAGGGUGAGACACUUUCUCUUAGAUGCCAUGUACGUGGCUCUACACCACUGAAAAUUGAAUGGAUGAAGGACAGAAGGGAAUUGACGUCCUCUGCCAACACUAAGAUCAGUUUUGAAGAUGGCUCAGCUACACUAGAAAUGCUCAAUGUGUCUAAAACAGAUGCAGGAGAUUACCUCUGUAAGGCAACCAAUGAAGUUGGCAGUGAGUUCUGCAAGUCCAGAGUUACCAUCAAAGAGAAGCCAAAAGCUCAGGCUCCAGCUCCAGCACCUGCAGUACCUGCAGCUCCUGCACCAGCUAAGAAAUUGGACAAUUUGUUCUUUAUUGAGGAACCCAAGGGUGUCCAUAUCACUGAGAAGGGCACUGCAACCUUCAUCGCCAAGGUUGGUGGUGAUCCCAUUCCUAGUGUGAAAUGGAUGAAGGGCAAAUGGAGGCAGAUGACCCAUGGUGGUCGCAUUGCCAUUGUGCAGAAGGACCAAGAUGCCAAAUUGGAAAUCAGAGAUGUGACUAAAUCUGAUGCUGGACAGUAUAGAUGUGUAGCUUCAAACAAACAUGGAGAAAUCGAAUCCAGCACUGAUCUGGCUGUUGUUGAGAAAAAAGAAAUUACACCUGAAAUGGUCACAUUGAAGAAGACACCUUCCAAACAAAAAAGCCCCAAAGAGGAGAAGGAAAUUGAUAUUGUUGAGCUGCUCAGAAAUGUGGACCCCAAAGAGUAUGAGAAGUAUGCACGCAUGUACGGUAUCACGGACUACCGUGGCCUUCUUCAAGCUAUUGAAAUGCUAAAGAAGGAGAAAGAAGAACAACAAAUUGCAAGACCUGAACUGGAACAUACAAGAAGAGAAUCAGAAGAAGAGGAUCUAUCAAAACUUGUGGCUGAUUUACAGAAGAGAAUGGAACAAACUGAGCCUGUAACACUGAUCAAGGACAUCACAGACCAGACUACAUUUGUAAACAAAGAGGCCGUGUUUGAAUGUGAGAUAAAAAUCAACUACCCAGAGAUAACCUUAUCUUGGUACAAAGGCACCCAAAAACUUGAUUCAAGUGACAAGUAUGAGAUUACUGUUGUUGGUGACCGAUACAUCUUAAAGAUCAAGAAUUGCCAGACCCGGGAUGAGGGCAGUUAUCGCAUUGUAUGUGGACCACAUAUCUCCAGUUCCAAAUUGACAGUGUUGGAAGGUGAAGUGGAAAAGCACAUGGAGGAUGUCACUGGUAAGGAAGGCCAAACUAGUACACUCACAUGCCAGUUCUCUAUACCAAAUGCAAAGGCUCAGUGGUUUAAAAAUGGAAAGAUUUUAGAGCCACAUGGCAGGUACACAUAUUCUGUGGCCAAUUACACUCAAAAGCUAUCAAUUAAAGAUGUUAGGCCUGAAGACCAAGGAGAAUAUACCUGCAAAUAUAAAAACCUUGAAUCAACUGCAAAUCUUUGGGUGGAAGCAGAGCAAAUACAUUUCACUAAACGCAUCCAGAACAUUGUGGUUCGGGAACGACAGUCUGCAACUUUUGAAUGUGAAGUGUCCUUUGACAAUGCAAUUGUAACAUGGUAUAAGGACAUAUGGGAGCUAAAAGAAAGCCCCAAGUACAUGUUCAGGAGCGAAGGUCGACGACACUUUAUGAUCAUCCGCAAUGUAACCUCAGAAGAUGAAGGCGUUUAUUCAGUGAUUGUCAGAUUGGAACCCAGGGGCGAAGCCAAAAGCACAGCAGAACUUUACCUCUCAGGGAAAGACAUUGAUGUAGGAAGGGUACCUUAUGAUAUUCCUGAUUCAUCAAUACAAGUCCCCGAAGCACCAUCUGCAUUUGCAGUUGAAGCUGAAUCAUCUAUUGAAUAUUAUCAUUAUGAAGAAAAGAUGGAAAUUCAAGAGUAUGAAUACAGAACAGAAGAAAGGAUAGUAGAGGAAAUCUCUCUUACAGCUCCAAGAAUUCCCGUGGAAGAGAUUGUUGAGAGGAAGGCACUUGGAGUGAGAGAAGUCGUCCCAACCAAAGUUCCUGAGAUGGUUGAGAAACCACAGGAGAAACCGACACAAGUUGAGGAAAAGAUAGAAGCACCAAAAAAAGUACCCGAAGCUAAGAAACCCAAAGAAGAGAAAGUCAUACCAUAUAAAGUGGAAGAACCAAAAGAGCUUCGCCCUACAGAAGAAUACGAAGAGGUCCCUACUCCUCAGCCAGCCCAGCCUUCUCCAAAGAAAGUGCCAGAAGCUGUAGUACCUGUGGUUCCAGAACCUAAACCCAAAGAACCUACACCAAAACCUCCAUCAAUACCUGAAACCAAACCAGAACCUAAGCUGAAGACCAAGCCUGAGCCUACACCUAAAAAGAAGCUAGAGCCAAAGCCUGAACCAAAGCCUGAACUUAAGCCGGAACUAAAGCCUGUACCACCAAAGGAAACUGAGCCACUUCCAGCCAAAGUUCCUCUGGAAUUAAAGAAACCAAAGCCAACUGAACCAGAACCACCAAGGACAGUACCCACCAAACCAGAGCCAGCACAAAUCACCUUGGUUCCUAAGGAUGUUGUCUUACAAAAAGUACAAGAACCUUCUAAGAAGCCAGAGAUUCCCUCAUACAUACCUGCAGAGAAAGAGGAAGUAAAAGAAGAAAUACCAUUGCUCAAGAAAGACAUCACACCUAUCCCUAAAGUAGAAGAAGUCAAAGAAGAGAGGAAAAAGGAAGCACCUGAGGUUAAGGAGCCCAAAAAACCAAAGAUUAUGCCUGAGGUUAAACCUGAGAUCAAGCCUGAACCUAAACCUGAGGUUAAGCCAGAGCCCAAACCCAAGAUUAAACCUGAGCCAAAACCUGAGGUCAAAUCAGAACCUAAACCUGAGAUCAAACCAGAACCUAAACCUGAGGUUAAGCCAGAGCCCAAACCCAAGAUUAAACCUGAGCCAAAACCUGAGGUCAAACCAGAACCUAAACCUGAGAUCAAACCAGAACCUAAACCUGAGGUUAAGCCAGAGCCCAAACCCAAGAUUAAACCUGAGCCAAAACCUGAAGUCAAACCAGAACCUAAACCUGAGAUCAAACCAGAACCUAAACCUGAGGUUAAGCCAGAGCCCAAACCCAAGAUUAAACCUGAGCCAAAACCUGAGGUCAAACCAGAACCUAAACCUGAGAUCAAACCAGAACCUAAACCUGAGGUUAAGCCAGAGCCCAAACCCAAGAUUAAACCUGAGCCAAAACCUGAGGUCAAACCAGAACCUAAACCUGAGAUCAAACCAGAACCUAAACCUGAGGUUAAGCCAGAGCCCAAACCCAAGGUUAAGCUUGAACCUAAACCUGAGGUUAAGCCUGAAGCCAAACCUGAGGUUAAGCCUAAAGCCAAACCUGAAGUUAAGCCUGAAGCCAAACCUGAAGUUGAGCCCCUGCCUAAACAUGAAGUCAAGCUAGAGAAACCUACACCAGAAAAGAAACCCGAGUCACUUCUACCAAAAGUUCAUGUGGAGGAAGAGAAACCAAAACUAUCUCAUCCAGAAGCACCACAAGCAGUGCCUACUAAACCAGAACCAGCCACUGUGGUUCCAAAGAAAGUAUCUCUUCAAAAAGUGCAAGAACCUUUCAAGAAGCCAGAGAUUCCUUCAAACAUACCUGCACAGAAAGACAAGGAAGAAAUGUCAUGGUUGAUGACAGAUAUUGUGACUGACUCUAAGCCAGAGGACAAGUAUGACAAACAGAAAGAUACUGUUUUACCUAAAACGGAUAUUAAGCACAAGAUUUCUCAGAAGAAAGCAAAAAUGACAGAUGAAGUUCCUCCUAGGCCUAUACCAGAAGAAGAUAAAAUAAGUUCCAAUAAGCAAGAAGUCAUUUCACUUAAAAAAGAACAACCAGAAAUUACAAUCAUGCCUAAGACAGAAGUAAAACAAUAUAUUCUACAUGAAAAGAAGGGAUUAGCUUUAGCUACUGAAGAAAUAACAUUUUCUAAUAAACUGGAGGUAGCAUCUGUGCCAAAAUUAGAAGAAAGGAUAGGCGCCACAUCUUUAGUGAAAGAAUUGGUCCUUGAAGAACUUAAGGAAGAGCUUGUGCCAAAAACAGAUAAAAGGGAAGUUACAUCACUUAAGAAAAAAGAAAUUAUCUUAAUUUCUGAAGAUAAAUCAAUGGCACUGCAAUCAGUGAAGGCAACUUCUGUGCUGAAACCAGAGAAAAUAGCAGACAUUCCCCCUACAAAGAAGGAAUGUGUCUUAACAUCUGAAGAAGAAAUUGUUCUUCAAGAGCCUAGAGUAGUGUCUGUACCACUUAUAAAGAAAAAGGAAGAUAUUCCAUUUAAGAAGGAAAUUUUCUUAACUUCUGAGGAAGAAAUACUCCUCAAAGAGCCUAAGGUAGUGCCUGAAGAAAUGGUUCUUCAAGAGCAUAAGGUAGUGCCUGUACCAGUUAUAGAAAAAAGGGAUGGUAUUCCACUUAAGAAGAAAGAAGUUUUCUUAACUGCUGAGGAAGAAAAGGUCCUUCACAAAACUAAGGUAGAACCUGUAUCAAAACCAGAAAAAGGUAUUCCACUUAUAAAGAAGGAGUUUGUCUUAACCACUGAGGAAAAAACUGAGCCUCAUGAACUUGUGCCAAAAAUAGAGAAAAGGGACAUAACACUUAAGAAGGGGCAUAUAUUAACUUCUGAAGACAAAUUGACAACUCAAAAGACAACUCAAAAAGAAUCUCCUACACCAAAAUUAGAACAAAAGGAAGGUAAAAGUUCUAAAGAACAAGAUUUUCCUCUUCAUCCGUUAACACCUGAACCAAAAAUAGAACAGGGUCUAGUUAAAAAACAAACUGAUUUAACUUCUAAAGGAGCAGAAUUAACACCUCAAAAACAUGGCAUAACACCUGAUACUGGAAAGAAGAUCAAAUAUCUUAUAACCCCAAAGAAAGAAGAAACAGUGCCAGAAACAGAAACUGUAUCUGAAAAAACAGAUUCUAUGAAAAUGGAUGUUGUUACUUCUGAACAAGAACCUCAGCUUAAAAGAAUAGUGAUAAUUCCUGAAGAUAAAACUGAAGUGGAGAAAGAUGUUCCACUUACACAGAAAUCUGCUACUUCUCUGGAGAAAAAGGAAUCUGUGCCUCAUAAGAAAGAGGAUACUCUUAUUCCUGCAAAGGAUGACCGAGAAGUUUUCCUAAAAGGUGUUGCUGCAAAAGUUCUUUUGGAGCCAAAAGAAGAGCUGCCAAGAAAGUUGGAUUCAAUUCUUGUCUCUCCAGAGAAAGUCAAACAAGCCCAAGAACUCCCAGCAUCUUUGAAUCUCCAGAAAAAUGUUCAGUCUCCGGUGUUUACAGAGAACAUGCCAUUCAUGUCACUUAUGAUGGAGAAAUCAUCUCAUGGAGGAGAACCUCAACAGCCAGAAGAAGUGUCUUUUGAGAGAAAAACUGAAGACAAACGCAUUGAAGAGGAGUCAUAUCCUAAUAAAAAUAAGUCUGUAGAGAGAGGACGGUUGGAUACAGUGGAAGACAUUUUCCAUGGAAAUGUCAAUGAAGAUCAUCAAAUUCCUUUCCAAAAUCUUACUCAUUUAAACUCAUCCGAUAUUCAGAGUGAUAAUAAGAAAGGAAAACUGGCAGAGGAACAUAUAGAUCACAAAUCUUCUAUAGUAGAGUCUGUUGGUGACAAAAUGAAAAGUAUAAAAAAAAUUGGAAAAGAGAUUAUCCAAAAAAGCAAAGGUAUAAAGAAAGACAUGGAUGUUUCGGAGGGAAAGAGCAGCACUAAUAAAAGUAAUCAAUUCCUCCAAUUAGAAAACCUUUCAGGUAUUACUAGAAGUAUGGAAAUAAAAGGGAAACUAGAAGGUGGGGAACAUAGUAUGGAGGUGGAUAUUCUAAAGAAUGUUGAUGUACCAGUGAAGGACCAUGAAAGAGAGGAGAAUAAGUCAAAACAGAUAUUAUACACCUUGGUUGAUAUUGAAAAACCUGAAAAUAUAGACUGCAAAAGUCAGGCAUCAUCUGAGGAUAAGAUUUACUCUGAUUUUAAUCUAAAAUCAGACAUUUUGGUAUCAAAUGAAGAUAUGCCACUGGCAAAAAAUGUAGCCUCAGCAGAACUAACAGAUCAGGCUUUAGUAACUCGUAAUGUCCAGCCAAUCAGCAGUGUCAAAUCUAUAGACACCAAACCUGAGACAACUGCUCAGUCUGGUGUGACAGCAGAUCUUAAAAGUAAACCCAGUUUGGAAGAUGAAAGAAAAGAUAUUACGCAAAAAUAUAGCUUCUCUCCCAUUCUCAAGGCAGACAGUCAGGCAGAUAUAGGCAUCAGAAUAACAGAUGAUGACAAACCUCUGGACACAACAAAAACAGAAAUCCUUAAAAAGAUUGAAUUUCAUCUUCCAAAAGAAACUGAACAAACAGUACUACAAGAGUGUGUGUUAUGCACAGAGAGUACAUCAUCUAUCUGUGAUGACCCUAAAAUCAUUAAAUCAGGCAGUACUCGUCAGCCAUAUUUACCCAUGGAAGAAACUAAAACAUAUAUUAAAAUAAUUAGUCAUCCUGAGGUUUAUAAUGAAAAAUUAGAUGCUAUGUCACCUGAUAGGGUAUUUUUGCCAAAACAUGUAGAGGAUGAACCUAUUGAAGACGUACCUGUUAAAAAUGAAGAAAACAAUUUAGAUUGUAGAAAACAAGGCGACAAGUAUGAUGCAUUUACAAAAUUGAAAAACAUCACUCCUCUGAGAGAGAGUGUUUCAUUAAAGGAGGAAUCAGUAUCUCCCAACAAGGAGAUCAUUUUUACUAAAGAGCACAAAUCUUUCAAUCUGGAGGACAAUGUCUUUGGUGGACCACAUAGUUCCAUAGCAGAAUCUUCUUUCGACAGGAUUCACUUGAAUGAGGCAAAAAGUCAGCCGGAAAUAGACACCUUUGGUGAUAAUGCUGUCAUAAAAGAAUUAUCUCUUAAUAAAGUAAGAUAUCAAAUAAUGUCUACACAGGACAAGUCUGUGCAACCUAUCAAAGAAGCUGAAAAAGAAAUCAAGAAGUUAGCUCAUUUUGCAGAAGACAUGAAAACGAGAGAUUUUCAAGUUGAAGAAAUACCAAUACUUUCAGAAGCUGAUAGCAGAAGCCCAAAAAUCUUUCAAAGUUUACAACCUGAAGACUAUGAAUCUCACAAAGAGAGUAUACCUUUGGAAAAAAUGCCAUCGCCAUUAAUCAGUCAAACUUUCUCAAAAGAACAUGGGCCAGUAAAAGCGGAACCAGUAUCUUCGAAUAAGGAUAUUAUAUUUACAAAUGUACCCAAAUCUUUUCAUCUGGAAGAAGAUCCCCAUGAGGGAUCAGAAAGUUCCACAACAGAAAUGUCUUUCAAAAAGACUCAUUCUAAAGAGGCAAAAAGUCAGCCUGACUUAGACAGCUUCGGAGGAAGCUUCUUUUCAAAAGAAUUUAACAUUCCUAAAGAGCAAAAUCAGAUGAAGCCUACAGAGGACCAUGCUGUGCAACCAAUGAAACAAGAUAUAAAAGAAAUCAAGAAGUCAUCUACUGCAGGGUAUUUGAACAAGAGAAGUGUUCCAGGAAAACUAGAUUCAAUGCUUUUGGAAGGAGAGAGUGAAACCCACAAAGACACAGAGCACCUUGGUAAAGAAGAACCUUUACCAUUAAGGAUUCCAGCUUUGUCAAACAAUGAUUGGUCAUUUAGAUUGAGAGUUUCUGAUCAGAAGACUGAGCCCUUGUCACAUGAUGAGAAUAAUAAAGAUAUUAGAAACCUGGAACAUAAUGUUAGCAUUAGUGAAAACAUUGAAAUGACCAAGAAACCAUUCGAGUCUAAAGAGCAAACUGAAAGGGAAAAUUCUUACUUAAAUAAGAGAUAUAUUCAGGAGGAAAAAUCACUUCAGUCAGAGGAUGAAAUAUUAACCUCAAAAGACACCAGCGAUGUGCCGAAUAUUCUGAAAUGCCGAGAUGAUCUUGAAGAAGGUGAUUCCACUAAAGCGCCAAAAGCCUUUAAGACACAAAUGGUUGAUACUGAAGCCAUAUUUCUUAAAACUGCACAGUUUCCAUGCAGUGAAAAACUUACUCAAGACUUUGAGGAACCCUCUUUGAAAGAUAAAGAAAUCACGUUUAAAGAGAAGUCUAUCGGAAAGAUGGAUAUUGUACAACAGCAUGAAUUUACUCUUCCAGUAGCUGCAAGUUUGAGAGUGCCUGAACCAGAGAAGAUGGCUCCUUCAGAAAAGCCAGCCAUUCCUCUGAAAAAGGAGGAGAUUGCUCCUAAAGUUGAAAAGAAACCGACUCCAGAGCCUGCAAAGAAAGUAUCUCCAGUUGAAGUUAAAAAAGAAGCACCACCCGAGCCUGCAGCUGUGCUGCAACCAAAGAAAGUUCCUCCUGUUAAAGAUGGUGAAAAAGAACCAGUUGCUGCACCUGCACCCACACCAGUGAAAAAAGGGAAAAUUCUUAUUCCUGAGGAAGAAAAGCUAGAAAUGCCACAUCUAAAGAAAGUUACAAGGAUGUCCAAAGAAAAGCAUGAGGAACAAGAAACAGUGAAACUGAAGAAGGUAUAUAAACCUUCACCAGAAGAACACAAGGAAAGCAAAAAAGUCUAUGCUGAAGCUACCACUGAUGUUUUAAUUACUGAGAGUUUUGAGGCUGAAAAGCAUUUUGAAAAAUAUGAAUAUCUCAAGAGAACUGAAAUAACAAGACCUGAAAAAGACAAAAUGACACCAGUGGAGCCUGAUAAAGAACCAGAAAAGGCAGAAAAGGAGAUUGAAAUUGUGGAAAAGCCAGAACCGAAGAAAAAAGCAAAGAUUCCAAAACAAGAUAUGCCAGAAGAGCCUGGGCUGGCUGUGAAGAAAGUAAAGAAAUUACCAACUGAAACCAAAGAACAAGAAACAGUCAAAUUGAAACCUUUUGAAAAACCUGGAAAACCAAUACCUGAACCGACGAAAGACGCUAAAAAGGAACCAACAGAAAAAGAACCUAUAGCUUUCCAAAAGGGAAGAGAGCCUAUUAGUUUUGAGAAAGGUGAAAAACCCAAAAAGGCUGAAGUGCAAAAAGAAGCUGAGGUCACUCAGAAAAAAACAGAGCCUCUGAAGCCUGAUGAGAAGAAGCCAGAUGAGGCUGGGCAUAAACCCUCUGACAGAGCUAAAAAAGAAGAACAGGCAAAAGAGCCUGAUGCACCAUUGUGGAAAGGCAAGAGGAUCCCAAAACAAGACGAGGAACCGGAAAAGGUUCAGCUAAAGCCUUUCAAAAAGAAGCCUUCAGAUGGGUCGCCAGAAGUAAAAGAUGUCCCUGAACCCAAGGAACGACAUCCACUUGAAAUAUCACCACCUAGUCAUGUACAAAAACCAGAACUCUUAAAGGAACCCAAAUUGCCGCAAAAAGAAGUUGAAAUUCCGGAAAAAGAAGUUGAGAAGAAGCCACCCGGGGUACCUAAAGAAGAAGAAAAGAAGGAAUUUCCUAAAAAAGUAACACCUGUUAAAAAGGAAGUAACUCCAAAGAAGGAAGAGGUGAAGAAACCUCUAGUGAUCAAAAAGGGCAGUUUGCCAAAAGAGGCUGAGAAAGAAGAGGGUAUUGUUAAACCUGUUGAACCUACCAAGAAGGGAUUGGAGCCUAAAAAGUCUCCUUCACCCAAGGUGACACAAGCAGAACUAGCUCCACCGGAAAAGAAGCCGAGUGUGGGUGUGGCUAAGAAACCACUCCCUGAAAAGGUCUCCCCUAAAGAAUCAAUUGAAAGUGUUAUCCUGAAAAAAGUGCCUAAGAAAAUUUCACCUGAGGAGAAAAAAAUGGAAGAAAUUCCUGCAGAAAAGGGACUUGAAGAAACUCCCUUAAUAAAAGAGCUAUCCCCUGGAGUUGUGGAGUUAAGGAAAAUCUCAACACAAAUGGAAGAAGAAGCAUUUGAAGAGGAGAUUGCUGAGAUUGGAGAUGAGGAGGAUGAUGAGGCAUGGGGAUGGGAGCUUUCUCCUCAAGAUAGUUAUGCUUCUGAAGACACAGAGUAUUCAGAAGAAGGCGCUCUUGAGACUGCUGGAAUACCAGGAGGUAGACGAGAGGGAAAACCAAAAGAAGAGGCCGGGAGGGGACGGGGCCUGAAACCGAAACAAACUCCUUCUCCUGGAGAUGGUGGACGAGGAAGAGGACUGAAACCUGGUGCUGGUGGUGACAAACCUCCAGGACAAUCCCCAUUCGAAUACACGCUUAAAGCUGUUCCUCUGAAGUUUGUAAAGGAGCUUAAAGACAUUGUGUUGCAGGAGGCUGAGUCUAUUGGUUCUUCUGCUGUGUUUGAGUGUCAGGUUUCUCCUUCUACUGCUAUAACUUCAUGGAUGAAAGAUGGAAGUAACCUUAGGGAGAGUCCAAAGCACAAGUUUACUUCUGAUGGAAAAGACCGCAAACUUGCAAUUAUUGAUGUCCAGCUGUCUGACACAGGAGAAUACACAUGUGUUGCCAAGCUUGGAAAUAAAGAGAAGACCUCCAUUGCUAAAUUAAUUGUUGAAGAGUUGCCUGUGAGAUUCACAAAGAACCUGGAAGAGGAAAUGUCUGUAAUUAAAGGGCAGCCCAUGUACUUGACCUGUGAGUUAAGCAAAGACAGGGAUGUGCUUUGGAAGAAGGAUGGAAAGCCACUUUCAGAAAUUGCUGGCAAGGUUGCCAUCAGUGUCAUUGGACUGCAACGUUCUGUAACAAUCCAGGAUUCAAAUGAUGACGAUGCUGGAGUUUACACAUGCGAGUGUGAAAAUCUCAAGACUCAGUCCAAUGUUAAAAUCAUUGAGAUCAUCAGAGACUGGUUGGUGAAACCACUAAGGGACCAGCAUGUGAAACCAAAGGCCACUGCUACUUUCAAAUGCGAGCUUGUCAAAGACACUCCCAACUGGAAGUGGAUCAAAGGGAAUGAAGAGAUUCCAAAUGAACCCACAGAUAAGACUGAAGUCAAAAAGGAUGGAAAAGACAUCACUCUGACUAUUAAGAAUGCUCAACCAAAUGAUGCUGAUGAGUAUGCUAUUGAAGUUGAAGGUCGUAGAUACCCGGCAAAACUGACACUUGGAGAACGUGAAGCUGAGAUCCUAAAACCCCUUGCAAGCGUCGAAGUGGUUGAAAAAGAAGAGGCCAGUUUUGAUACUGAAAUCUCUGAGGAGGAUGUGCCUGGAGAAUGGAAACUUAGAGGGCAGAUUUUAACAAGAUCGCCGACAUGUGAUAUCAGAGCAGAGGGAAAGAAGCGUUUCCUUACUUUGAAAAAUGUUCAGCUCGAUCAAGCGGGAGAAGUAACAUAUCAAGCUCUGAAUGCAAUCACAAGCGCAAUGCUUACAGUCAAAGAAAUUGAAAUGGACUUUGUAGUACCACUGAAGGAUAUUACAGUGCCUGAAAAGAAACAAGCGAAGUUUGAGUGUACCAUCACUAAAGAUGUGUCUAAAGUGAUUUGGUAUAGAGGAUCUGAUAUUAUAUCAUCAGACCAGAAAUAUGAUAUAAUUGAUGAUGGAAAGAAGCACAUGUUGGUUAUAAACCACUCUGAGUUUGAUGAUGAGGGAGAUUACAGUAUUGAGGUCUUAAGCAAAACAUCAACAGCCAAACUGACUGUUGAGGGUAUUAGACUGAAGUUUAUCUCACCAAUGUCGGAUCAAACUGUGAAGGAAGGUAAUACAGCUCGGUUUGAGAUUGAGCUUUCUCAUGAAAAUGUGCCAGUGACAUGGUACAAAAAUGAAACAAAAUUGCAUCCGAGCAGAACAGUGCUUACCCAUGUUGAUGGAAAAAGACAUAUAUUAGAAAUCAAAGAAGUCACACUAGAUGAUACUUGCCAAAUAAAGGCAGAGGCUAAAGGAAUAUCAACUACAGCAAAACUGACCGUCUUAGAGAGAGACGCAUACUUCACAGUUAAACUUCAAGACUACACUGCAGUUGAGAAAGAUGAUGUCUCUCUUGACUGUGAGCUGAGCAAAGAUGUCCCGGUUAAGUGGUUCCAUAAUGAGAUUGAAAUUAAGGCCUCAAAGAUGGUUUCCAUGAAGGUUGAGGGUAACCGAAGAAUUCUCCACAUUAAGAAAGUGGAGAACAAAGAUAGUGGCCAUUAUGUCUGUGACUGUGGAACAGACAAAACAAUGGCCACUAUGAACAUUGAAGCCCGUGACAUUAAGAUUGUUCGUCCAAUGUAUGGUGUUGAGCUCUAUGAUGGUGAAACUGCACGUUUUGAAGUGGAACUCUCAGAGGAUGAUGUCCAUGGCCAGUGGAAAUUGAAAGGAGAGGUUCUGUCUCAGUCAGCGGAUGUUGAAAUAAUUGAGGAUGGAGCUAAGCACACUUUAACUUUGUACAACUGCAAAGUUCCCCAGACAGGUGAAGUUUCAUUCCAGGGUGCCAAUGCUAAGUGUGCUGCAAAUCUGAAAGUGAAAGAGCUUCCAAUUACUUUCCUCACACCGUUAAGUGAUGUGCAGGUAUAUGAGAAAGAUGAAGCAAGGUUUGAGUGUGAAAUAUCACGAGAACCAAAAUCCUUCAGGUGGCUGAAGGGAACCCAGGAAUUACAGGCAGAUGAUAAAUUUGACAUUCUGUCAGAGGGGAAAAGGCACACUCUUGUUGUCAAAUCUGCUGCUUUUGAAGAUGAGGCUAAAUACAUGUUUGAGGCUGAGGACAAGAGAACAUCUGCCAAACUUAUUAUUCAAGGCAUUCGUCUUGAGUUUGUCAAGCCUAUCAAGGAUGUUACAGUAAAGGAGCGUGAGACAGCAGAAUUCAGCAUUGAACUUUCACAUGACAAAGUUCAAGUAAUAUGGUACAAAAAUGAUGUGCGCUUGCACCCAAGUAAAGUGGUACACAUGUCUGAAGAUGGCAAGAUCCACACUCUGUCCAUCAAGGAGGUGUCAAUUGAUGAUACUUCUUUGAUCAAAGCAGAGGCCCUUGGAAAAAGCUGUGAGGCAAUGCUCACGGUGCUUGAGGGAGAAGCUUAUUUCACUACCAAGCUACAGGACUACACAGCAGUUGAGAAAGAUGAGGUAGUAUUGAUGUGUGAACUGAGCAAACCCUCUGCUGAGGUGAAAUGGUUCAAGGAUGGAAAGGAAAUUAUCCCCUCCAAAAAUAUCAUCAUCAAGGCUGAUGGCAAGAAACGUACUCUUACAGUUAAGAGGGCUGAUAAGGGAAAUAUUGGUCAAUAUACCUGUGAUUGUGGCACUGACAAAACAACUGCUAAGCUGAAUAUUGAAGAUCGUGAUAUAAAGGUUGUCCGGCCACUGUACAGUGUGGAAGUUACAGAGACUGAGACUGCUCGCUUUGAGACAGAGAUCUCAGAGGAAGAUGUCCAUGGAAACUGGAAACUCAAAGGAGAGCCUUUGCACCAGUCACCGGACUGUGAGAUUAAAGAAGAAGGCACCAAACACAUGCUGAUUCUCUACAAUGUACGGAAGGACAUGGCUGGUGGUGUGGACUUCAGUGCUGCCAAUGCUAAAUCUAGUGCUCAGCUCAGAGUUAAAGCACGAGUGAUAGGCCUCAUACGGCCUCUCAGGGAUGUUACAGUUACAGCUGGAGAGACUGCAACCUUUGACUGCGAACUGUCAUACGAGGGAAUAUCUGUGGAGUGGUUCCUUGGGGGUACAAAGCUGGAACCAAGCGACAGAGUGGUAGCCCGAGCUGAAGGCAGAACCCACACGUUGACCCUAAGAGAUGUCAAGCUGACUGAAGCAGGAGAGGUAAAACUCACUGCAAAAGAUUUCCAAAUCCAGGCCAACCUCAUUGUAAAAGAGCCUCCAGUCGAAUUCACCAAGCCACUUGAGGACCAGACUGUAGAGGAAGAAGCUACUGCUAUACUAGAGUGUGAAGUCUCCAAAGAAAAUGCAGAGGUCACGUGGUUUAGAGAUGGACAGGAAAUCCGUAAAACAAAGAAAUAUGAGAUGGUUGCUGAUGGCCGCAAGAGAAAGCUUAUCAUCCAUGACUGUGCACUUGAUGACUCAAAGACAUAUACCUGUGAUGCCAAAGUCUUUAAGACCUCUGCUUUUCUAAAUGUUGAACCUCCACAUGUUGAGUUCAGUAAACCACUCCAUGAUGUUGAGGUAAUGGAGAAAGAAACUGCCAAGUUUGAGUGUGAGGUUUCCAGAGAAAAUGCCAAGGUUCGCUGGUUCAAGGAUGGUAAUGAAAUCAGAAAAGGCAAAAAAUAUGAUAUAAUUUCCAAAGGUGUUCAACGCAUUCUCAUCAUUAGCAAGUCAGUGUUUGAUGAUGAAGCUGAAUAUGAAUGUGAUGCAAGGACCUCCAAGACCUCAGGAAUACUUACUGUUGUUGAGGAGGAGGCUAGAUUCACAAAGAACCUGGGUAAUGUUGAAGGCACUGAAACUGACAGUAUUAAACUGAUCUGUGAGGUCUCCAAGUCCACUGCAGAGGUUACCUGGUAUAAAGGUGACCAGGAAUUGCCUGAUGGUGGUAGAUAUGAACAUGUUGCAGAUGGCAGAAAGAGAAUCCUUAUUAUCCAGGCACUUCAUAUGGAAGAUGCUGGAGAAUACCACUGCAAAUUACCCAGCUCCCAAACUACAGGAAACUUGAGAAUCAAUGAACUUGCUGCUGAGUUCAUCUCCAGACCUCAAAGCCAGGAAGUGGUUGAAGGUGAAAAAGCUGAGUUUGUGUGCUCUGUGUCCAAAGACUCUUAUGAAGUCAAAUGGCUCAAGGGUGACAAAGAACUCCAGACAGAUGACAAGUAUGAAAUUAUUUGUGAUGGCAAGAGACGAGUCCUUAUAGUGAAGAAAUGUGAGAUUGGUGAUGAAGGCACUUUCGUGGCUCUCAUUGGUGCUACAAGAGCUUCUGCCGAUUUGAUAGUCCUUGAGAAACUCAGAGUUAUCACACCCCUCAAGGACACAACGGCAAGUGAAGCACAAGAGAUUGUUCUCAACUGUGAGGUGAACACAGAAGAAGCCAAGGCCAAAUGGAUGAAGAAUGAUGAAACAAUAUUUGAUAGCAGCAAAUUUAUCAUGACCCAGAAAUACAAUGUGUAUUCUUUAAGAAUUAAAGAUGCUGAAAGGUCAGAUGCAGCUACUUACACUAUAACGCUGACCAAUCAACGUAAUGAGUGUGUCAAGAGUUCUGCCAAGAUUACUGUACAAGAGGAGGAUCUGAAAAUCAUUGUUCCUUUGGACGAUGUUGAAACCCAAGAGAAGAAGACCAUCAGCUUCUCAUGUAAAGUAAACAGACUAAAUGUGACUGUGCAGUGGAUGAAGGCAGGACAGGAGAUUACACUCAGUAAGCGUCUUGUGUAUCGCGUUGACAAGGAUAAGCACACUUUGACCAUUAAAGACUGUAGUCUGGCAGAUGAAGGGGAGUACUCGGUCAUUGCUGGUGCUGAUAAGUCAACUGCUGAAUUGAUUAUCAGUGAAGCACCUACAGAUUUUAUCACCCAACUCGAAGACCAAACAAUUACCGAAUUUGAAGAUGCUGAAUUUACCUGCCAACUCUCUAAAGAAAAGGCUGAAAUCAAAUGGUACAGAGAUGGCAGAGAGAUCAGAGAGGGUCCACGAUAUCAUUUUGAGCGUGAUGGAAAGACCUGCACACUACGCAUUAAGGAGUGCAGACCUGAUGAUGAAUGUGAAUAUGCUUGUGGUGUAGAUGACAAAAAAUCAAGGGCUCGUCUCUUUGUUGAAGAAACACCUGUCGAGAUUAUCAGACCACCCAUCGAUAUAUUUGAGCCCCCUGGCUCAGAUGUGGUGUACGAGGUUGAGCUCAACAAAGACAGAGUAGAAGUCAAAUGGCUAAGGAACAAUAUGACUAUUGUCCAGGGUGACAAAUACCAAAUGAUGAGUGAAGGCAAGAUUCACAGACUUCAAGUAUGUGAAAUUAGACCUCGUGAUCAGGGAGAGUACAGAGUUAUUGCUAAAGACAAGGAUGCAAAAGCCAAGCUUGAGCUUGCAGCUGUGCCAAAGAUUAAGACAAUGGACCAGGACCUGGUGACAGAUGCUGGGAAACCAUUUAUCUUGUCAGUUCCAUAUAAUGCCUACCCACAUGCUGAGGCUGAAUGGUUCUUUGAAAACAUUAGCCUGCCUACUGAAAAUCUUCAUACCACACUGGACAAAGCAGAGUACCGUUUGAAAGACCCUAAGAAGUCAGAUGAGGGCCGGUAUAAGGUCAUCAUCAAGAACAAGCAUGGGCAGGGGGAGGCUUUCAUUAAUCUAAAAGUUAUUGAUGUUCCUGGCCCUGUGAAGAACCUGCAUGUGGUUGAUACUGCUGAUGGAGAGGUCAGCAUUGCAUGGGAUGAGCCUGAAAGUGAUGGUGGAAGCAAGAUCUUAGCCUAUGUUGUGGAGAGACGUGAUGUCAAGCGAAAAACCUGGACUCUGGCGACUGACCGUGCUGAUACCACAGAGUACACGGUCACUGGGCUACAGAAAGACUCCAAGUACUUUUUCCGUGUUUGUGCAUGCAACAGAGUUGGAAGUGGUCCGAAUGUUGAAACACAUGAAGCGGUUCAAGCUAAGAAUAAGUUUGAUGUUCCUGAUGCACCUCAAAACGUCACUGUUGGAAAUGUAAAUAAGUUUGGUGCCACAGUCUCCUGGGAACCACCUCUGUUUGAUGGUGGAUCUGAAAUCACAUCCUACAUCAUUGAACUCCGUGACAGAACAUCUGUAAAAUGGUCUCCAGUCAUGGUGACUAAAGCACAAGAUCGUUCAGCUAUAAUUAAUGAUGUUAUUGAAAACAAGGAAUACAUCUUCCGUGUAAGAGCAGAGAACAAGGCUGGUCCUGGCAAGCCAAGUGCUGCCACUAACCCAGUUAAAAUCAUGGACCCUAUAGAGAGACCAAGCCCACCCCUGAAUCUGACACAUUCUGAACAGACCAAGGAUUCAUGUCUGCUGACAUGGGAAACCCCUCUUAGAAAUGGAGGCAGUAUGAUCACUGGCUAUAUUAUUGAGAGAUGUGAGGAAGAUUCAGACAAGUGGCUGAGAUGUAAUGCCAGGCUUUGCCAGGACCUCUCAUACAGGAUGUCAGGUCUUAAAUUUGGAAUGAAAUAUAAGUACAGAGUAAUUGCUGAGAACGCUGCUGGUCAGUCUGACCCAUCUAAUACUGUUGGACCUGUGCUGGCAGAUGACCCACACUUUGCACCUACACUGGACUUGAGUGCCUUUAAGGAUGGCCUGGAGGUCAUUGUUCCUCAGCCUCUUACUAUCCGUGUCCCCAUCACUGGAUACCCAACACCUACUGCUAAGUGGACCUUUGGUGAAAAGGAGCUCACUGCUGGUGACCGUGUGUCCAUGGUCACAAAGAGCACAUUUACAGAGCUAGUCAUUUCUCCAAGUGUGCGGCCUGAUAAAGGCACAUAUUCACUGACACUGGAGAACGAUGUAAGCAGUGUCUCUGGAGAGAUUGAUGUCAAUGUCAUUGCAUGUCCAAGUGCACCCAAGGACUUUAAGGUUGCAGAAGUAACUAGAAAACAUGUGCAUCUUAUGUGGGAAGCACCAGACCAUGAUGGAGGCAGUCCACUGACUGGCUAUCAGGUUGAGAAGCGUGAAGUGACCAGAAAGACCUGGGUUAAGGUUAUUAGUGGUGUGCAAGACCAGGAAUACACCAUCACAGAUGUGAUUGAGGGCAAGGAGUACUUGUUUAGGGUUAUUGCCUGCAACAAGUGUGGCCCAGGAGAGCCUGCAUACAUUGACGAUCCUGUAAAUGUGUCCUCACCAGCCACUGUUCCAGAUCCACCAGAGUAUCUUAAAUGGAGAGACAAAUCAUCCAGCAAAAUAUUCCUUUCCUGGGAACCUCCAAAAUGGGAUGGUGGUGCUCCAAUAAAAGGCUACACUGUUGACAAAUGCCAGCGUGGCACUGACAAGUGGGAGCCAUGUGGAGAACCAAUGCCUGAUCUCAAGCUUGAGGUAACUGGUCUGAUAGAGGGACAGUGGUAUGCGUAUCGUGUAAGGGCCUUGAACAGACUAGGCUCAGGUAGACCUACUAAGGCAACUGAUGAGAUCUUGGCUGUUGAUCCUAAAGAACCUCCAGAAAUUCACUUGGAUGCAAAAAUCCUGGCAGGCUUAACUGCAAAGGCUGGUACAAAGAUUGAACUUCCUGCAGACAUAACAGGCAAACCAGAACCUAAAGUCAAAUGGACCAAGGCUGACCUUAUCCUUAAGGAAGAUGACAGAAUAUCUAUUGAUACCAAGCCUGGUCACUCCACUGUGUCAAUUGCUAAGACAAAAAGGGAUGACUCAGCAACAUACAUUAUUGAGGCAGUUAACAGCAGUGGUCGUGCAACUGCAACUGUUGAUGUCAACAUUCUAGAUAAGCCUGGCCCUCCAGCUGCCUUUGAUAUAUCUGAAAUCACCAAUGAUUCCUGUUUACUGGCCUGGAAUCCACCCAGAGAUGAUGGAGGCUCAAAGGUGACGAACUACAUUGUUGAAAGAAGGGCUACAGACAGUGAAAUCUGGUACAAGCUGUCUUCAACUAUAAAGCAGACCAACUACAAAGUGACCAAGCUUGUGACUUUCAAAGAAUAUAUCUUUAGAGUUUAUGCUGAGAAUCAAUUUGGCAUCGGCCCACCAGCUGAACAUGCUCCAAUUAUUGCUAGAUAUUCCUUUGAUCCACCUGGACCUCCAUACAAACUUGAGGCAUCAGAUAUUUCUAAGGAUGCUGUAACUCUGACCUGGAUUGAGCCUGAUGAAGAUGGAGGAAGUCCCAUCACUGGCUACUGGGUUGAGCGGUUUGAGCCAGAUGCUGAUAAGUGGAUAAAAUGCAAUAAAAUACCAGUCACAGAUACUAAUUUGAGAGUAAAAGGAUUGCCCACAAGGAGGAAGUGUAAGUUCCGUGUCUUGGCUGAAAAUCUUGCUGGACCAGGCAAACCAAGCAAAGAGACUGACCAGAUCAUGAUCAAGGAUCCUAUCGAUCCUCCAUGGCCUCCUGGCAAACCUACUGUUAAGGAUGUUGCAAAGACAUCUGCUUUCCUUCAAUGGACAAAGCCUGAGCAUGAUGGUGGUGCUAAGAUUGAGUCCUACGUUAUAGAACUUCUCAAGAGUGGAACUGAUGAGUGGGUUCGUGUGGCAGAUGGUAUACCUUCUCUUGAAUAUUUUCUAAAGGGAUUAAUGGAGAAGCAGGAAUACUCCUUCCGUGUCAGAGCUGUCAAUGCAGCAGGCGAGAGUGAACCUAGUGAACCUAGUAAUCCUGUUCUUUGCAAGGAGAGACUCAAUCCUCCAUCACCACCAAGAUGGCUGGAGGUGGUUAGUAUUUCCCGUAACAAUGCCGAACUAAAGUGGACAGCCCCAGAAAGAGAUGGUGGUUCUCCAGUUACAAAUUAUAUUGUAGAAAAGAGAGAUGUGAGACGCAAAGGCUGGCAAGCUGUGGAUACGACAGUGAAGGAACUGAUAUAUACUGUCACUCCACUGAAUGAUGGCUCUCUGUAUGUAUUCCGUGUGGCAGCUGAGAAUGCUGUUGGAACUAGUGAAUACUGUGAACUUGUUGACUCAGUUCUGGCAAAAGACACAUUCACUACUCCUGGACCACCUUAUGCUCUGACUGUCACAGAUGUCUCAAAGACACAUGUUGAUCUUAAAUGGGAGGCACCUAAGAAUGAUGGUGGUAGACCUAUCUUGAGGUAUGUCAUUGAGAAAAAAGAGAAACUUGGAACUCGCUGGGUUAAAUCUGGAAAAACAUCAGGCCCUGACUGCAAGUACAGGGUCACUGAUGUCAUCGAAGGCACUGAGGUACAGUUCCAGGUCCUUGCUGAGAAUGAGGCUGGGGUUGGUCACCCAAGCGAACCUACAGACAUUGUUGUAGUUGAGGAACCAACAGGUCCACCAUCUCCACCUCAGGAUCUCCAUAUCACUGAGGCAGCCAGGGACCAUAUCUCUAUUGCAUGGAAAGCUCCAGAAAGAAAUGGAGGAAGUCCGGUCACUGGAUACCACAUUGAGCUCUGUGAGGCUGGAACAGAAAAGUGGAUGAGAGUUAACUCUCGCCCAGUUAAAGAACUGAAAUACAGGGCUGGAGAGGAGGAAGGCAUUGUUCCUGAGAAGAACUACAUUUUCAGAGUCCGUGCUGUCAAUUCUGUUGGUGCCAGUGAACCAUCUGAUAUCUCUGAGAGUGUAUAUGCUAAAGACUCUGACUGCAAACCGACUAUUGAUUUCCAGACCAAGGACAUUGUUGUUGUGGAGGGGGAAAAGAUGCAACUUCCAAUUCCAUUUAAAGCUGUUCCAUCACCUAGGAUCACAUGGCACAAAGAUGGCAAAGAGAUGAAAGCUGAUGAGAGAAUCUUAAUGACAUCAAAUUACAUUUCCUGCCAAUUGGAAAUUCCAAGUUGCCUGCAUGCUGAUGCUGGCCAAUACAAAGUUACCCUGGAAAACAGCUUUGGUGCAAUUAGUGGGACUAUCAAUGUUAAAGUUAUUGGUCUUCCUGGGCCAUGCAAGGAAAUUGUUGCUAGUGAUAUCACCAAGAACUCUUGCAAAGUAACUUGGGAACCUCCAGACUAUGAUGGAGGCAGUCCUAUCCUUCACUAUGUCCUGCAGCGCAGAGAAGCAGGCAGGAGAACGUAUGCCAAUGUCAUGUCUGGUGAGAACAAACUGAGCUGGCCUGUCAAGGACCUCAUCCAAAAUGGAGAGUACUAUUUCCGUGUCAGAGCAGUGAAUAAAAUUGGUGGUGGAGAGUUCAUAGAGCUUCGCAAUCCUGUAAUUGCUGAGGAUCAGAAACAUCCCCCUGAUCCUCCUGUUGAUGUUGAGACUCACAACCCUACUUCUAAAUCUGUGACUCUAACUUGGAAGCCACCCAUGUAUGAUGGGGGAUGCAAGAUCAUGGGUUACAUUCUAGAGAAGAUGAUGAAAGGAGAAGAAAAAUUUGAAAGAUGCAAUGACUUCCUUGUGCCAGUAUUGUCCUACACCGUUAAAGGCUUGAGACCAGAAAAGGAGUAUCAGUUCCGUGUUCGUGCAGAGAAUGCUGCAGGCAUUAGUGAGCCUUCUCGUUCCAGUCCUAUGGUCAAAGCCACUGAUGCAAUUGAUCGUCCUAAAGUGUUCCUUAGUGGCAGUUUGCAAUCAGGAUUAAGUGUUAAGAGGGGUGAGGAAAUCCGAUUAACUGCCUACAUUUCUGGUUACCCUUACCCGGAAAUAACAUGGAUGAGAAAUAAUUCAACCAUUAGGCCAGAGGCACUGAAGAAGAGACCAGAAAGGCCUAUUAGAAGGAAAAAGGAAAAGAAGGCUGAGGAAGAAAAAAUAGAAGACACAGAGAAAAAGGAGGAGAAGACAACAGAAGAACAUGACAAGAAGGAGGAAGAAAAGAAAGAGGCAGAGGAGAAAGAGAAACUAAAGGAGCCAGAGGAACCAGAAGAGCCAGAGGAGGAAUACCACCCAACACUAAAUGAGCGUCUUACAAUUGAUAAUUCAAGGAAGGGUGAAUCCUUCGUUCUUGUGAAAGAUGCUAUCAGAGGCGAUCAUGGUGUUUUCACUAUCAAGGUGGAGAAUGAUCAUGGUGUUGCCUCUGCCACCUGUGAAGUUAAUGUUCUUGAUACUCCUGGACCUCCAGUCAACUUCAGGUUUGAGGAGGUCAGGAAGGAUUCUAUCCUCUGCAAGUGGGAACCUCCUCUAGAUGAUGGUGGCAGUGAGGUCCUAAAUUAUGUAUUGGAGAAGAAGGACAACUCCAAGAUUGAAACUGGAUGGGUUACUGUGACAUCAACUCUGAGGGGUUGCAAGUACCCAGUGACAAAACUGAUUGAAGGAAAAGAGUAUAUUUUCAGAGUUACUGCUGAGAAUAGAUUUGGUCCUGGAAAACCAUGUAUCUCCAAACCUGUUAUUGCAAGAAACCCAUUUGAUCCCCCUGAGGCACCUGAGAAACCAGAAAUUAUUGACAUUACAGCUAACAGCAUGGUUGUUACUUGGAAUGAGCCCAAUGAUAAUGGAAGCCCCAUCCAAGGAUACUGGGUAGAAAAACGAGAAAUUAACAGUACACACUGGGCAAGAGUUAAUCGCAAUAUCAAUGAUGGACUGGAAAUUAAAGUAGAAGGCCUUUUGGAAGGAUUGACAUACAUUUAUAGGGUCUGUGCAGAAAAUGUAGCUGGAUGUGGAAAAUUCAGUCCACCAUCUGAUCCAAAAACAGCCCAGGCUCCUAUCUUGCCACCAGGUCCACCAAUUCCUCAUGUUGUUGACACCACAGACCAUUCAAUAACCGUUGAAUGGGAACCUCCAGCAGACAAUGGAGGUGCAGAGAUUUUUGGUUACCAUGUUGACAAGGUAAUUGCUGGCACUAAGGACUGGUCACGAGCCACAGAGAGACCAUGGAAGACUCGCACAUUUACUGUGUAUGGUGUCCGAGAAGGAGCUAAGUACAUUGUCCGUGUGGUAGCAGUCAACUCUGCUGGUGAAGGUGCUCCUGGUAUGACAGAUGCUGUCAUUGUCAGGAAUCCAGCAGAGAAACCUGUAAUUGAACUUGAUAUAUCUGUGAAGAAUGGUCUUGUUGUAAGAGCUGGAGAGAUGCUGAAGAUCCCUGCACAUGUAAGCGGUAAACCAAAACCAUCACUUUCAUGGACAAAGGAUGAUGCAGCUCCUGACAAAGAGCGUGUGGAAAUAGAAGAAGUAGGACAGAACAGCACAGUCAUUAUCAAAAGCUCAAAAAGAAGUGACAGUGGCAAAUACCAGAUAACUGCAGCAAACCCAAGUGCUAUAAAAUCUGCAUGGACCAGGGUUGAAGUUGUUGAUGUUCCUGGGCCUGUCCUUGACCUCAAGCCUGUAGUAGUAACCAGAAAGUUAAUGAUUCUGAACUGGUCUGAUCCGGAUGAUGAUGGUGGCAGUGAUUUGACUGGCUUCAUUGUUGAAAGAAGAGAGCCAAAGAUGCACACAUGGAGACAGCCAAUUGAAACACCUGCAUCCAAAUGUGAAAUUGUAGGUAUUAUUGAAGGACAGGAAUACAUUUUCCGAGUUGUGGCCAAGAACAAAUAUGGCUGUGGACCACCAGUUGAUCUUGGACCUAUCCGUGCAGUUGAUCCACAAGGUCCACCAACCUCUCCUGAGAAGUUCCACUACACAGAAAGAACUAAGUCAUCCAUUACCCUUGCAUGGAAGCCACCUCGCAAUGAUGGUGGUAGUCCAAUUAUUGGAUACAUCAUUGAAAAGAAACGUCAAGAUCAUCCUACUUUCCAGCCUGUGACCACAGACUUGUGCACUGCACUGACACUGACUGUGGAGAAUCUAGAUGAGCUACACAUGUAUGAGUUCCGUGCAAAGGCUGUUAAUAGCAUUGGAGAAAGUGAUCCUUCUAUACCCUUGACUGCUGUGAUUCAGGAUGAUGAAGUUGCCCCAACUUUGCACAUGUUGAAGCACUUCAAAGGUGACUUGAUUAGAGUGAGGAAGAAUGAGCCAAUUGAGAUUCCUGUUGAAAUCACAGGUCUCCCAAUGCCAAAGGUUGAAUGGUUGAAAGAUGAUGUUGUUAUUCCAAAGCCCACUGAAAGAGUCCUGUUUGAGACUAAAGAGAUUGACAGAGUCACAGAACACACCAAACUUUCUAUCCCAGCUACUACAAGGCUGGAAAAGGGUACAUACACUGUCACUGCUUCAAAUCGCCUUGGGUCACCCAGCCAUUCGAUCACAGUUGAGGUGCUCGAUCGACCGACGCCACCAAGAAAUGUUGCAGUUUCAAAUAUCCGAGCUGGGUUUUGCCAGUUGACUUGGGAUGCACCACUAGAUAAUGGUGGCAGUGCGCUCACCAACUAUAUUAUUGAAAAGAAAGACCUCAAUGUUGAGGAUGUCGAGAAAGCUGAAUGGGUUCAGGUUAAUAACACAAUCAUAGAGAAAAAAUAUGGGGCAUGGGACCUUGUAACAGGUGGAAACUAUAUGUUCAGAGUUAAAGCUGAAAAUAAGUAUGGAAUAAGUGAUGGCUGUGAAACAGAGGAAGUUCAAAUAAAGGAUCCAUUCGCCCUACCUGGACCCCCAGAAAAAGUUGCUAUUGCAGAAUAUUCUAAAACCAAUAUGCUAGUAACAUGGGAACCUCCAAUGGAUUGUGGUGGAUCUAAGAUUAUUGGCUAUUGGAUGGAGAAGCGUGAGAAAGGCACCACCUACUGGGCUAAAGUAAAUAAGGCCUUGGUCUCAAAACGUGGCUUGAAAGGCUGGGAAUUUCAGGUCACACGUCUCUUUGAGGGAACGGAGUAUGAAUUCCGAGUGAUGGCUUGCAAUGCUGCAGGAGUUGGGCCCCCAAGUGCUGUCUCUGAAUCAGCCUCUGCUAUUGACCCCCUCACACCACCUGGCAUGCCAGCAGCUCCUGUAGUUGCUGAUAAAACUAAGCGUAGUGUUACUCUGUCAUGGACCCCACCAGCCAAAGAUGGUGGCAGCCCAAUCAAAGGUUACAUAAUCGAGAUCCAGGAUGAGGGAACAUCUGAUUGGGUGAGGGUGAAUGAUGCAGACAAUCUACAUCCAACUACUGAAUUUACUGUUCCCAAUCUUAAGGAACUCAAGAAAUACAGAUUUAGAAUCAUUGCAGUAAAUGAUAUUGGCGAGUCUGAGCCAAGUCCUAGCACCGCAGAGGUUCUCAUGGAAGACAUUCACACUGAGCCAAAAUUAUCUCUGGACAUCACUGCUGAAGAAUUACUAUGUAUCCGUGCUGGAUCUCCAAUCAAAAUCCCUGUAACUAUUACUGGGCGCCCUGUUCCCAAGGUUACUUGGGAAUUUGAUGGCAAAGCAAAGACAGAGAAGAAAGAUCGUCUUCAUACCCUGCCAGUUGAUUCACAGGUUGAAUCUACUGACACUACCUCUGUUGUAACACUUCCUGUGAGCUUAAGAGCUCACUCUGGCAGAUACACUGUCACAGCAAAGAACAAAACUGGACAGAAACAUAUUAAUAUCAGAGUCAUUGUGCUUGAUGUUCCUGGAGCACCAAAGGAUCUCAAAGUUACUGACAUUACCAGGUCUACAGUGCGGCUUAUCUGGAAACUCCCAGAUACUGAUGGUGGAGAGAGGAUUAAGAGUUACUUCAUUGAAAAGAAGACUGUCAGUGGAAAGGCCUGGACAACAGUAAAUGCAGCCUGUGCCAGUAUGGCCUUUGUGGUGCCUGACCUUCUUGAAGGUCAGGACUACCUGUUCCGAGUUCGUGCUGAGAAUCGACUUGGACAGGGACCAUUUACUGAGACCACAGAGCCAGCAAGAACAAGGGAUCCCAUUUAUCCUCCUGAUCCUCCAACUAAGGUCAAAAUAAACCUGGUCACCAAGAACACAGUAACUCUUACAUGGAUGCCUCCAAAAAAUAAUGGUGGUGCACCAGUCACACAUUAUAUUAUUGAAAGGCUGAGCUGGGACACCAGUGCUCCACAAAAGGAGACCUGGAAACAAUGCAAUAAAAGGGAUGUUGAAGAGACAUCAUUUAUUGUUGAAGACCUUAAGGAGGGUGGUGAAUAUGAGUUCCGUGUCAAAGCAGUGAAUGAAGCUGGUCCAAGCAGACCCUCUGUGACUGUUGGACCUAUAAUUAUCAAGGACCAGACCUGUGCUCCAACCAUCGAACUUAGAGAAUCUCUGGAGAGUGCAGAAACACUGGAUAUUAACAUACUUGCCAGGAUCCAGGGCUGUCCAUUCCCAUCACUCGUUUGGCAGAGAGCCACAUUGGAAAAGCCUGAUGAAAAGUUUGAUGUACACUAUGAUCAGCAUAUCAAUAAACUUGUCUCUGAUGACAAAUGUAGUCUGGUAAUUCAGCAAUCGAAGAGAGAUGACAGUGGAAUUUAUACACUCACAGCUACUAACAGCCUUGGCAAGGCUUCCAAGGAUAUCAAACUUACUAUUUUGGGACGACCUGGACCACCAGUUGGACCAAUCAAAAUUGAGGAAGUUUUUGCUGAAAGGAUUGGACUCUCCUGGAACCCACCCACAGAUGACGGUGGUUCUAAAAUCACAAACUAUGUCAUCGAGAAGCGUGAGGACAACAGGAAGACAUGGGUGCAUGUAUCUAGUGAGCCUAAGCAAUGUGCAUACACAGUUCAGAGGCUAACAGAAGGGCAUGAAUAUGAGUUCCGUGUUAUGGCUCAGAACAAAUACGGUGUUGGACCACCACUCUAUAGUGAGCCUGAGAAAGCAAGAAACCUAUUCACUGUCCCUGGCCAAUGUAACAAGCCAACUGUGUCAGAAGUCACUCUUGAAUCUAUGACUGUUGAAUGGGAGGAGCCAGAAUAUGAUGGUGGAUCACCAGUUACUGGCUACUGGUUGGAGAAGAAGGAAACUACAUCAAAACGCUGGACUAAAGUGAACCGUGACCCCAUAAGGAUCAGGCCCCUUGGCGUUUCACAUAUUGUGACUGGUCUUUUGGAAGGAGCUACCUACCAGUUCCGUGUUAUUGCCUUUAAUGCUGCUGGAUGUGGGCUUCCAAGUCUGCCAUCGGAUCCUGCAAUUUCUAGAGAUCCAAUUACUCCUCCAGGACCCCCUCUGCCAAAGGUAACAGACUGCACCAAGUCAACUGUAGAUCUUGAAUGGAUUCCUCCACUGACUGAUGGUGGAUCUAAGAUAACAGGAUACUUUGUUGAAUACAAAGAAGAAGGAAAGGAAGAAUGGGAGAAGGCUAAAGACAAGGAAAUUAGAGGCACCAAGUUUGUUGUUCCUGGACUCAAAGAGCUUGGACUUUACAGAUUCAGAGUAAGAGCAGUAAAUGCUGCAGGAGUUGGUGAACCCGGUGAAGUCACUGAAGUGAUUGAGGUCAAGGAUAGAACAAUUCCUCCUGAAGUGGACCUAGAUGCAACUGUAAAGGAGAAGAUCACUGUUCAUGCUGGUGGUGUAAUCCGUAUUAUUGCAUAUGUAUCUGGCAAACCUGCCCCAGAAAUUAUCUGGAACAAAGAUGAUGGUGAUAUGCCUAAAGAAGCUCUUGUUGAGACUACUGCUAUUAGCUCUUCUCUGGUUAUCAAAAAUUGCAAAAGACACCAACAAGGUAUUUACACCCUGACUGCCAAGAAUGAAGGAGGAGAAAGGAAGAAGGCAAUAAUUGUGGAAGUUCUGGAUGUUCCUGGACCUGUUGGGCAACCUUUCUCUGGUAUAAAUCUAACUACUGACUCCUGCAAACUGACAUGGCAUUCCCCUGAGGAUGAUGGUGGCUCUGCCAUCACCAAUUACAUAAUAGAAAAAAGAGAGUCUGACCGCAGAGGCUGGACUUCAGUAACAUACACUGUGACCAGACAUAAUGCUGUGGUUCAGGGUCUUAUUGAUGGUAAAGCGUACUUCUUCAGAAUUGCUGCUGAAAAUAUAAUUGGAAGGGGCCCAUAUGUGGAGACUGCAUCACAAGUUCUUAUUAAGGAUCCUAUUUCUGUCCCUGAGCGUCCAGAGGAUCUGGUGGUAACAGCUGUCACAAAAGAUUCAAUUAGUUUAGAAUGGAGGCCACCAAAGUAUGAUGGUGGAGCAGAAGUGACAAGCUAUGUCCUUGAAGUCCGUCAGUUAGGAAAGGAUAACUUUAUCCGUGUUGCAACUGACAACAAGCUAAUAGACCGUAAAUUUGUUCAUGAGGGUCUCAAAGUGGGUGCUACAUAUGAAUUCCGUGUCAGUGCUGUAAAUCAAAUUGGCCAAGGCAAGCCUUCAUUCAGCACUAAACCUAUUACAUGCAAGGAUGAGCUUGAGCCACCUACCCUUGAUCUGGAAUUCCAUGACACGGUUUUAGUUCGUGUUGGGCAGCCAUGCACUCUCCAAGGUCGUUAUACAGGCAAACCAACUCCAACAAUCAAAUGGUUUAAAAACGAUGAGGAACUUAAUUCAAAUGAUGAGAUUAUGCUCACCACCACUAAGAAGACAUUGUGCUUGUCUAUUGAAAAGGCUAAGCGUGAUCAGAGUGGUAAAUACUCUGUGGUUGUGGAGAAUUCAACUGGCAUACAGAAGGGCAUCUGCACUGUUACUGUUGUUGAUCGCCCUCAACCUCCGGAGGGCCCUGUUAUCUUUGAAGAGAUCUUUAGGGAUCACAUGGUCAUCUCCUGGAAACCACCACUUGAUGACGGUGGAUGUGAAGUAUCUAAUUACAUUGUUGAAAAGAGGGAUGUUAACAGGGAUCUCUGGAUGCCUGUUACUGAGUCCUGCACUAGAACUACAUGUAGAGUACCCAAACUAAUUGAAGGCAGAGAGUACAUUAUUAGAAUAUGUGCUCAGAAUUUUCAUGGCAUAAGUGACCCGUUGCUGUCUGCUGAGACAAAAGCAAGAGAUGUUUUCAAGGUGCCUGAUGCUCCUAAGCAACCAGUGGUGAAAGAGGUCUACAAAGACACAGCUUUGAUUUCCUGGGAACCACCAGCUGAUGGUGGAAAACCAAUCACAAACUACAUUGUUGAGAAGAGAGAAACAAUGUCAAACAGAUGGGUUCGUGCUGGAACUGAACGCAUCUUCCCUACAACAGAAUACUGGGUUCCGGAUCUUCUCAAAGGAUGUGAAUAUGAGUUCCGUGUCAUGGCAGAGAACAUUAUUGGUGUUGGUGAUCCCAGCCCACCCUCAAAGCCUGUCUUUGCUAAAGAUCCCAUUGUGAUUCCAAGCCCACCAGAAAAGCCAAUGGCAAUUGACAAAACAAAGAAUUCAAUCACUCUAUCUUGGGAGCCCCCAAAGGACUGUGGCAGAGGCAAAAUCUUAGGCUACCUGCUUGAGUACCAGAAAGCUGGAGAUGAUGAAUGGAUACAGGUUAAUCAGACUCCUGAGUCCUGCCCAGACACAACAUUCAAAAUAGUCAACCUUGAAGAUGGAAUGUUGUACCGGUUUAGAGUAAAAGCAGUGAAUGCAGCCGGGGAAUCUGAUCCUGCAAAUGUUCCUGAGCCUAUUCGAGCACAAGACAGAUUUGAGCCUCCAGAGCUUUUGCUAGAAAUGGGGAUGCCCCGUGAGCUUAAAGCCAUGGCAGGAACUCAUAUAAAAAUUGUUGCUGGAAUCAAAGGUAUGCCUUUUCCCAAGGUCACAUGGAAGAAAAAUGAUAUUGAUGUACCUCCAAGAGCAGAAAUCGAGACUUCUGGAGUAAGAUCCACACUUGAAAUGCGCUACUGUAACCGAGGGGACUGUGGAGAUUACACACUCAGUGUAGAAAACCCAGCUGGAUCAAAGACAGCAACAUGCACUGUGCUUGUUUUAGACAAACCUGGUCCAAUUCAGAAUCUGAGGGUAUCUGAUGUUAGAAGUGACUCAGCUCAACUCUCCUGGAAAGAUCCAGAAGAUAAUGGUGGUGUACGCAUCACCAACUUUGUUGUGGAGAAGAAAGAUGUGGCUUCUGCACAAUGGGUGCCAGUCUGUGCAACAUCCAAAAAACGAAGCCUUAUGGCAAAGCAUUUGAUGGAAGGGACAUCAUACAUGUUCCGGGUGGCUGCCGAAAAUCAGUUCGGCAGAAGUGAAUAUGUUGAGACAACUAAACCUGUGAAAGCAAUGAACCCACUGUUUCCACCUGGUCCACCAAAGGACCUGCAUCAUGUAGAUGUUGACAAAACUGAGGUGUGGCUUGAGUGGAACUGGCCUGAUCGCACAGGAGGAAGUGAGAUCACCGGCUUCUUGGUUGAGUAUCAGGAGGAAGGAGAAAGAGACUGGAUAGUCUUCAAGACUGUAAGCAUUCCUGAAUGCCAUGUAACAGGGCUAGAAGAGGGAAAAACUUAUAGAUUCCGUGUGAAAGCAGAGAAUGCCAUUGGCCUUGGAAGACCUGAUACAACUGUGCCAGUGCUCUGCCAAGAAAAACUUGUGCCACCAAUUCUUGAGGUUGAUGCAAAACUGAUUGAUGGGAUAAUUGUAAAGGCUGGAAGCACCAUAAGGCUUCCCGCAAUCAUGAGAGGCAUUCCAGUUCCAACUGCAAAAUGGGCCAUUGAUGGUGAAGAAAUUAAAUGUGAAGGAAAUACCAAGAUUGACACAGACAACUUUUCGACUGUUCUGAGCAUUGCUGACUGCACAAGAAAUCACACUGGAAACUAUAUUCUCACAGUAUCUAACCCUGCAGGAAGUAAGACUCUUUCUCUGAAUGUCACAGUACUUGAUGUUCCUGCUGCACCAAUAGGACCAGUUAACAUCCUUGAAGUAACUCCAGAUUCCAUGGUCAUUGAGUGGCGUCCUCCCAAAGAUGAUGGUGGAAGCCCUGUCAUAAAUUAUGUUGUUGAAAAAAGGGAAUCUAAUAAGGAAACCUGGGGAGGUGUUAGCUCUGGCAGUACUGCAACACGACUUAAGAUUUCUCGUUUACAGAGUGGUGUUGAAUAUGUUGUAAGAAUUCGUGCAGAAAACAAGAUGGGAAUUGGUGCAGCUCUUGAAAGUGCACCAACCGUGGCAAAGCACCAGUUUGAGCCACCUGGCCAUCCUGGAAAACCUGUUGUUUCAGAUAUUUCUGAAGAUGCGCUUACUCUUGGCUGGACAAUGCCAUUGUAUGAUGGAGGCAGUCCUAUUUUUGGCUACAUUAUUGAGCGUAGACAUAAAGGAGGCAAAUGGAUUCGAGUAAAUAAGAUUCCAUGCAACGACCUCAGAUUCAGAGUGCUUGGGCUUUUUGAGGGUAAUGAAUAUGAGUUUAGAGUAUUUGCUGAAAAUAUUGCUGGCUUUAGUGGUCCCUCACCUAUCUCAGACACAGCCAAGCCCUGCAGGCCAAUUACAGUUCCUGGACCUCCAGUCAAUCCUAAAGUUAAAGAUUAUAGUUGCACUUAUGCUGAUUUAGUUUGGAUAAAGCCUACAAGAGAUGGGGGUAGCCCAAUCUUGGGAUAUGUUGUUGAAUGGCAGAAAGCUGGCGGUGAAUGGGAUAAAGUUAACAAAGAUGAUUUGAUAAAACAGUGUGCAUAUAGAGUCAAGGGUCUAAAUGAAGGCACAGAAUAUAGGUUUCGUAUUCGAGCUGUCAACAUAAUUGGAGAUGGUGAGACAAGAGAAAUCCCAGAAUCAGUUAUUGCUCAAGACAUUCUAAUUCCCCCUGAGAUUGAGAUGGAUGUCACAUGUCGUACACAUGUGAUUGUACGUGUAGGUCACAACAUAAAUAUUACGGGAUAUGUGAAGGCAAGGCCAGACCCUGAGAUUACCUGGACCAGAGGGGAGACCAUUUUGGAACGAGAUAAACGUGUUACUUUCACAAAUAACUUCCCUGUAGUUCAUAUGCGUAUCAAAGAAGCAACCAGAGCAGAUCAUGGAAAGUAUAUUCUUAAGGCUGUCAAUAAUGGUGGAGAAGCUUCAGCUACCAUUACUGUAACUGUAUUGGACAGGCCUGGACAAUGCAGGAAUCUUAUAUUGACAUAUGUGACAAAAAAUUCUUGCAUGGUGAACUGGGAUGCUCCCGAGGACAAUGGAGGCACUGAGAUUACAAACUACAUUGUUGAGUGUCGUGAACCAAGCAGCAGAGCUUGGUCAAUGAUCUCUUCUGACUGCACCAACCGCAAAGUGAAGGCAAAACUCCUGGAGAAUCAUGAGUAUUUGUUCCGUGUAUCUGCAGAGAACAAGUGUGGUCCUGGUCAAGCAACAGAAACCAAAACACCUAUCCUUGCAAUAGAUCCACUUCAGAAACCUAGUGAACCAGAAAAUUUCCAUGUAGCUGAUGUUGGCAAGAACUAUGUUUUCCUGAGAUGGCGAAAACCAGAUUAUGAUGGUGGCAGUCCAAACUUAGGCUAUAUUCUGGAAAAGAAAGCAAAGGAUGCUGAAAAUUGGGAAAGUUUACAUGAUGGCAUAAUCAAAGAGACAUUCUUUAUGGUAGACAAAUGUGUUGAGAACCAAAUAUAUCAGUUUAGAAUUAAGGCAACAAAUGAUGGUGGAGAAAGCAACUGGGUGAAGACAUCUGAUGUUCUAGUCAAAGAAGUCAUUCUGAAACCAGUUCUUGACCUCAAAUUUGCUGGUACUAUCGUGGUUAAAGCUGGUGAAUCGGUCAGGCUUGAGGCAGCUCUCAGAGGAAAGCCACAACCUGAGGUAAAAUGGGUGAAGGACAAGACUACAGAAGAUAACCCAAGAAUCACCGUUGACACUGGAGCAGAUUAUUCAAAAUUCCUCAUGACUAAAACCAGACGACCUGACACUGGAAAAUAUGUAAUCACUGCCACAAACUCUGCUGGAAGUUUCACUGCAUAUGCAAAUAUAACUGUUUUGGACAUACCCGGACCUGUCAGGGAUGUCAGGGUCACUGGUGUCUCUGCAGACAAAUGUAGAGUUGUGUGGGAUCCUCCAGAGGAUGAUGGUGGUUGUGAAGUAGAUAGCUAUAUUUUAGAAAAAUGUGAAACCAGGAGAAUGGUUUGGUCUACAUAUUCUGCUAAUGUAGUUACUAACUACUGUAAUGUAACUCAUCUUGUGGAAGGUAAUGAGUACGUCUUUAGGGUCAGAGCAGAAAACAAGAUGGGAACAGGUCCAGCAAUGGAGAGCAAGCCUGUUAUUGCCAAAACACAGUACAGCAGACCCGGUCCACCUGAUCCACCAGAGGUCACCAAAAUUGGCAAAGAUGAAAUGACUGUGAUAUGGGCUCCUCCUGAGAAUGAUGGUGGAAAAUCCAUUACUGGCUAUAUCCUGGAAAGAAAGGAGAAGCGUGCUGUACGAUGGGUACCAGUUACAAAAAGCCCCAUCUCUGAGAGACGCAUGAAAGUAACCAACUUGAUUCCUAACCAUGAAUAUCAAUAUCGUGUUAAAGCUGAAAAUGAGGUUGGAUUGGGAGAGCCAAGCAAGCCUUCAAGACCAGUUGCUGCUAAGGAUCCAAUUGAGCCUCCUGGUCCUCCUGGAGGUCUGAAGGUGGUGGACAGCACAAAGACUUCAGUUACACUUGGCUGGUCAAAGCCAGUGUAUGACGGUGGUGCUCCAAUCAUCGGAUAUUUGGUUGAAAUGAGAGAGAAGAUUGAAAUGGAAGGUGAACAAGAGCGAGAUCCAGAUGAAGGCUGGUCAAAAUGCAAUACUAGUGGGCAGCUUGUUCUCACUGAAUUUACAAUGCUCAAUUUGGAUGAGAGAAAACAAUAUGAAUUCCGUGUCUCUGCACAAAAUCAAGUUGGAAUGGGUCGCCCAGCAAAACUUAAAGAUGCUGUGACACCAAAAGAGAUUCAUGAAUUGCCAGAGAUUGAUCUGGAUGCUAGUUUGAGAAAGGGAUUUAGUGUAAGAGCAGGUUGUCCCAUAAGACUAUUUGCUACAAUCAGAGGAAGGCCAACACCUAAAGUGACCUGGAAACGCAUUGGAAUUGACAAUGUUGUCAGAAAAGGUCAUGUGGACCAGAUUGAUACAAUGUCCUUUCUUGUUAUACCUGAGAGCACACGUGAAGACUCUGGAAAAUACUCUUUGACAGUCUCAAAUCCUUCAGGAGAGAAAGCUAUAUUUGUUCGUGUUAAGGUCUUGGAUACUCCUGGACCAGUUGAUGAAUUGGAAGCAACUGAUGUUACAAAGACAACCUGCCAACUCUCCUGGUCACCUCCAGAAAAUGAUGGUGGCUGUCCAAUCCUUAACUACAUUGUUGAAAAGCGGGAAGUAGAUAGGAAGACAUGGACAAAUUGCACAAAUGAGUUGAAAAAGACCAGCUUUAAAAUCACAAACCUAACACCAGGAACUGAAUACUACUUCAGAGUCAUAGCAGUCAACAAGUAUGGUAUUGGAGUGCCAAAAGACUCUCCAAAAUCAUAUUUGGCUGUAGAUCCCAUGAGUGAACCUGAUCCACCAAAAAAGAUGGAUAUCUUGGAGAUUUCUAAGAACAGUGCAACUCUUGGAUGGCUAAAACCACUGAGAGAUGGAGGAUCAAAGAUUAAUGGCUAUAUAGUUGAUUAUCAAGAGGCUGGUCAACCUGAGGACAAAUGGACAACAUACUCAGUUGUAAAAGACUUGAGCAUUGCUGUUGUUGGUCUUAAAGAAAACACAAAAUAUAGAUUCAGGGUUGCUGCAAGAAAUGCUAUAGGAUGCAGUCUGCCAAGAGAAGCUGAAGGCAUUUUUGAAGUCAAAGAGCAGCUGAUGGGACCAAAGAUUAUCAUGCCUGAUAUGGUCAUGGCAAAAGCAGGAACAAAGCUUAAGGUUGAAGCACUUGUAUCUGGAAAACCUACUCCAGUCACAACGUGGAAAAGAGGAAGCGAUGACGUGGUUUCAUCUGAUCGUCUUUUUGUGCAAAAAACAUUGUCCUCAUCCACAUUAAUGAUUAAGGAUGUUUCAAGGAAGGACAGUGGCUAUUAUAGUCUUUCUGCUGAGAAUAGCAUUUCUAAGGUCAACCAAAUCCUCAGAAUUAUCAUCAUGGAUAUCCCUGGUCCCCCAGAGGGCCCCUUGGAAAUUCUUGAGGUGGAUAUUGAUGCCUGCACCCUUGCAUGGAACUCACCAACUGAAGAUGGUGGCAGCAACAUAACUAAUUAUGUUGUUGAAAAAUGUGACGUGAGCAGAGGUGACUGGGUUCCUGCUGUAGCCUCUUGCACAAAGACCAGUUGCAGAGUUCCAAAACUUACUCCUGGCAAGGAAUAUGGUUUCAGAGUGCGUGCUGAAAAUCGUUUUGGAAUUUCAGAGCCAAUCUACUCUGUAAAAAUUAUUGCCAGAUAUCCAUUUGAUCCACCCAGUGAACCAAGGAACUGCUGUGUUAAUAAAAUCAACAAAGACUUUGUUGUUUUGUCUUGGGAAAAACCAGUAAAUGAUGGUGGUAGUCCUAUUAUAGGAUACUCCAUAGAACGUAAAGAGAGAAACAGCCUUUUAUGGGUCAAGGCAAAUGAGACACUUGUUCGUCAAACUGAAUACUACUGCUCUGGCCUUAUUGAGGGUCUAGAAUACACAUUCAGAGUAUGUGCAGUGAAUAAGGCAGGCCAAGGCAAACCAAGCAAAGCUACUGACAUAAUUACAGCAAGGAACCCAGUUGAUCCACCUGGUAAACCAGAGGUUCUUGACAUAACAAAACAUUCAGUUUCACUUGUUUGGAACCGUCCAAAACAUGAUGGUGGUAGCAAACUCAUUGGCUAUUAUGUUGAGUAUUUGAAGCUUCCAGGUGACAAAUGGGUACGUGUGAAUUCAAGUAGCCAAAAUGUGCCAAAAGAGGACUACGUUGUCACUGGACUUGAAGAGGGAGCCCAAUACAAGUUCAGAAUUAUUGCAAAGACAGCAAUUAAUAUCAGCGAGCCUUCAGAAGAGUCUGAUGUAAUCACUGUCAUUGCAGAGCAUGUUCCACCCAGGGUUGAGAUCAGUCUUGAAAUGAAGAAUCUAAUCGUUGUCAAAGCAGGAGCAAAUGUUUGCCUUUACGCUGAAGUUUAUGGAAAACCAAUACCAAAAGUUACAUGGAAAAGAGAUGGUGUGCCAUUGUCAGUUGUUGAAGGCAUGAAGAUGUCUCAGAAGAGACACCUCUUCCUCUUGGAACUGUUCUCUGUAACACGAAAGGAGACUGGAGAGUAUACUAUUUUUGCUGAGAACCCUAGUGGCACUAAGUCUAGCAACAUUAAACUUAAAGUUCUGGAUAAACCAGGACCCCCAGCAUCAGCAAAGGUCAGCCAUGUCUUUGCCGACCGGGUCAAACUGCGAUGGGAGCCACCUCUUUCAGAUGGUGGGGCUGAAAUAACCAACUACAUUAUUGAUAAACAUGAAACAAGCAGAGCUAACUGGGCUCAGGUUACUUCCAACAUUAAUGGCCAAAUAACAAAUUGCUCAGUGGAGAAACUCAUUGAGGGUCAUGAAUAUGAGUUCCGCAUCAGUGCUGAAAAUAAGUAUGGUGUUGGUGACCCAAUUUUCACCAACUCUGUGAUUGCUAAGAAUCCAUAUGAUGUUCCUGGACCUUGUGACCCACCUAUUAUUACCAAUAUUACCAAAGACCACAUGACUGUGAGCUGGAAGGCCCCUGCUGAUGAUGGCAAAUCCCCUAUCCUUGGAUACAUGGUGGAAAAACGUGAAACUCAGGAACUCAGCUGGUCUAAAAUAAACAGAAAACCUGUCAUUGAUAGAACCAUUAAAGCAGGCGGUCUCACUGAGGGUUCUGAGUAUGAAUUCAGAGUUAUUGCUCUCAAUAAGGCUGGUCUUGGCAAACCAAGUGAUCCCACUCAAGCUGCUAUUGCAGUGGACCCACUAUAUCCUCCAGGGCCACCUGCAUUCCCCAAAAUUGUUGAUUCUACACGUAGUUCAAUCAGUCUAUCAUGGACUAAGCCUGCCUAUGAUGGUGGCUGUGAAAUUUUGGGCUACCUGGUUGAGGUCAAGAGGUCAGAUUCAGAGGACUGGUUAAAGUGCAAUAUGCCAAAAAAACUUCAGGACACAAAGUUCCUUGUCACUGGGCUCCUUGAUAAAACAGAAUAUCAGUUCCGUGUGCUUGCUGUAAAUAAGAUUGGAUUUAGUGAGCCAAGUGAAGUUCCUGGGAACCAUAUGGCACAAGACAUAUUGAUUGUCCCUGAGGCAGACCUUGAUGCAGAUCUUAGGAAAGCACUUGUAUUACGUGCUGGAGUCACACUGAGAAUCUAUGUGCCAUUUAGAGGCCGCCCUGCACCAAAGGUGACAUGGAGCAAGGUUAAUGCCAACCUGAAAGAGAGGCAAGGUCUUAUGAUCAACACAACUGAAUGGGAUACAUAUGUAUACUGUGAAAACAUCAACAGAUAUGAUGCUGGCAAAUAUGUGCUGACCCUUGAAAACAGCAGUGGAUCCAAGUCCUAUACCAUUGUUGUCAAAGUCUUAGAUACCCCUGGACCACCACUCAACCUGACUGUAAAAGAAACAUCAAGAAGUCACGCCUCCAUCACUUGGGAUCCUCCGUUAAUUGAUGGGGGAAGUCCAGUGAAGAGUUAUGUUGUGGAAAAACGUUUGGCAGAACGGAAAGCAUGGACCUGUGUUGCUUCUGAGUGCCCCAAAACAUCCUUCAGAAUUACUAACCUUGAUGCCGGGAAUGCCUACUGUUUCAGAGUCUCAGCUGAAAAUGUUUAUGGUAUUGGUGAAGGCUGUGAGACAGCUGGACCAGUUAAAGCCUCAGAGCAACCUGGACCAGUUAUAGACUUCAAGCCUGCACUGGUCACCAAGGAUUCUUGCACUCUUUAUUGGAAGAAGCCCAUCAGUGAUGGCGGAAGCCACAUUGUUGCAUAUGCAUUGGAAAUCAAUGAAGGUGAAGACAAAUGGAAACAGCUCAUGAAGGCCAAACACCUGCAAUACACAGUAAAGGACCUACAAGAAGGCAAAGAAUACUCUUUCAGAGUUAAGGCUUUUAAUGAGUCUGCUGAAGGACCCAUCACUGAACUCACAGUGCUGGCUAAGGAUCAAAUUGUUCUCCCAGACUGUGACCUUAAGGGGUUGCCAGACUCUUGUUAUUUGGCAAAGGAGGGAAGCACGGUUCGCCUCACAAUCCCAAUUUCUGGCAUUCCUGCUCCAACAGUCACGUGGAAGAAAGGUGGUGUUAUCUUGGGAGAUAGUGGAAGAGUCUCUGUUGAAUCCACAGUAGCAAACACAACCUUGCUGAUACGUGACUGCCAAAGAGGUGAUGCAGAGAAGUACUGUCUCAUUUUGAAAAACAGUGCAGGAACCAAGGAAUCCACCAUAGACAUCAAGGUAGUUGGGAAACCUGGAAUUUGCACAGCACCCAUCAAAUUUGAUGAAAUUACAGCUGACGGAAUUACAUUGGAAUGGGGUCCACCCAAAGAUGAUGGUGGAGCAGAAGUUUCCAACUACAUCUUGGAAAAGAGGCAAUCCACAAAUAACAAGUGGGUCACUGUUGCUUCAGCCAUUCAGAAGAACACAUUGAGAGUCACCAGACUCCAUGAAGGAACAGAGUACUUAUUCAGAGUAUGUGCUGAAAACAAAUAUGGUGUUGGAGACUUCAUAAGAUCCGAUCCGGUGGUGGCUAAACAUCCAUUCAAUGCACCAGGUGCUCCAGAUGCACCACAGGUCUUGGCUAUUCACCAUGAGUAUGCUAUAGUGUCAUGGGCAGAUCCAAAGGAUACUGGAGGCUCUGCUAUUACAGGAUAUUAUGUGGAAUUCAAAGAUAAGAACAGUUUAUUAUGGAAGAGAGCCAGCAAAACACCUCUGAGAGUGAAGGAGUGUAGAGUGACUGGUUUAAUUGAGGGUCUCGAGUAUGAAUGCAGAGUUAUGGCUAUAAACAUGGCGGGACUAGGAAAACCAAGCAAACCAACAGAAGCAUUUGUUGCCCUUGAUCCAAUUGAUCCUCCUGGCAAGCCUGACGUAAUCAACAUUACAAGGAACAGUGUAACACUCAUUUGGACUGAGCCUAAAUAUGAUGGAGGUCACAGACUGACAGGCUAUAUUGUUGAAAAACUAGAGCAUCCAGGAAAGGUCUGGAAGAAGGCCAAUCAUGUCAAUAUCCAGACUUGUGCUUUUACAGUAACUGAUUUGCAAGAAGGCUGCAUGCAUAAUUUUAGAAUUAGGGCAAAAAAUGCAGCUGGUUCCAUCAGUGCUCCCUCAGAACAAACUGAAACCCUUGUCUGCAAAGAUGAAUAUGAGCCACCAACUAUUACAAUUGACCCUGAAAUGAAGGACGGUGUCACUGUCAGGGCUGGAGAAACAAUUGUGAUUUCUGCUUCAAGUAUCCUUGGCAAACCUCCACCUACAUCUGUAUGGUCUAAGGGAGGAAGAGAAAUAAAACCAUCGGAUGUUGUCCAGAUUACAAGCACUGCCAUAUCUUCAACAUUGUCAAUUAAAUAUGCCUCAAGAAAGAACACUGGGGAGUAUACAAUUACUGCUAGCAACCCAUUUGGCAUUAAGGAAGAAAAAGUGAAAGUAAAAGUCUUGGAUGUACCAGGUCCACCUGGUCCUAUUGAGGUCAGCAGUGUCUCUGCUGAAAAAUGCACACUGACAUGGUUACCACCAGAAGAAGAUGGAGGCUGUGCUAUCAAAUCAUACAUCAUUGAAAAGAGAGAAACUAGUCGCCUACUUUGGACAAAGCUUGCUGAAAAUGUCAUGGAUUGCCGUCAUGUGGCCUGCAAGUUGAUUAAAGGCAAUGAAUAUAUUUUCCGUGUAUUAGCAGUCAAUCAGUAUGGUACAGGUGACGCUAUUCAGUCUGGUCCAGUCAAAAUGGUUGACAGCUUUGGACCUCCUGGGCCACCCUCAAAACCAGAAAUUGAUAAUGUCACCAGAACUGCUGUAACUAUUUCCUGGAAGAGACCAGUGGUGGAUGGGGGAUGUGAUAUUACAGGGUAUAGUGUUGAGAGAAAGGAGAGAAGAGGUAUGAGAUGGGUUAGAGCUUCAAAGAAGACCGUCUCAGAUUUACGAUACAAAGUAACAGGCCUUGCAGAAGACGUUGAGUAUGAGUUCCGUGUCACUGCUGAGAACAAAGCUGGUUUUGGAGAACCCAGUGAGCCAUCUCAAUCAGUACUGACAAAGGAUAUUGCAUAUCCACCUGGACCUCCAUCCAAUCCAAGAAUAACUGAUACCACCAAAACAACAGCAACAUUUAACUGGGGAAGACCAUUUUAUGAUGGUGGCCUUGAUGUGACAGGAUAUAUUGUUGAGCACAAAAAGGAAGGAGAAGAUGAUUGGAUUCAGGACACAACUUCUCCAUUGAGAAUCACUGAGUUUGUUGUUCCGAACUUACAAGCAGGGGGCAAAUAUCAUUUCAGAGUCAGCGCCGUUAAUUCAGAAGGAUGUGGGGAACCUGCUGAAGUUGAAAAAAUUGUGGAACUUGUUGAACGUGAAGAGAUUCCAGACUUUGAACUUGAUGCAGAACUGAGAAGAACACUUGUUGUUCGAGCAGGUGCCUCCAUCCGCAUUUUUGUACUAAUUAAGGGACGUCCAACUCCUGAAGUUACAUGGAUAAAAGAUAAUGUUUCUCUCAAAGGAAGAGCUCAUAUUGACAAUACUGAGUCAUACACUCUAGUGGUUGUUCCUGAAUGUACUCGAUAUGAUGCUGGAAAAUACAUUUUGACUUUAGAAAAUGUUGCUGGAAAGAAGACAGGAUUUGUUAAUGUCAGAGUCGUGGACACACCUGGGCCUCCAGUCAAUUUGAAACCAAGGGAAAUCACCAAAAACAGCAUCACGCUUCAGUGGGAAAUUCCAAUUAUUGAUGGUGGAUCAAAGAUUAAAAAUUACAUAAUUGAGAAACGUGAUGCAACUAGAAAAGCCUUCACUACAAUCACUACAAAUUGGCAGAAAUGUUCAUACAAGGUUAACGAUUUGGAAGAGGGUGCUGAAUAUUACUUCAGAGUCUCAGCUGAAAAUGAACAAGGUAUUGGCGAAGCUGCAGAGACACCCGAACCUAUUAGAGCUUCUCAGGCUCCAUCUUCACCAGAUAGUUUAGUAGUUACAAAUGUGACAAAGGAUACAGCAACUCUUGCAUGGACAAAACCGGCUUAUGAUGGUGGUAGCAGAAUCACUGGCUAUGUUAUUGAGGCUCAAAAGAAGGAAUCUGAUCACUGGGUACAUGUCACAACAAUAAAGGCUUUGGAUUAUACUGUCACAGACUUAACAGAAAAUGCAGAAUAUAUAUUCCAUAUCUUUGCUGUGAAUAGCUCAGGUAGGAGUGAACCCCGUGAAAGCCGGCCAGUUGUAAUCAAUGAGCAGACUACAGCACCAGGUUUUGACCUCAGAUCUGUUUAUCAGAAGUUGGUAGUAGCCAAAGCAGGUGAUAAUGUAAAGGUUGAGAUCCCUGUUUUUGGUCGUCCAAGACCAUCUAUUGUCUGGAAGAAAGAAGAUCAGGAACUUAAACAAACACAAAGAAUAAACAUUGACAACACAACAACCUCAACAAUUCUUAACAUCCGAGAAAUCAAGAGAAAAGAUGGAGGACAGUAUUCAAUGACAGGGAAGAAUAUACUGGGAACAGUGACAGAAACCAUUACUGUACAAGUACAUGAUAUCCCAGGACCUCCAACAGGACCAAUUAAAGUGGAUGAAGUGUCCUGUGACUAUGUAGUUAUAUCCUGGGAUGCACCAGAGAAUGAUGGAGGAGUUCCUAUUAGCAACUACAUUGUUGAGAUGAGAGAGAAAACUGGCACAUCUUGGGCAGAGUUAGCAGCUACUGUCAUUCGCACAACAUUCAAAGCUGCACGUCUUACAACAGGAAUUGAAUAUCAGCUCCGUGUCAAAGCUCAGAACAGAUAUGGUGUUGGACCCUACAUAACAUCUGAACCUGUAGUUGCUGCUUAUCCAUUUGAUGUACCAGGCCAGCCAGGUAUUCCACAAGCUGUUGCCUUCACAAAAGAUUUUAUUACAAUUACCUGGAAUGAACCUUCCACAGAUGGGGGAAGCCCAAUUUUGGGAUAUCAUAUUGAGAGAAAAGAGAAAAACAGCAUCCUGUGGCAGCGUAUCAGCAAAGCCCUUAUAGUUGGGAACAUUUUUAAGUCAUCUGGUCUGAUAGAUGCUAUUGCAUAUGAAUUCCGAGUUAUUGCUGGAAAUAUGGCUGGUCUGAGCAAGCCAAGCAAGGCAUCUGAGAUGAUAUUUGCACUUGAUCCAGUGGAGCCUCCCAGUCAACCAUUGGCACUUAAUAUAACUAGGCAUGAGGUUACACUUCAAUGGAUGAAACCACAGAAUGAUGGUGGUUUCCCACUAACUGGGUACACUAUGGAAAAGAGAGAACUACCAAAUGGCCGCUGGCUCAAAGCAAACUUUAGCAAUAUUCAUGAGACAACCUUCACUGUAAGUGGACUGACAGAAAACUCUUCAUAUGAAUUCCGUGUCUUUGCAAGAAAUUCAGCUGGAUCUGUCAGCAAGCCCUCAAAACCCUCUGAAGUUAUAAUCUGCAAAGAUGAUAUUGAGGAGCCAAAGCUUGAUGUUGAUUCAAGCUUUAGCCAUAUUGUUGUAGUUAAGGCAGGUGAAGUCUUCAAAUUAGAAGCAAAUGUUACUGGCAGACCAAUCCCAUCCUUGGUAUGGACAAAAGAUGGAAAAGAGCUUGAAGACACUGCAAAACUAGAGAUCAAAACAGCAGAUUUCUAUACAUGCUUAACCAACAAAGAUUCAUCAAGAAGAGAUGGUGGUGCAUUUACUCUAACUGCAAGCAACCCUGGAGGAUUUGCCAAGUUUGUUUUCAAUGUUAAGGUCCUUGAUAGGCCUGGGCCUCCUGAAGGGCCCCUUCAUGUUACAGACAUGACCACAGAGAAAUGUAUACUGUCUUGGCUACCACCACUUGAAGAUGGAGGAGCAAAGAUCGACUAUUAUAUAAUUCAAAGACGUGAAACAAGUAGACUUGCAUGGACAAAUGUAGCCACAGAUUUACAAGUCAACCGUUAUAAAGUUACCAAAUUGUUAAAAGGAAAUGAAUAUGUUUUCAGAGUUAUGGCUGUUAAUAAAUAUGGAGAUGGUGAGCCACUGGAGUCAGAGCCUGCAGUUGCAACUAACCCAUAUGUACCCUCAGAUCCACCACAAGCCCCAGAAGUAACAACAAUUACAAAGGACUCUAUGGUGGUUUGCUGGGGACAUCCUGAAAACAAUGGAGGAAGUUCCAUAAAUACUUACAUAAUUGAAAGAAGGGAUAAAACUGGCCUCCGGUGGGUCAAAUGCAAUAAGAGGUCAGUAACGGAUUUGCGCUUUAAAGUGUCUGGACUUACACCAGGGCAUGAAUAUGAAUUCAGGAUCCUUGCUGAAAAUGCUGCUGGUUUAAGUGCUCCAAGCCCUUCAAGUCCAUUUUAUAAGGCAUGUGACACAAUAUUCCAGCCUGGGCCCCCAGGGAAUCCAAGAAUUUUGGAUACAACCAAGUCAUCCAUUACUGUGGCUUGGAACAAACCGGUAUAUGAUGGUGGUUCAGACAUUACAGGAUACAUUGUAGAAACUUGCCUACCAGAAGAAGAUGAAUGGACAGUUGUCACUCCAAAGAAGGGUCUUACUGGAACAUCAUUUACCAUAAUUAAUUUAAAAGAAAACCAAGAAUAUAAGAUCAACAUUUCUGCCCUGAACUGUGAAGGUGUUGGAGAACCUGCAUCAGUACCUGGUUCACCAAAAGCAGAGGACAGAUAUAUUCCACCUGAAAUUGAGCUUGAUUCAGAUCUUCGAAAAGUGGUUAACAUUAGAGCUUGUAGCACACUAAGGCUUUUUGUACCAAUUAAAGGGAGACCUGCACCAGAAGCUAAAUGGUCAAGGGAGAAUGGUGAACCUCUUGAUAAAGCAUCUAUUGAGAGCACAACAUCAUUCACAUCACUUGUUAUUGAGAAUGUUAACAGGUUUGACAGUGGAAAAUAUCUUCUAACAGUGGAAAACAGCUCUGGUAGUAAAACAGCAUUUGUGAAUGUCAGGGUGCUUGACACUCCAGGCGCACCACAAAACCUAACAAUCAAAGAAAUCACAAAAGAUUCUGUUUCACUGAUCUGGGACCCUCCAAUUAUUGAUGGGGGAUCAAGAGUCAGACAUUACCUUGUAGAAAAACGUGAAUCCACAAGAAAAGCAUAUUCCAUUGUAAAUGCUUCUUGCCCCAAAACAAGCUGGAGAAUUGGUGAUCUAAAGGAGGGAAGCUUGUAUUUCUUCAGAAUCUUAGCUGAAAAUGAAUAUGGUGUUGGCCUCCCAGUGGAAACUGCUGAACCACUCAAGGUUUCUGAAAAGCCUUUACCACCUGGCAAGGUGACACUUAAAGAAGUAACUAGCAGCAGUGUAACCCUGUCCUGGGAGAAGCCAGAUCAUGAUGGAGGAAGCAGGAUCACAGGAUAUGUUGUGGAAAUGCAAGGAAAAGGCAGUGACAAAUGGACCCAGGUCAUGACUGUUAAGGUAACAGAGGCAGUUGUUACUGGUCUGAUUCAAGGUGAAGAGUACUCAUUCCGUAUAUCAGCAACUAAUGAAAAAGGGACAAGUGAUCCUCGUCUACUCAGUGUGCCUGUUGUGGCAAAGGAUCUUGUCAUCACACCUGCAUUCAAACUUAUGUUUAAUACAUUCAGUGUGAUGGCAGGUGAUGACCUCAAGAUAGAUGUACCUUAUGUUGCUCAGCCAAAAGCAGCAGUAACCUGGCUUAAAGAUGGCACUAUUCUCAAAGAGACAACACGGGUAAAUUCUGAAGUUACUGAUAAUCAUCUGUACCUUGCAAUCAAGGAAGCAACACGUGAUGAUGUGGGUAAAUAUACCAUCAAGAUUACAAACUCAGCUGGAGAGGCUACAGCUGACAUCACUGUUGUUGUACUUGAUAAGCCUGGUCCUCCAGCUGGACCUAUCAAAAUAGAUGAGGUAACUGCAGACAGUGUGACGCUCUCCUGGCAACCACCAGAGUAUGAAGGUGGUUGUGCAAUUAACAAUUAUAUUGUGGAAAAGAGAGACACAUCCACCACAAACUGGCAGAUUGUGUCAGCUACAAUUGCUAGAACAACCACCAAAGCUGCAAGGCUUAAAACUGGCUGUGAGUACCAAUUCAGAAUUGCAGCUGAAAACAGAUAUGGUAAGAGCUCAUUUCUACUGUCUGAGCAUGUAAUUGCACAGUAUCCAUUUGAGGUGCCAAGUGCACCCGGGAAUCCCGUCAUUCAGUCUGCUACCAAAGAAACUAUGCUCAUUGUUUGGAACAAGCCUAGCAGCGAUGGUGGAAGCAAGAUCAUUGGUUAUCAUCUUGAGAGUAAGGAAAGAAAUAGCCUCUUGUGGGUGAAACAAAAUAAAACCGUCAUUCCAGACACAAGAUUCAAGGUUAGUGGUCUUGUAGAAGGCAUUGAAUAUGAGUUCAGAGUUUAUGCUGAGAAUAUUGUUGGGCUAAGCAAAGCCAGCAAACUGUCAGAAAUACAGUUAGCAAGAGAUCCCUGUGACCCACCAGGCAAACCAGAAGCAGUAAUUGUUACUAGAAGCUCUGUAACAUUACGAUGGACAGCACCAGAGUUUGAUGGUGGUAGCCGAAUAACUGGCUAUGCAGUUGAGAGGAAAGAAUUGCCUAAUGGUCGAUGGAUGAAGGCUAGUUUCACUAAUAUCAUAGAAACUGAAUUUGUUGUCAGUGGCUUGGUGGAAGAACAACAAUAUGAAUUCAGAGUCAUUGCAAAAAAUGCAGCUGGUGUCAUUAGUAAACCAUCUGUCAGUACUGGUGCAAUAACUGCAAAGGAUGAAAUAGAACCACCCAUGAUUGACUUGGAUACUAAAUAUUCUCAAACCAUUAUUGUUAACGCCGGAGAAUCAUUUAAGAUUGAUGCUGGAAUACUUGGAAAGCCUAUACCAUCAGUCCACUGGAUAAAAAACUGUGAGGAACUUGUUAAUACAGCUAGACUUGAGAUUAAAAAUACAGACUUCACAGCCUCUUUAAGUGUAAAAGAAGCUAUUCGUGUUGAUGGAGGUCAGUACACACUGCUACUGAAAAAUGUUGGUGGUGAGAAAUCCAUAAACAUCAAUGUCAAAGUUCUAGACAGGCCUGGGCCACCAGAAGGGCCUAUUUCUAUAUAUGGGGUUACAAGUGAGAAAUGUUGCAUAGCAUGGAAAACACCUUUACAUGAUGGAGGGGCUGAAGUAUCUUAUUAUAUUGUUGAAAGAAGGGAGACUAGCCGAUUAGUUUGGACUCUUGUGGAAUCUAAGGUGCAAACCCUGAGUCUGAAGAUUACCAAGCUUCUUCCUGGAAAUGAGUACAUUUUCAGAGUGAUCCCUGUCAACAAAUAUGGAAUUGGUGAGCCUCUGGAAUCUGAUCCAGUCAUUGCCAGAAAUCCAUUUGUCACACCUGAUCCACCAACUGGGGUGGAGAUAUCCAAUAUAACAAAGGACUCCAUGGUCGUUACUUGGGAAAGACCAAUUAAUGAUGGAGGUAAUGCAAUAACAGGAUAUGUAAUUGAAAAGAGGGACAAAGAAGGUGUCAGAUGGACCAGAUGCAAUAAGCGUUCAGUUAGUGAACUUCGCUUUAGAGUGACAGGACUUCUUGAAAACCACAGUUAUGAAUUCCGUGUCUCUGCUGAGAAUUCAGCUGGAGUUGGCAAACCAAGUGACACUACUGAAUACUUCAAGGCUUUUGAUCCAAUUUUCAGGCCAGGUCCACCAAACAACCCUAGAGUUAUUGAUAUAUCAAGGUCAUCUGUUGUACUGCAUUGGAGCAAACCUAUUUAUGAUGGUGGAUGUGAGAUUCAAGGUUAUAUUGUUGAAGCGUGCGAAGGCAUAUCUGAUGAGUGGACAAUGUGCACGCCUCCCACGGGAAUCAAAGAAACAAGAUUUGAAGUUCAAAAACUGCUGGAAAAACAUGAAUACAAAUUCAGAAUUUGUGCAAUAAAUAAGGUUGGAGUUGGAGAACAUGCGGAUAUAAAAGAAUCCAUUAUUGUGGAGGACAAACUAGAGGCACCAGAUAUUGAUCUUGAUGCUGAUCUAAGAAAGAUGAUCACUGUUAGAGCUGGAGGAGCCCUUAGAUUAUUUGUUCCAAUCAGAGGCCGACCAGCUCCUGAGGUCAAAUGGGGAAAAGCUGAAGGUGAAAUUAAUGAGACAGCACAGAUUGACAUCACAAGUAGUUAUACUUCACUUGUAAUUGAAAAUAUUAACAGAUUUGACAGUGGAAAAUAUACGUUGUCUUUGGAAAAUGCAAGUGGUACAAAAUCUGCAUUUAUUAGUGUUCGAGUACUUGACACUCCUGAUGCACCUGCCAAUUUCCAUGUGAAAGAAAUAACAAAGAAUUCAGUUACCCUAACGUGGGAGCCACCUUUGCUGGAUGGUGGAGCUAAAAUAAAAAAUUAUAUUGUUGAAAAGCGAGAGAGCACAAGGAAGGUAUACUCUUCUGUUGCUUCCUGCAACAAAAUGACAUAUAAAAUUGAGCAGCUCCAAGAGGGCAGCAACUACUUCUUCAGAGUUCUUGCUGAAAAUGAAUAUGGAAUUGGAUUACCUGCUGAAACACAAGAACCACUGAAAAUCUCAGAAGUCCCACAACCUCCUGGAAAAAUCUCUGUAGUAGAUGUUACACGCAAGAGCGUCUCUCUGUCUUGGGAAAAACCAGAACAUGAUGGGGGUAGCAGAAUCACUCACUAUGAGGUUGAGUUGCAAGCGAAAGACAGUGAAAAGUGGUCUAUGUGUGCACAAGUUAAAUCACUUGACACCAUUAUUACCAAUUUAAUCCAAGGUGCAGAAUAUAAUUUUAGGGUAAUUGCAGUUAAUGUCAAAGGAAAGAGUGAUCCCAGACAUCUAGCACAUGCUGUUCUUGUAAAAGACCUCGUAAUUGAGCCGUCUGUGAAGACAAAACUUAGCACAUACAAUGUACAAGUUGGCCAUGAUUUGAAAAUUGAAGCACGUAUCACUGGCCAUCCAAAGCCAACCAUUACAUGGACUAAAGACGGUGCAGAGCUGAAACAGACAACAAGAGUUAAUGUUGCAGACACUGCCAACCAUACAACGUUAUCGAUUAAAGAUGCAACCAGAGACGAUGCUGGUAUGUACAGGAUUACAGUAGCCAAUGUACUUGGACAAAAGGAGGCCACUGUUGAAAUCAUUAUACUUGACAAACCUGGUCCACCAAAUGGACCAGUGAGGAUAGAUGAAAUAAGUGCAGAAAGUAUAACACUGUCAUGGGAUCCUCCAACCUACACAGGAGGAUGCCAAAUUUCAAAUUACAUUGUGCAAAAAAGAGAUACUACUACAACUAACUGGGCAGUUGUUUCGGCAACAGUAGCAAGAACUACACUAAAAGUUGGAAAUUUGAAGACCGGAGCUGAGUACCAAUUCAGAAUCUUUGCAGAAAAUCGAUAUGGGAAAAGCUAUGCUAUUGACUCAGAGCCAGUUUUUGCUCAAUAUCCUUUCAAAGAGCCAGGGCCCCCUGGAACACCAUAUGUGUCUGCCUUUACAAAAGAAUCUAUGGUAGUUGAAUGGCACAAACCAGUUUCUGAUGGUGGCAGUGCUAUUCUUGGAUAUCAUCUGGAAAGAAAAGAAAAGAACAGUAUACUAUGGACAAAAAUAAAUAAAAUGCUUAUUCAAGACACCAUAUUUAAAACAUCUGCUUUGGAGGAAGGCAUAGAAUAUGAGUUCAGAGUUUUUGCUGAAAAUAUUGUUGGAAUUGGGAAAUGCAGCAAAGUCUCCGAAGGCUGUGUAGCCCGUGAUCCAUGUGAUCCUCCUGGCACACCUGUUCCAGUAAUUGUCACAAGGCAUUCAGUAAUGCUAAGAUGGACACCACCAGAAUAUGAUGGUGGCAGUCUGGUCACUGGAUACAUUGUGGAAAAACGAGACCUCCCUGAGGGCCGAUGGAUGAAAGCAAGCUUUACGACCAUCCUUGAAACUGAAUUUAUAGUCACAGGUCUGACAGAAGACUCCAAAUAUGACUUCAGGGUCAUUGCUAAAAAUGCUGCUGGAUCAGUUAGCAAGCCUUCUGCUUGCACAGGGCCAAUCACAGCCAAAGAUGAGGUUGAGCCACCAACUUAUGAGAUUGACUCAAAAUACACCCAAAUAAUGAUUGUAAAUGCUGGAGAUACAUUUGUAUUAGAAGCGUCUGUAUCGGGGAAGCCAGUUCCAACAAUGCAGUGGUUCAAAGGUGAAGUGGAAGUUGAAAAUUCUGCAAGAGCUGAGACUAAGAACACAGACUUCAAAGCAGUCCUUGUUAUCAAAGAUGCUAUUAGAGUUGAUGGAGGACAGUAUACUUUGCAGCUUACCAAUGUUGGGGGGACUAAAUCUGUGUCCUUUAAUGUAAAAGUGCUUGAUAGACCUGGGUCACCAGCAGGACCUUUGACAGUUUCAAACGUAACAAGUGAGAAGUGCUCCUUGUCAUGGCUUCCUCCUGUACAUGAUGGUGGUAGCAGUAUUUCUCAUUACAUAAUUGAAAAAAGGGAAACCAGUCGGCUUGCUUGGACUGUAGUGUCUAGUGACUGUGGAGCAACUAUGUUCAAGGUGACUAAGCUGCUAAAAGGAAACGAAUACAUCUUCCGUGUUAUGGCUGUUAACAAAUAUGGUGUUGGCGAACCUUUAGAGUCUGUACCAGUAAUAAUGAAAAAUCCAUUUGUUCCUCCUGGACCACCUAGAGAACUAGAAAUAACAAAUAUUUCAAGAGAUUCUAUGACUGUGUGCUGGACUCGUCCAGAGACAGAUGGUGGAAGUGAAAUUGUUGGGUACAUUGUAGAAAAGAGAGACAGAGCUGGAGUCAGAUGGACAAAAUGUAACAAACGUAGAAUUACAGACCUUCGCUUCCGAGUUACAGGUCUCACAGAGGACCAUGAAUAUGAAUUCAGGUUAUCUGCAGAAAAUGCCGCAGGAGUUGGUCAACCGAGUCCAAUAACUCAAUAUUACAAAGCAUGUGACCCAACAUUUAAACCUGCUCCACCAACUAAUGCACACCUAACUGACACCACAAAGAAUUCAGUCACUAUUGAAUGGAGUAGACCAAUCUAUGAUGGUGGCUUAGACAUCCAGGGCUAUAUUGUAGAAAUCUGCAAAGCUGAUGAAGAGGAAUGGCUAACAUGUACUUCACCUACUGGUUGGAAUGAUACUAAAUUUACAAUUACCAAACUCAUAGAACAUCAAGAAUACAAGGUUCGAAUAUGCGCUCUUAACAAUCUAGGUGUUGGUGAGCCAGUCACCAUCCCUGGUACAGUAAAGCCUGUUGACAAAAUGGAACCUCCUGAAAUUGAACUUGAUUCCGAGUUAAGAAAGGGCAUUGUCGUCCGUGCUGGAGGAAGCAUGAGAAUUAACAUUCCCUUCAAAGGUCGUCCCACUCCAGAGAUAAACUGGACUAAGGAUGAUGGAGAUAUACCAAGUAAAGCUCAAGUUGAAAAGGGCAUAGAUUAUACCCAGCUCUCAAUAGACAUAUGCGACAGAAACGAUGCAGGAAAAUAUACUCUUACUUUAGAAAACAGCAGUGGAACCAAGUCAGCAUUUGUUUCAGUGAAAGUACUGGAUACACCAGGUGCUCCACUGAAUCUAACUGUUAAAGAUAUCACAAGAAAUUAUGUAACUCUUGUUUGGGAGCCUCCACUCAUUGAUGGUGGGGCAAAGAUAAAGAAUUAUAUUGUGGACAAACGUGAAUCCACUAGACCUGCCUUCUCUAAUAUUACUACAAAAUGCACAAAGACAAGCUUCCGUGUUGGGGAUCUUAAUGAAGGUGGCAUUUAUUACUUCAGAAUCAUGGCUGAGAAUGAGUUCGGAGUUGGUCUGCCUGUAGAAACAGAAGAAUCCGUGAAGACAGCAGAUCCUCCUCUACCUGUAGGAAAGGUCACAUUGACUGAUGUGACUAAAACUUCUGUAUCGCUGUCAUGGGAGAAACCAGACCAUGAUGGUGGCAGUAGGAUUCUAGGAUAUGAUAUUGAAAUGCAGCCAAAAGGAUCAGAAGACUGGGUAGUAGCAACUACUACUAAAAUCUGUGAGGGAACAGUCACUGGACUUAGUGCUGGUCAAGAGUACCUCUUUAGAGUGUUGGCCUACAAUGAUAAAGGAAAGAGUGACCCAAGGCCACUAGCAGCUCCAGUUAUAGCUAAUGAUAUAACAAUUAAACCAAACCUCAAACUGGCUUUCAACACAUAUAGUGUGCAAUGUGGUGGAGAACUGAAAGUAGAAAUUCCAGUAACAGGUCGUCCAACACCAAAGGUCACAUGGACUAAAGAUGGAAACUCAUUAAAAGAGACAACUAGACUAAAUGUAUCAAGCACUGCAACAGCAACAGUUCUUAGCAUCAAAAAUGCCAUUAGAGAGGAUUCUGGCAAAUAUAUAAUAACAGCUAUAAGCAAUGUAGGCUCAGUCUCAGAGGAAAUUGGUGUAAUUAUCUUAGACAAGCCUGGUCCGCCUGUUGGCCCUAUUAAAAUUGAUGAAGUAAGUGCCAACUAUGUAAUAAUUUCAUGGGAACCACCAGUGUAUAUUGGUGGUUGUCAGAUAAACAAUUACAUUGUGGAAAAAAGAGACACAACUACUACAGCCUGGCAGACUGUAUCAGCAACCAUUGCACGCACAACAAUCAAAAUCUCUAAUCUGAAAACUGGUUCAGAAUAUCAGUUUAGAGUGUUUGCUGAGAACAGAUAUGGAAAGAGUUCAUCUUUAGACUCUGUACCGGUUAUCGUUAGAUAUCCUUUCAGUGAACCUGCAGCACCUGGUACACCAUUUGUGUCCUCUGUGACAAAGGAUCACAUGACAGUUGAAUGGAAGCCACCUAAUAAUAAUGGAGGCAGUCCUAUUCUUGGAUAUCAUAUUGAGCGGAAAGAGAAGAACAGCAUUCUCUGGACAAAACUUAACAAGCUUCUUGUCACUGAUACUCGAUUCAAAACAAAUGGUCUUGAGGAGGGCAUUGAGUAUGAAUAUAAAGUAUUUGCUGAAAAUAUUGCAGGAAUAAGUCCAUCUAGCAAAGUUUCUGAAAGCAUUGUGGCACGUGAUCCAUGUGAUCCACCUGGAAAUCCGGAGGCCAUUGUUAUCACUAGAAACCUUGUCACACUUCAAUGGACGAAGCCUCAAUAUGAUGGAGGCAGUGUAAUUACAGGUUAUAUUGUUGAGAGGAAAAAGCUACCUGAUGGUCGUUGGAUGAAGGCUAGCUUUACGAAUAUAAUUGACACUCAAUAUACAAUUGCAGAAUUGACAGAAGGAGACCGUUAUGAAUUCAGAGUAAUAGCAAGAAAUGCUGCAGGUAUUUUAAGUGAACCUUCUGAAAGCACUGGACCAAUUACUGCACAGGAUGAAAUUGAAGCCCCUUCAGUUUCCAUGGACUCAAAAUUCAAGGAUAUCAUUAUCGUGAAUGCUGGUGAGACAUUUACUAUUGAUGCUGAUAUUGCAGGCAAACCCCUCCCAGAUAUAAAGUGGCUAAAGGAUGGAAAAGAAAUUGACAGUGCUACUCCAAGAAUGGAAAUUAAAUCCACUAUUACACAUACUGUUUUAAUUGUUAAAGAUUGCAUAAGAGUAGAUGGUGGACAUUUUGUCCUAAGCCUCAGCAAUGUGGGUGGAACAAAACUGGUACCUGUAAAUGUCAAGGUUUUAGAUAGACCUGGUCCACCAGAUGGACCUCUGAAGGUAACAGGCGUCAAAGCAGAGAAAUGUUAUCUACACUGGAGCCAUCCAACACAUGAUGGUGGAGCAGGUGUUUCACAUUACAUUAUUGAAAAGAGGGAAACAAGCAGACUGUCUUGGACUACGGUAGAACCCAAAAUUCAAGCUAUCAGUUAUAAAGUCACCAAACUCUUGCCAGGUAAUGAGUACAUCUUUAGAGUCAUGGCAGUAAACAAGUAUGGAAUCGGAGAACCACUUGAAUCUGAACCAGUUAUUGCACAAAAUCCCUUUAAGACUCCAGGCCCACCUUCAACUCCAGAAGCAACUGCAAUCACUAGAGAUUCAAUGGUGCUCACAUGGGACCGUCCAGAAGAUGAUGGCGGUUCAAUAAUUGAGGGUUAUAUACUGGAGAAGCGUGAUAAAGAAGGUGUCCGAUGGACAAAGUGCAACAGGAAAAGACUAUCUGAUCUGCGUUUCAGAGUCACAGGAUUAACAGAAGGACACUCUUAUGAAUUCAGAGUGUCUGCUGAAAAUGCUGCAGGUGUCGGCACACCAAGUGGAGAAUCUGAAUAUUAUAAAGCAUGUGAUGCAACCUAUCCUCCUGGCCCUCCAAACAAUCCCAAAGUGACAGACCAUUCAAGUACAACUGUUUCCCUUACAUGGAGUAGGCCUAUAUAUGAUGGUGGUGCACCGGUCUCUGGAUAUAUUGUUGAGAUGAAAGAAGCCUUGGAUGAUGAAUGGACAUCAUGUACACCAUCCACUGGUGUACAAACAACUCACUUUACAGUGAAAAACCUGAAGGAAAAUGCAGAAUACAACUUCCGUGUUUGUGCCAUUAAUAUUGAAGGUGCUGGAGAUCAUGUUGAUGUUCCAGGCUCAGUAAUUGCUGCAGAGACACUUGAAGCCCCAGAAGUAGAGUUAGAAGCUGAUCUGAGGAAAAUGGUGACUGUUCGUGCAAGUGCAACACUACGUUUGUUUGUUACCAUCAGGGGAAGGCCUGAUCCAGAAGUAAAAUGGACAAAGGCUGAGGGUCCCUUAACAGAACGUGCCCAAGUUGAAGUCACAAGCUCUUACACCAUGCUUGUUAUUGACAAUGUUGACAGAUUUGACAGUGGUAAAUAUAUUUUAACUCUUGAAAACAACAAUGGCAACAAAUCUGCAUUCAUAAAUGUCAGAGUCCUGGACUCCCCAAGCAGUCCUAUGAACUUUGUUGUUAAAGAUAUCAAAAGAGACUCAGUCCAGCUGCAGUGGGACCCUCCACAUAUUGAUGGUGGUGCCAAGAUUACCCAUUACAUUGUGGAGAAACGUGAAUCUAAAAGAAUGGCAUUUACAACUGUGACUAAUAACUGUGUCAGGAAUUCUUUCAGGGUUGAUGGUCUCCAAGAGGGAGGUGUUUAUCACUUCCGUGUACUUGCAGUGAACGAGCUUGGUGUUGGCCUGCCAGCAACCACCACAGAACCAGUCAAAGUGUCCCAAGCACCUCUGCCACCGGGUAAGGUUACACUUGUUGAUGUAACUCGGCACAGUGUGAGUCUUUCUUGGGAAAAGCCAGACCAUGAUGGUGGUAGCAAGAUAACAGGUUACACCGUUGAGAUGUUGACUAAAGGAUCAGAUAAAUGGACUGUAUGCACAACAGUAAGAAUGCCUGAAGCUACAAUUGAAGGUCUUACAACAGGGGAGGAAUAUUCAUUCAGAAUUUCUGCCAUAAACGACAAAGGAAAGAGUGAUUCUAAACCACUGGGAACACCUGUGGUUGCCAAAGAUAUAACUAUUGAACCUGUUAUUGACUUGCUAUUUAAUACAUACAGUGUUAAAUCUGGAGAAGAUCUCAAAAUCGAUGUUCCAUUUAGAGGUAGACCUCACCCAGAAGUGGCAUGGAAGAAGGAUGGCCAUACCCUGAAGCAAACAACCAGAGUUAAUGUUCUUCCAUCCAAAGUUUCUUCAAAGAUUAUCAUCAAAGAUGCAACAAGGGAAGAUGCUGGAAAAUACGAAAUCACACUAACUAAUUCGGUUGGUGUGAAAUCAGCUGAAAUAACAGUUAUCAUUCUAGACAAACCAGGUCCACUAACUGCGAUUAGAGUAGAUGAAGUAAGUGCAGAUUACAUUUCAUUAUCGUGGGAUCCUCCAGUUUAUGAUGGUGGGUGUCAAAUCAACAAUUAUGUUGUUGAGAAGAGAGAUACAACCACUACAACAUGGCAAAUUGUUUCAGCUACAGUGGCAAGGACAUCGAUAAAAAUAUCCCAUUUGUCACAGGGAACUGAAUAUCAAUUCCGUAUUGCUGCUGAAAAUCGUUAUGGCAAAAGUCAUGCUAUUGACUCUGCACCAAUUGUUGCACAAUAUCCCUUCACACCACCUGGCCCUCCAAGCGACCUUCAAAUCGUUCAUGCAACAAAGUCAAGCAUGUUGGUUACAUGGAAAAAACCAGCCAGUGAUGGUGGAAGUCCAGUCAUUGGAUAUCAUUUGGAAUGCAAGGGACAAAGCAGCAUCCUCUGGACUAAGGUCACCAGGGGUCUUGUUUCUGACUUACAGUUUAAAGUAACUGGUCUUGAAGAGGGACUUCUCUAUCAGUACAGAGUAUAUGCAGAAAAUAUUGCAGGAACUGGACCUUGCACAAAAGCCUGUGAACCUGUUGCUGCAAGAGAUCCUUGUGAUCCCCCAGGUCAGCCAGUUGUUACUAACAUAACAAGAACUUCUGUGUCUCUGUCCUGGGCAAAACCUGAAAAUGAUGGUGGUGCCAAAGUAACUGGUUACAUUGUAGAGCGAAGAGAACUACCAGAUGGCCGUUGGUUGAAAUCCAACUUCACCAAUCUUCAAGAAACAUUCUUUGAUGUUACUGGCCUGAUUGAAGAUCAGAGAUAUGAUUUCCAUGUAAUUGCUAAAAAUGCAGCUGGUAUACUCAGUCAGCCAUCAGAGUGUACAGGACCUGUUACAGUGAAAGAUGAUGUCGAUCCUCCACGUAUUACAAUUGAGGACAAACUCAGACAACUAGUUGUAGUCAAAGCUGGAGAUAUAAUAAGAAUUGAUGCUGAAAUUUCCGGCAGACCAGCUCCUGUGAUUUCAUGGGCGAAGGAUGGAAAAGAAAUAGAUUCUAAAGCAAGAGUUGAAAUUUCUUCAACAUUCACAACCACAACACUUAUUGUUAGAGAGACCAUCAGAAGAGACUCUGGACAGUAUGUUCUCACAUUGCAGAAUGUUGCUGGUACCAGAUCUUUAGCAGUGAACUGUAAAGUCCUUGAUAGACCUGGUCCAUCAUCUGGCCCAUUGGAAGUAACAGGUUUGACAGCAGAAAAAUGCACAUUAACUUGGGGACCACCCCAAGAAAAUGGUGGUGCUGAAGUUCAACACUACAUUGUUGAGAAGCGUGAAACAAGUCGUAUUGCAUGGACAUUAGUCUAUGCAGACAUGAAGGCCACAACAUGCAAAGUUACAAAACUGCUUAAAGGCAAUGAAUAUGUUUUCAGAGUCCAGGGAGUAAAUAAAUAUGGAACAGGAGAAUCUCUGGAGAGUGAGCCCAUUAAAGCCCUAGAUCCAUUUACAGUACCUGCUGCACCAACAAAUGUUGAAGUCACAAGUGUUACAAGCGAAGCUAUGACAAUCUGCUGGGAAAGGCCUGUUUCUGAUGGUGGCAAUAGUAUUUGGGGCUAUGUAAUUGAAAAACGUGAAAAGUCAGGUCUUCGCUGGGUUCGAGUCAACAAAAAGCCUGUUUAUGACUUGAGGGUUAAAGCCUCCAAUCUCCGUGAAGGAUGUGAAUAUGAAUACCGUGUGUAUGCAGAAAAUUCUGCAGGUUUGAGUGCACCAAGUCUUCCUUGCCCAUUGACAAAAGCAGAGGAUCCAUUAUUUUUGCCAUCUCCACCACUGAAACCAAAAGUAAAUGAUUCUACUAAGUCCACAGUAACACUCUCCUGGAACAAGCCAUUGUUUGAUGGUGGUUCUCCAGUAACAGGAUACUCAGUCGAAUAUAGGAAAACCAAUGAAGAGGACUGGAUUGUUGGGGUGCAGCACACUAAUAACACUGAGUUUACAGUUGUAGGGCUGACAUCAGGAGCAGAAUAUGUCUUUGUGGUUAGGUCAGUUAAUAAAAUUGGUUCAAGUGAGCCAAGCCCUGAGACUGACCCACAGGUAGCAAAGGACAGAGAAGAUGAGCCUGUUUUCCUCAUUAGUAAUGAAAUGCGAAAAUCAUUGAUUGUCAAAGAUGGAAGCUCAUUUACCCUAAGAGUCCCUUUCAAGGGGAAGCCUGUGCCAAAUGUAAUGUGGAACAAGCCUGAUGUUGAUCUUAGAGUUCGGGCAACAAUUGAUACCACAGAUAAUUGUACAUCUGUAACAAUUGAGCAAGCUACAAGAAAUGACUCGGGCAAGUACACUGUGACUCUACAAAACGUUGCUGGAACGGCCACACUAACCUUGAAUGUGAAAGUUCUCGAUUCACCUGGGCCACCUGGCAGUCUCUCAGUUAAGGAAGUGACCAAACAUUCUGCAACAGUAACAUGGGACAUGCCAGAAAAUGAAGGUGGUGCUCCUGUUAAGAACUAUCUUGUUGAUCUGCGUGAGGCAAGCAAAAAAGGAUGGACAAGAGUAACACAAUGUUGUCCCAGACUUGCCUUUAAAGUAACUGACCUUCAGGAGGGUGGUGUUUAUUUUUUCAGAGUCACAGGUGAAAAUGAAUAUGGUAUUGGAGUACCAAUUGAAAGUACAGAAGGAACUAAGAUUACAGAAAAACCAAGUCCACCAGAAAAGCUUGGAGUAAUUGAUGUUUCAAAAGAUACUGUCUCAUUAGCUUGGAUUAAACCUGAGCAUGAUGGAGGUAGUAGAAUUACCAAUUACCGGGUGGAUGCUCUGGAGAAAGGAGAACAGAAGUGGAUAAAAUGUGGUGACACUAAAUCAACUCAUUUUGUUGUCUAUGGGUUAAGAGAAAAUGCUGAAUACUUCUUUAGAGUCCGUGCUGAAAAUCAUGCUGGACUUAGUGACCCUAAAGACUUGGUUCUGCCUGUUCUUGUUAAAGAUCAACUAGAGGCUCCUGAAAUUAACAUGAAGAACUUUCAACACAAUACUGUCCAUGUAAAAGCAGGUUCAAAUCUUAAAGUAGAAAUCCCACUUACCGGUAAACCUUUACCAAAUGUGUCACUCUCAAAGGAUAAUCAUAGUCUGAAAUCAACCAUGAGGUUCAAUUCUGAAGUAACACCUGACUGCCUCAUCAUCACCCUCCGUGAUAGUGUUGCUCAUGAUGCAGGCAGAUAUGACAUUACAGCCUCAAACUCAAGUGGAACCACAAAGUCAUUUGUUAAUAUUGUUGUUCUGGACAGACCAAGUCCACCUGUUGGUCCAGUUGAGUUGUGUGAUAUCACAGAUGACAGCGUAAGUCUGAAAUGGCUCCCUCCUACUUAUGAUGGUGGCAGUCCAAUCACCAACUAUAUUGUGCUAAAACGUGAAACAACAACAGCAAACUGGGUUGAAGUUUCAUCUGCAGUUGCAAGAUGCACAAUUAAGAUUUUGAAACUAAAUACUGGAGUUGAGUAUCAGUUCAGAAUUAAGGCUGAAAAUCGCUUUGGCAUCAGUGAUCACAUCGAUUCUCCAACUGUAACAGUCAGUCUUCCAUACACAAUUCCCGAGGCACCUUCAACACCAUGGGUAUCUUAUGUCACUAAAGAAAGUAUUGCCGUCAAUUGGAAAGAACCUUCUUCUGAUGGCGGAAGUCAUAUAUUUGGAUAUCACCUUCAAAUGAAAGAUAAAAAUAGUAUUUUGUGGACAAAAGUCAACAAAACUGUUAUCCGUGCUACACAUUUCAAAGUGACAAACAUCAGUCCAGGCCUAAUCUAUGAGUUCAAGGUUGCAGCAGAAAAUGCUGCUGGCAUUGGUGCUGUCAGCAAAAUUUCAGAUGCUGUACUAGCAAUUGAUGCUUGUGAACCACCAACUGAUGUCCGUGUCACAGAUAUCACAAAGAGUUCAAUAAGCCUUGCAUGGAGUAAACCGUCUUAUGAUGGUGGAAGCAAAGUGACAGGGUACAUAAUUGAGAAGAAAGAUGGUCCAAAUGGCAAAUGGUUCAAAACUAAUUUAUCAAAGGUUUCUGACACCAGGUUCACUGUAUCAGGCCUCAUUCAAGAUGAAUCUUAUGAAUUUCGGGUCUUGGCCAAGAAUGCAGUUGGCUCUGUCAGUAACCCAUCUGCUACUGUUGGGCCAGUUACAUGUGUGGAUACCUUUGGUGCUCCUGAACUUGAACUUUCUCAGGAAUACCUGGAUGUUGUAAAAUACAAAGCAGGAGAAACCAUGCAGCUUAGAGUUGGUAUGAUUGCUAAACCUCAGCCAACAAUUGAAUGGUACAAAGAUGGAAAAGAGCUGGAAUCAGGAGCUGAGUACAUGAUUUCAAACACCGCUGAUUCUACAUACAUUUCAGUAAAGAAUGCUACACGCAUAAACAGUGGAACAUAUGAACUCAAGAUCAAGAACUCUUUGGGCUCAGCAUACGCUGCUAUCAGAGUACUUAUUCAAGACAAACCUGGACCCCCUUCGGGAGAGAUUCAGUUUAAGAAGAUCACAGCAGAUAGUAUAACUAUCAUGUGGGAUCCUCCAGCUGAUGAGGGAGGUGCAAUGGUUACCCAUUACAUUGUGGAGAAACGUGAGAGCAGCAGAAUCAUGUGGUCUAUAAUAUCUGAGAAACUGGAAGACUGCAUAAUAUCUGUUUCAAGGCUGAUCAAAGGAAAUGAGUACAUCUUCCGUGUUCGUGGGGUGAACAAAUAUGGAGUUGGAGAUCCUUUAGAAUCUGAGCCUGUCAUUGCACAGAAUUCAUUUGUACCUCCGAGCCAACCUUCCAAACCUCAGGUAACUUUGAUUACUAAAUCAACAAUGACUGUCAUAUGGGAAAGACCAAAUCUAGAUGGUGGCAGUGAUAUUGAUGGAUAUUAUCUGGAAAAGCGAGAAAAGAAGAGUUUACAAUGGUUCAAGGUCUCCAAAGAUCCAAUUCGUGAUACAAGGCAAAAAGUCAGCAAUCUCACAGAGGGAAAUGAGUAUCAGUAUCGCGUUUGUGCAAUCAAUAAAGCUGGUGCAGGUCAAUACACUGAUGGAUCCAUCUUCUAUAAAGCAUAUGAUCCCAUUGAUCCGCCAAGUGAGCCAACAAAACUUAAAGUUGUUGAUUCAACCAAGACUUCAAUUAUACUUGGAUGGGUGAAGCCUGUGUAUGAUGGUGGCAGUGAAAUCACAAGCUAUGUAGUUGAGCAAAUGACAGCUGAAGAAAAGGAGUGGGUCACUAUAAGCUCUAAGGGUGAAGUAAGAACCACAGAGUAUGUGGUCUCCCAUUUAAAACCUGGAGUGUUCUAUUAUUUCCGCAUUUCUGCUGUUAACUGUGCUGGAGUUGGACGCCCAAUUGAAUUGAUUCAGCCAGUACAAGCUAAGGAUAUUCUAGAGGAAGCUGAUGUUGAUCUUGAUAUUUCAAUGUCAACUCAAUAUACAGCAAAGGCUGGAAGAGAUGUAGAAAUCAUGAUUCCUCUAAAAGGCAGACCUGUACCGAAUGUUACAUGGCGAAGAGGAGAUAGGAAUAUUGGUGGAGAUGCAAAAUACACAAUUAAUAACACAGAGUAUUCAACAACACUCAUUAUUCCAAAGGUCACUCGGGAUGAUUCAGGCAAAUAUCUCCUUCAGAUAGAGAAUGGAGUUGGUGAACCAAAGAAUAUUACUGUGUCUGUUAAGGUAUUAGACUCACCAUCUGCUUGCAGUAAGUUGGUAGUGAAAAAUGUUACCCGUGGUAAACUCACUCUGAGCUGGGAUCCUCCAAUUAUUGAUGGUGGAGCUCCAAUAACAAAUUACAUUGUUGAGAAGAAGGAUGCUAAACUCAAGGCUUACUCCAUAGUUACAACUGAAUGUUCCAAUACAUCAUACAAGAUUGAAGGCCUUUCAGAAGAGAUUGCCUAUUUCUUCCGUGUGUCUGCUGAAAAUGAAAAUGGCACUGGUGAUACUUGUGAGACUUCAGAACCAGUUAGAGCAACAGAGACUCCUGGUCCUGUAAAGAACCUUGUAAUGACUGACUCAACCAAUACAUCUGUAACAUUGGCAUGGACAAAACCUGAUCAUGAUGGUGGCAGCCAUAUUUCUGAGUACAUCAUUGAAAUUAAGGAAGACGAUGCUGUGAAAUGGAGCCUUGGUGGUACAUGUAGAUGUUGCAAGUAUGAGUUAACAAAUCUUAAAGAGCUCUCAGAGGUUUUCCUCAGAGUGUAUGCCAAGAAUGAGAAAGGUUGCAGUGACUUCUCUCAAAUUGGACCCAUUACUGUGAAGGAAUUCUUAAUUCCACCAGAAGCUAAACUUACUGACUAUCCUAAUGGUGAAAUAAAUGUCAGAAUUGGACAAAAUGUGAACAUUGAAUUGCCAUACAAGGGCAAGCCCAAACCUGUAAUUCAGUGGAUGAAAGAUGAUUUUCCAUUGAAGGAAAGUGAACAGGUUCGCUUCAGACAAACAGAAAAUAAAGCUAGUCUCAUUGUGAGAAAUGCAAGAAAGGAGAAUGCAGGAAAAUACACUCUGGUACUUGAUAAUAAACUUGUGAAGAAUUUCUUUGACAUUAAGGUCAUCACUCUUGGGCCACCCUCUGCCCCAGUGGGACCCAUCCGAUUUGAUGAAAUCAAAGCACAGAGCAUUAUUAUCUCAUGGAAUGAGCCACAGGAUGAUGGUGGUGGAGAAAUCACCUGCUACAGUGUGGAAAAAAGGGAGACUUCUCAAGCAUCUUGGAAAAUUGUUUGUUCAAGUGUGGUCAGGACAACAUUCAAGAUAACCAAUCUGGUUAAGGACACUGAAUACCAAUUCAGAGUACGUGCAGAGAACAAAUAUGGAGUAAGUGAUCCUCUCAACUCAGUGGAUGUUGUUGCCAAACAUCAGUAUAAGCCACCAGGUCCACCAGGAAAACCUGUUGUAAGUAAUGUCACAAGUGAUGGCAUGACUGUUUCAUGGGAUGCACCCAGCUUCGAUGGUGGUUCUCCUAUUACUGGCUACCAUCUUGAGAAGAAAGACAGAAACAGCCUUCUGUGGAUGAAAGUGAAUUCCAAUGUGAUCUCUGGCAGAGAGUAUAGGGCCAUUGGGCUCAUUGAAGGUCUGGAAUAUUCAUUUAGAGUGUAUGCUCAGAAUAAUGCUGGCAUGAGUUCAGUAAGUGAGCAAAGCAAGCACAAACUUGCCAUUUCUCCUGUUGAUCCUCCUGGCACACCCAACUGCAUUGAUGUCACAAGAGAUUCUGUCACACUUCAGUGGGAGCCCCCUAAACGUGAUGGAGGCAGUAGGAUUGUGGGAUACAGUGUUGAGAGGCGCCAAGGAAGAGCACGCUGGCUGAGAUGCAAUUUUAUUGAUAUCAGUGAAUGUCAGUUUACAGUGACAGAACUUGCUUGUGGUGACCGGUUUGAAUUUAGAGUGAUUGCCAGAAAUGCCGUUGGAACAGUCAGUCCACCAUCACAAUCAUCUGGCUAUAUCAUGACCAAAGAUGAAUGUGUUAUCCCUCAGAUUCAGUUUGCUGCUGAAAAGACUCUGACAAUUAAGGCUGGAGAAAACAUCAAACUAAGUUGCACUAUUAGUGGCCGUCCUGUGCCUCAGAUUACAUGGUUUAAGGAUGGGAAACAGCUUGACAAAAUGCUUGUUGAUAUCACAACCAAUAUUGGAUCCAGCUCCCUGUUCAUUAGAGAUGCUGAUCGUAAUGACCGUGGAAUCUAUACUGUUGAAGCCAAAAACAGCUCUGGAACAACAAAGGAGGAUGUUCUUGUCAGAGUACAUGAUACUCCUGGACCACCUGAAGGCCCACUUCGCUUCACAAGUAUCUCUGCUGAGAAGGCAACGCUGUGGUGGAGUCCCCCAGACAAUGAUGGCUGUGCAGCAAUCACUCAUUAUGUAAUUGAAAAGCGUGAGACCUCUCGUAUUUCUUGGGCACUUGUUGCAUCUAAAUGUGAAGCCUGCUCUUUCAAUGCCACCAAGUUGAUCAAGGGCAAUGAGUAUCAGUUCCGUGUUUCUGCUGUCAACGCUUUUGGUGUUGGCAAAUCACUGGAAUCAGAUCCAGUUGUUGCUAAAAUGCAAUACACUGUACCAGAUGCUCCUGGAACACCUGACUGCAGUCAUGUGACAGGAAACAGUCUUACACUCUGCUGGACAAGACCAAGACAUGACGGUGGAAAUGAGAUAAAGAACUAUAUCCUUGAAAGAAGAGAGAAGAAAAGUUUACAAUGGGUAAAGGUUUCAGCAAAAAGACCAAUCACAGAGCUCAGACACAGAGUUACAAACUUGACUGAAGGAAAUGAAUAUGAAUUCCGUGUUAUGGCUGAAAAUGGGGCUGGUAUAGGACCACCAAGUGAAGUAUCAAGACUAUUUAAGUGCAGAGAACCUACAAGUGCACCUAGCGCACCAACAGUAGUAAAAGUCAUUGACUCAACAAAGACCUCUGUGACCCUGGAAUGGACCAAACCAGUCUUUGAUGGUGGUAUGGAAAUUAUAGGCUAUAUUAUUGAGAUGUGUAAAGCCAGUCUUGAAGAAUGGCACAGAGUCAAUAACCAGACUUGUAUCCAUACCACAUACACAGUUUCAGAUUUAGAACCAGGUGAAGAGUACAAAUUCCGUGUGUAUGCUGUUAAUGGUGCUGGAAAGGGAGAGGCAUCUGAGAUUGCAAAUGCAGUACAGGCAGUUGACCGACUGACAUCACCAGAGAUUGACAUUGAUGCAGAUUUCAAACAGACACAUGUUGUGAAAAGUGGAGGAACAAUUAUUCUUAAAAUCCCUUUUCGUGGUAAACCUACACCCCUGGCUACAUGGACAAAAGCAGGUGAAGAACUUGGUGUGAUGGUAGAUAUUAAUACUACAGAUACAUUGAGCACAUUAACAAUUGAAAACUGUACAAGAUAUGAUGCUGGCAAAUACACACUUUCUCUUGAGAACAACAGCGGUCAUAAAUCCAUUACAUUAACAGUAAAAGUAUUGGACACACCAGGGCCACCAGGUCCAAUCUCAUUCAAGGAUGUAACCAGAGGAGCUAUGACUCUCAUGUGGGAUGCUCCAUCAACUGAUGGAGGUGCUCGUGUUCAUCAUUAUAUUAUUGAAAAACGUGAGGCAAGUCGCCUGAGCUGGCAGGAGGUCAAUUUCAAGUGUACACGCCAAAUUCUCAGAGUAACCAAUCUUGAAUUUGGUAUAGCAUAUUUCUUCAGGGUCACAGCUGAAAAUCAGUAUGGUAUAGGUGAGCCUUAUGAAAUGUCGGAACCUAUUAUUGCCACUGAGGAGCCUGCACCACCCAAGAGGCUGGACAUUAUUGAUACUACAUCUACAACAGCCAGCUUAGUAUGGAUGAAACCUGAGCAUGAUGGUGGAAGUCGUAUCACAGGAUACAUUGUUGAGACCAGAAAGAAAGGCUCUGAUCACUGGGUUGUUGGUGGCCAAACAAAAUCUUUGAAGAUGGUCUUGGAGGGCUUGGUUGAGAAUACAGAAUAUGAAUUCCGUGUCAAAGCAAAAAAUGAUACUGGUCUCAGUUAUCCAAGGGAUGCACUUACCUCAGUUAUCAUCAAAGAACCUCGCAUUGAGCCAACUGCAGACCUUAGUGGUAUCAGCAAUCAGCUUAUUACCUGUAAGACUGGCAAUUCCUUUGCCAUUGAUAUCCCCAUAAGUGGCAGGCCAGCUCCAAAAGUAACCUGGAAGCUUGAGGAAAUAAAACUAAAGGAAACAGAUAGAGUCUCUAUCAAAACAUCUAAUGUGAAAACCACCCUACUGGUUAAGGAUGCCAAGAGAGGGGACAGUGGAAAAUAUUACCUUACUCUAGAGAAUGCAGCUGGAGCAAAGACAUUCAGUAUCACUGUAAAUGUCUUUGGCAGACCAAGCCCAGUAACUGGCCCAAUUGAAAUUUCAGGAAUCACAUCAGAAUCCUGUGUAUUGACAUGGGCUGAUCCUACAGAUGAUGGUGGAUCAGAUAUAACUAACUAUAUAGUUGAGAAACGUGAAUCUGGUCAAACUUCAUGGCAGGUUGUGAACUCAAGUGUGAAACGACCAACAAUUAAAAUCACCCAUUUGACAAAAUACAUGGAGUACACAUUCCGUGUAUGUGCAGAGAACAAGUUUGGUGUUAGCAAACCAAUUGAAUCUCAAGCUAUUGUGGCAGAACAUCCAUUUGUGCCACCAAGCCCACCUACACGUCCAGAGGUGGUUUUAAUAUCUGCUAAUGCCAUUUCUAUUAAAUGGGAUGUCCCAUAUCAUGAUGGUGGAAGCAAGGUGACUGGAUACUGGAUUGAGAAGAAAGAGCGCAACACCAUUUUAUGGACACGGGAAAAUAAAAUCCCAUGCAUUGAUUGCAAUUAUAAGGUCUCCAAUCUUAUUGAAGGGCUUGAAUAUCAGUUCCGUGUAUAUGCCAUGAACAUUGCAGGUCUAAGCAAAGCCAGUGAAGCUUCAAGACCAGUGCUAGCUUUAAAUCCAGUUGAUCCACCUGGCAAACCAGAAGUAUAUGACAUUACAAGAUCUUCAGUUUCUAUAAAAUGGUCUGUUCCGUUGAGUGAUGGUGGCAGCAAACUUGUUGGAUAUAUAGUUGAACGCAAGGCAUCCACUGAUGCUGAUGAAACUCGUUGGCUUAAAUGCAACUACACUACAAUCACAGACAAUUCAUUCACUGUAGCAUCACUUGAAGAAGGAGCAGUUUAUGAAUUCCGUGUCAUUGCUAAAAAUUGUGCAGGAGUUCACAGUAUGCCAUCAGAAUCAACAGGCCCUGUCACAUGCAAGGACGAAUACACACCACCAAAGGCUGAGUUGGACAGCAAACUUGUUGGUGAGACAGUAACUAUUAGGGCUGGAUCAGACCUUGUUCUUGAUGCUGCAAUAGGUGGCAAACCUGAACCCAGAGUAUGCUGGUCUAAGGGUGAUAUGGAGUUGGAGCUUGGUGAUAAGUACUCAUUGACAUACACUAGUACGAGAGCUAUGGCAAUCAUCAAAUCCUGUAACAGGAAUGAUACAGGAAAAUAUAUAUUGUCUGUCAAGAAUGCCAGUGGAAUCAAAACAGCAGCCGUCAAUGUUAAAGUUCUUGAUACUCCUGGUCCUCCAGAUGGUAAGAUAACAAUCAGCAGGGUCACAGAAGAAAAAUGCACAGUUUCUUGGAAGAUACCUCUUGAAGAUGGAGGAGAUUUUAUUUCUCACUACAUUGUUGACAGACGUGAGACCAGUAGGCUCAAUUGGGUUGUUAUGGAGUCUGAAUGCAAGACACUUUCUUGUGUCAGUACAAAACUAAUCAAGAACAAUGAAUAUAUAUUCCGUGUCAGAGCUGUUAACAAAUAUGGAGCUGGAGUACCGCUGGAAUCUGAACCAAUUAUUGCAAGAAAUGCAUAUAUUGUUCCAACAUCUCCUGGAACACCAGAAAUUACAGCUGUUGGAAAGCAACAUGUCAUUAUUGAGUGGCUGAAACCAGGGAAUGAUGGUGGUAGUGAAAUAAAAAAUUACCUUGUGGAUAAACGUGAAAAGAGCAGUGUGAGAUGGACCAGAGUAAACAAGACAUUCACCAUCUAUGACACAAGACUCAAGAUAACAGGUCUUUAUGAGGGAAGUGAAUACCAAUUCCGUGUUGCAGCUGUUAAUUCUGCUGGCACAAGCAUACCAAGCGAAGCCUCUGAAUAUGCUCUUUGCAGAGAUCCAACAUAUACCCCGGCUCCUCCAUCAACUCCCCGCAUAAUUGAUACUACCAAACACAGCAUUACAAUGACAUGGACCAGGCCUAUGUAUGAUGGUGGUUCAGAUGUCAUUGGCUAUAUUGUUGAGAUUCUAGAAGAGGGAACUGAACAGUGGUAUAGAGCCAGCCUGAAGAUCCUGACUACUUCUGAAUAUACUGCAGCUGGUUUAACAAGCAACAAGAAGUACAGUUUCAGAGUGGCAGCAGUGAACUCCAUGGGCACUGGAGAGUUCAGUGAAGGCAGUGUGGAGACUGCACCCACAGAAAGAGUUGAAAUUCCUGAUAUUGAAUUACCUGAAGAACUGAGGAAAACAGUUUGUCUGAGAGCUGGUAGCAAUUUACGUCUCAGUGCAAAUAUACUUGGAAGACCACCUCCAGUUGUUACCUGGAAAAAGACUGGCAUAGACCUUCAGUCACGGGGCUACAUUGACACAACAGAAAGCACUACAACUUUAUUAGUGGAGAAGGUUCACCGUUAUGAUGCUGGAAAAUACACAAUCGAGGCUGAAAAUCCAUCUGGCAAGAAAACAAUUACUAUUCUUGUCAAGAUAUAUGAUUCCCCUGGUCCUUGUGGUGCAGUCAAGGUCAAGGAUUACACUAAAGAGUCAGUUGUCAUUACAUGGGAUGUCCCUACUAUUGAUGGAGGGGCUCCUAUCAACAACUACAUAAUUGAACACCGUGAAGCAUCAAUGAAAUCUUAUAAAACAGUGACAAUGGAAUGCAAGAAGACAUUGUACAGAAUCACUGGGUUAGAGGAAGGAACACGAUACUUCUUUAGAGUACUGCCUGAAAACAUAUAUGGUAUUGGAGAACCUUGUGAAACCACUGAUUCUGUGCUGGUAUGUGAAAUUCCUUCUGUUCCUCAAGAUUUGCAAGUCAUUGACAUUACAAAAUCGACUGUCAUUCUUGCUUGGGAGAAACCAUUUUAUGAUGGUGGCAGCAAACUUACAGGUUAUGUUAUUGAAGCCUGUAAGGAAGGAACUGACCGAUGGAUGAAUGUUGCUAAUGUAAAAGCAUCAGUUUUUCAGCACACGAUAGAUUCUCUGAAUGAGAAUGAGCAAUACUUAUUUAGAAUCAAAGCUGAGAACAGCAGGGGGGUCAGUGAGCCCAGAGACCUGAUGACACCUAUAACUAUUCAAGAACAGAGAGUGAUGCCAAAGAUUGAUCUGGCUGGCAUACCUCAAAAGAUUGUAAAUGUUCAUGCCGGCAAGCCAAUUGUGCUCAACAUUCCCAUCACUGGAAGGCCUACACCAACUUGUUCGUGGUUCUUUGGUGGCAUUAAGAUGAAAGACAAGCUUGACCGUAUUAAAAUUGAGACAACUGCUAAAUACACUAAAUUAAUGGUUCGUGAAACUACGCUUUAUGAUACUGGUGACUAUACUCUUGAAGUAAAGAAUAUAACAGGAGUAGCUAAAGAAAUUAUCCAAGUCAUCAUUCUUGACAAACCUGGCAUUCCAGUUGGGCCUAUGAGAAUUGAUGAAGUUGAUGCCAAUUCUGUAACAUGCAGUUGGGAACCACCAGAGAAAGAUGGCGGUGCCAAUAUUAGUGGUUAUGUGGUUGAACAACGAGAUGCCCAUCGCCCUGGUUGGCUUACUAUUUCUGAAUCUGUCACAAGACCCACAUUCAAAUACACUAGACUUACUGAGGGAACAGAAUAUGUGUUCCGUGUGGCUGCAACAACUCGUUUUGGCAUUGGUGCAUUCCUUCAGUCUGAAGUUGUUGAAUGCAAGAGUAUCAAGUCUGUUCCUGGUGCACCAAGCACACCUGAAAUAUUCGACGUGACCCAUGAUGGUAUGACACUCACGUGGAAACCACCAGAGGUUGAUGGUGGUUCCACACUGGCUGGCUACAUCAUUGAGCGUAAAGAAACUAGAUCUGACAGAUGGGUGCGCAUCAAUAAGAAUGCAGUGACUAUGACAAGAUACAGAUCAACCGGACUAGUUGAAGGUUUUGAAUAUGAGUACAGAGUGACAGCUAUGAACUCUAGAGGCAUUGGUAAACCUAGUCUCAGCUCAAAACCUGUGAUUGCAAUGGAUCCUAUCGAAACUCCAGGCAUUCCUUUGAACCCAAGAGUCACAGAUACAACCAGGACAUCUGUCUCAAUGGCAUGGUCUCCCCCAGAGGAACAGGGAGGUGCAAACAUCACCGGUUACCUAAUAGAGAUGCAGAAAGUUGACCAGAUUGAAUGGACCAAAUGUAAUACAACUCCAACAAAGAUUUGUGAAUACACACUCACGCAUAUGCCCCAAGGUGCUGAGUAUAGGUUCCGUGUGAUGGCAUGUAAUGCUGGUGGACCUGGAGAACCAGCUGAGAUUCCAGGAGUAGUUAAAGUUACAGAGAUGCUUGAGUAUCCUGAUUAUGAACUGGAUACAAAAUACCAGGAGGGUUAUGUCGUCAGACAAGGUGGAGUUGUCAGGCUCUCUGUGCCAAUUAAGGGAAAACCAUAUCCAACCUGCAAGUGGACAAAGGAAGGCCGUGAUAUUUCUCACAGAGCUAUGGUUGCUACCAGUGAAGAACGCACAGAGCUGGUCAUCAAAGAAGCUCACAGGGAUGACACUGGUACCUAUGAUCUGGUGUUGGAGAACAAAUGUGGAAAGAAAGCAGCAUAUAUCAAGGUUAAAGUUAUUGGCCGCCCAGAUCCACCUGAAGGCCCUCUUGAAUUUGAUGAUAUUCAAGCUCGUUCUGUAAGAGUGAGCUGGAGACCUCCCUCAGAUGAUGGUGGCUCUGAUGUUCUUGGGUACAUUGUGGAAAGACGUGAGGUACCAAAGGCAGCAUGGUACACAGUGGACUCUCGAGUGGUUGAAACUUCGUUGGUGGUCAAAGGACUGAAAGAAAAUGUUGAGUACCACUUCAGAGUUUCAGCAGAGAACCAGUUUGGAAUAAGUAGAUCUCUGAAAUCUGAUGAAUCAGUUAUACCAAAGACACCGCUAUCUCCACCAGAGCCUCCCAGCUUUCCUCCAGAAAUUAUGGAUGUCACAAAAACCACUAUUGGAUUGUCUUGGUCAAGACCAAAGGAUGAUGGUGGCUCUCGUGUCACUGGGUACUAUAUUGAAAGAAGAGAGUUGUCAACUGAAAAAUGGGUGCGUCACAACAAGACUCACAUCACAACCACAAUGUAUACUCUCACUGGCCUUAUCCCUGAUGCAGAGUAUCAGUUCCGUGUGAUUGCUCAAAAUGACAUUGGUCAAAGUGAGCCUGGACCUGUAUCUGAAGCAGUUGUGUGCAAAGAUCCAUUUGAUAAACCAAGCCAGCCAGGUGACAUUGACAUAAUCUCAGUUACCAAGGAUUGCAUCACUAUUCAUUGGCUGCGCCCAGAAUUUCUUGGUGGCAAAGAAAUUCUUGGAUAUUGGAUUGAAUUUAGACAAGCAGGUGAAAGUGCCUGGAAAAAAUGCAACAAAGUGCGUUCAAAAGACAGGCAGUUUACCAUGGGUGGUCUCAUGGAGGCAACAGAAUAUGAAUUUAGAGUUUUUGCUGAAAAUGAAACCGGAUUGAGCAGACCCCGUAGAACUGCCAUGGGCAUUAAAACCAAACUGAGUGUUGGAGAAGCACCAAGUCUAAAAGAAGAAAUUAAAGAUAGUACCACAAAUUUGGGAGAAUCUGGAACACUGACUUGCCAAAUUAUUGGAAGACCUCUUCCAGAAAUCAAGUGGUAUAGAUAUGGAAAGGAACUGAUUCAGAGUCGCAAAUACAAAAUGAGCUCUGAUGGAAGAAGUCAUUCUCUCACAGUUGUAACAGAUGAACAAGAGGAUGAAGGUCAGUACACUUGCCGAGCCAUCAAUGAUGCAGGUGAAAUUGAAACCAGUGGCAAGCUUUAUUUGCAGGCUGCACCUCAGUUCCAUCCUGGAUUCCCUUUGAAGGAGAAAUACUAUGCAGGCUGUGGAACAAGCUUACGUCUCCAUGUUGUCUAUAUUGGACGUCCAAUUCCACAAAUCAUGUGGUUUUAUGGCAAGAAACCUCUAAAUCCAUCAGAGAAUGUUAUUAUUGAAAACACAGAGCAUUACACUCACUUGGUCGUCAGAAAUGUUCAGCGCAAGACAAAUGCUGGCAGGUACAAGGUGCAACUAAGCAACAAAUUUGGUGCAAUUGAUACAGUGCUACGUGUUGAAAUCCAAGAUAAGCCUUUGAUUCCUGAAGGGCCAAUUAUUGUUGAAUCCCUCUUGAAGAACUCUGUAAUCAUAAGUUGGAAACCACCUAAGGACGAUGGUGGUUCAUUGAUCACAAACUAUAUUGUAGAAAAACGUGAAGCAAAGGAGGGAGAGCAAUGGAAUCUUGUGUCAUCAUUUGUCUCAGGAACCAUAUGUCGGGUUCCAAAUGUAACUGAGAAUGCUGGAUAUUAUUUCCGUGUUUCUGCUCAGAAUCAGUAUGGUGUUAGUGAGUCAUUAGAGAUUCCUGCUGUUGUUAUCAUCAAGAGUCCAUAUGAAAAACCUGGAAUCCCCCAGCAGCCAACGGUUUCUUCUGUUACAAAAGAUUCCUGUGUUGUUACAUGGAAACCCCCAACCAGCGAUGGUGGUGCCAAAAUUAAGAAUUACUACCUGGAUAAAAGAGAGAAGAAGCAGAACAAAUGGAUUACAGUUACAACUGAAGAAAUUCAUGAGACAAGCUAUACUGUUACUGGCCUUAUUGAAGGCUUUGAGUAUGAAUUCCGUGUCAAAUGUGAGAACAUUGGCGGAGAGAGUGACUGGAGUGAGAUUUCAGUACCUGUCGUUCCAAAGUCUGACAUAGCUCCUCGUGCUCCCUUCUUUAAAGAGGAACUGAGAGAUAUAUGUGUAAAAUAUAAAGCCAAUGCGACAUUUGUGACUAAGGUCAUUGGAUACCCACAGCCAAUAGUAAAAUGGUACAAGAAUGGCAAAGAAAUUUUACCAGAUGGUGAGAAAAUCAAGAUCCAAGAAUUCAAAGGAGGCUACCACCAACUUGCUAUCUGUAAUUCAGAUGAGAAUGAUGUAGCUGUUUACCAGAUAAGAGCCACAAAUCAGGAAGGAUCAAUCUCUACAACUGUAACACUUGAUGUUGAAGUUCCUGCCAAGGUUCACUUGCCAUUACAUCUACAAGGUAUGGGAGCUGUUCAUGCUCUCCGUGGUGAGGUGGUCACCAUCAAGAUUCCAAUCAGUGGUAAACCUGAACCUGCAGUGACAUGGCAGAAGGGACAAGAAAUACUGAAUAACACAGCAUAUCAUCAAGUGAUAGUAACAAGAUCGUUCACAUCCCUUGUGUUCCAAAAGGGAGUACAAAAGAAAGAUUCUGGCUACUAUAUAAUUUGUGCCAAGAACAGAUUUGGUGUUGAUAAACAGACAAUUGAACUCGAUGUUGCUGAUGUACCUGAACCACCGAAGGAUGUUAAAGUAAGUGAUAUUGGAAGAGAUACCAUCACACUUACAUGGACUCCUCCAAAUGAUGGUGGAAGUGAUAUUAUCAGCUACAUAGUAGAGAAGUGCCCAACAUCUGGUGAUAGGUGGAUUCGCGUUGCCCAGACAUCUGAACCACAUUAUACGGUAUUGAGCCUAUUUGGUAAGACAAAAUAUCAGUUCCGUGUUAUUGCAGAAAACAGAUUUGGUCUGAGUAACCCAUCUAUGCCAACUGAACCUGUAACAGCAAGAGAAGACAAGUUAGCUAUUAGAAAUUAUGAUGAAGAAGUAGAUGAAGAAAGAGAAGUUACUAAAGUAGAAGCACCUCAUUCCAAAGUUAAGAAUGUGUCAUCUCUUUACAAGAUCAGUGAAGAACUGGCACGAUGUGGACACUUUGGUAUUGUUCAUCGUUGUGUUGAAAUUAGCUCUAAGAAGACUUUCCUGGCUAAACUCAUUAAGGUGAAAGGAGCUGAUAGAGAGCUAGUGGCAAGAGAGAUCGAAACACUCAAUAUUGCAAGGCACAAGAACUUACUGUAUCUUCAUGAGUCCUUUGAUAGCUUGGAGGAAUACAUUCUGAUCUAUGAAUUCAUAUCAGGAAUGGACAUCUUUGAACGUCUUGGAACAAAUUUUGACCUCACUGAGAGGGAAAUUGUUAUGUACCUAAGACAAAUUUGCCAGGCUCUCAAGUUCCUGCAUGGCCUCAAUUAUGGCCAUUUUGACAUCAGACCCGAAAACAUUGUUUACAGUACAAGAAAUAGCAGAACUAUCAAGAUCAUUGAAAUGGGCCAAGCCAGGCUGCUGACACCUGGAGAAAACAUCAGAAUUCAGUUCUCAACGCCUGAAUAUUAUGCACCUGAGGUCCACAAUAGUGAUUAUGUUACAACUGCUACAGACAUGUGGUCAGUUGGAGUUCUUGCAUAUGUUCUCCUUAGUGGCCUCAACCCUUUUGCUGCUGAAUCAACUCAUAAAAUGAUUGAGCGGAUUUCCAAUGCUGAAUAUAUGUUUGAUAGUGAGGCCUUCAAAUACACCAGUCUUGAAGGCAUGGACUUCGUUGACAGACUCCUUACUAAAGAACGCAAACAUCGUAUGACUGCAUCUGAGGCUCUGGAACAUCCUUGGCUCAAGAUGAAAAUAGAAAACAUUAGUUCUAAAGUCAUUAAGACCUUAAGACACAGACGAUACUACCAGUCAAUAACCAAGAAGGAGUGGAACACUGUUAUUUCAGUAGCUCGUGUUGCAUAUGGAGGUGGUUACCGAAACCAGAGAAAUGUUUGUAUUGGCAGAGUGAAAAUUGGACAUCCAGAACAAGGCAUAAGAGCAGGUCCAGUCAUGCAUGGCUCUGCUGAAAUCGGUGGUCAUGUUCGUUUUAUGUGCUCCAUUGAAAGCUAUGACAAAACCACAGAGGUGACAUGGUACUUUGGCUCUCAGAAACUGACGGCAAGUCAUAAGUAUGAAAUCAGCUAUUCCAAUGGAGUUGCAAGCAUAUACGUGAAAGACAUCGAAGAAUGCGAUGAUGGACUAUACAGAUGCAAAGUUGUUAGUGAGGACAGGGAAGACAAUGCCUAUGCAGAGCUGUUUGUUGAGAGUGUAAGAUCCUAUCGAGAAUACUUCCUGGGACGUUCACUCAAGAAACCCAAGCGUAGAAUUGAUAAAACCAAACUUCUACAAAGACCACCAGAGUUUACUCUACCAUUGUACAAUCGAACAGCAUAUAUUGGAGAGGAUGUACGCUUUGGUGUAACAAUAACUGUUCAUCCAGAGCCACAGGUUACUUGGCUGAAGGCUGGACACAGAAUCAAACCUGAUCCUACAAAAUAUACAUUUACAACUGACAAGGGUCUUUAUCAGUUAAUUAUUCACAAUGUUGAGCCUAGUGAUGAUGGUGAGUAUACCGUUGUUGCACAUAACAAGUUUGGUGAAGACAGCUGUAAGGCACGCUUAACAGUAACACAUCAUCCUGUUGUUGAAGACACAAUGAGGCCAAUGUUCAGACGCCUCUUGGCAAAUAUUGAUUGCGUUGAGGGAGAGAGUGUCCGUUUUGAAUUGAGAGUGUCAGGAACACCGCCACCAAGUCUGAAAUGGGUAAAAGAUGGCAAGCCUCUUGAAUUUAGACCACAAGUUGAAGUUGUUCAAGAAGAUAUUGGUUAUUAUGUCCUCCAUAUUAGAGAAACACUAAUUGAGGAUUCAGGUAUCUACAGCGUUACUGCAACAAACUCUGCUGGUUCAGCAAGUUGCCAAGCCACACUCAAGGUUGAACGAUUAACUUACAUUAGGAGGGAGUUCAAGAGUGAGGAGGACAAGCAGGUAUAUAUACAAAAUCAAAUAAAAAAGACCCUAAAAAUGGCACAGGAGUUCUCAACAGCAGAUGUGACUGCACUUAAUCCUGCAGCUCAAGAGGCACUGAAAGAAGCUGCUGAACUGUACAAACCUGCAGUGAGUACCAAAAAUGUUCAAGGUGAGUUUGAUAUCUCUGACAAAGAAGAUAAGGAAAUUAAGAGAAUUAAAGAAGAGAGUAGGAAGAUCAGAAUGCCUUAUGAAAUUCCAGAAGCUCGUGUACAUGAUCCAACUGCUCUUGAGGAAGAUAUGAAUAUUAAACAUUUUGUGCCUUUAUCUGACAUGAAGUGGUACAAGAAACUUCGCGAUCAAUAUGAAAUUUCUGAACGCAUGGAGAGAGUUGUACAAAAGAGACAGAAACGCAUCCGACUAUCCAGGUGGGAACAGUUCUAUGUCAUGCCACUUCCUAGAAUCACUGAUCAAUACAGGCCAAGAUGGCGCAUUCCAAAGCUUACGCUAGAUGAUUUGGAAACUGUAAGACCAGCCAGGCGCUCCCCAUCUCCUGACUCAGACAUCUUCAGACAGAGAAGGCGUUCCCUGGGUGAUCUUUCAGAUGAAGACCAACCUGUAGAAGAUUAUCAGACAAAGAGAAGAAUUGAAGAAGAGAAGCAACAGCUUGAGGAGGAACUUGAACUUGGCUUCUCUGCCUCUCCUCCAAGUGGUAGCCCUGUUCAUUUUCAACUGCAUGCACUACGUUUUGCAUCACCCAGGAUUAUACACAAAGCUGAAGUGAAACACACAGAGGUAACAAAACUUGCACUGUCACCCAAGAAACCUUCUGUGUCUCCACCCCCCAUUUCUCAUUUCUUGAGAAGGAGGAGAUCUCUGUCUCCAACAUAUAUUGAACUGAUGCGUCCUGUCUCUGAACUAAUAAGACCAACCCGGGCACAAGUGGAAUAUGAAUCUGAGGCAGUUGAAAAGAGAUCACCCACUCCUGAGAGAACAAGACCACGCUCCCCUAGUCCUGUGUCUCCUGAAAGAAGAUCGUCAAGAUCUUCCUCUAGGUUUGAAAGAUCUGCAAGGUUUGACAUCAUGUCUAGAUAUGAGGCAAGAAAAGCUGCUCUGAAAUCUGAGCGCAAGUAUCAAGUUGUAACACAACAACCAUUUAGCCUUGAUCAUGCACCACGAAUAACAGUUAGAAUGCGCUCACACCGCGUACCAUGUGGUCAAGACACUAAAUUCACAUUGAAUGUCCAAUCAAGGCCAGAAGCUGAAAUUCAGUGGUUCCAUAAUGGACAACAGAUUCAAGAGAGCAGCAAAUACCAGUUUAUAAACAUGAGUGGUGUCUUAACCCUCCAGAUUACUGAUUGCCAGGCAAUGGAUAGUGGCACAUACCGUGCUGUCUGUACCAACUCAAAGGGAGACACAUCUGACUAUGCAACUCUCGAUGUAUCAGCAGGGGCAUUUACUACAUAUUCCUCAAGACGCAAAGAUGAGGAGGCUCCAACAGCAUUUGUACCUGACGUGCUAAAGACAGACCAUUACCAUACAUCAUCAAUCAGGGCAUCUUCUGCCUCCAGGACACACGUAGAGAUCAAAGAAACCAAGUCAAAGUUUACUGAACGACAAGAGGUUUCUGGGAUUGAAAAAUAUGAGACUGAAAGACUUGCAUCAUCCCCUAUCAGAUAUGCAUCUACUGAAUACCUGUCCUCUGCUUCAUAUUCAUUCUCAGAACGAUAUGCAUCAUCUGAAUAUAAGGCAAAGUCUGUUGAGUCCUCAGCAACAGCAAGCAUAACUGCUAAGAAAGUCAAAUCCACUCUAUCAGCAAAAAUACUCACCAAACCACGCUCUCUAACAGUAGCACUGGGGGAGUCUGCAAGAUUUACCUGUGAUAUUGAUGGUGAGCCAGCACCAAAUGUCACAUGGAUGCAUGGACAAAAUGCUGUUGUCAUUUCCCAUCGUGUACAUGUGACAACAACACAAUACAAGUCUACAUUUGAAAUAUCUUCUGUAGAGUACUCUGAUGAAGGCAGUUACACAGUAGUGGUAGAAAAUUCAGAGGGAAGAGAAGAGGCAACGUUUACCUUAAGCAUCUACAAGCAACCAACAAAAGAGGAGGCUAUUACACCAUCCUAUCCAGUUAAAUCUCUUGAGCCAGCAGCAAAGUCACCUUCAGUGAAAAGUUCUACAGCACCUGUCAUAUCUCCAGUGCAAUUGGUAAAGUCUCCAGAGCCAUCUGUAAAGUCUCCAGAGCCAUCUGUAAAGUCUCCAGAGCCAUCUGUAAAGUCUCCAGAGCCAUCAGUUAAGUCUCCAGAGCCUAUGGUGAAACCACCAGAACCCACUGGAGUCAAGUCCCCUGAACCACGAAUUAAGUCACCUGAGGGUGUCAAAUCACCACUAAGAGUCAAGUCUCCAGAGCCUGCCACUGCUGCUCCAAGAGUUAAGUCUCCUGUCCCUGCAAAGCCCUCAGAAGCAACUCCAUCACCUCUUAGGAUUAAAUCUCCCACAGCUGUAAAGUCUCCUGAACCAGUAGCAUCUCCUCCAAGAGUGAAAUCUCCACCUCCAGUUAAGUCUCCAGAAGCAAUAACCUCACCACAAAGAGUCAAAUCUCCUACAGGAAUUAAGUCGCCAGAGCCAACCAGCUCUACUCAAAGAGUAAAAUCUCCACCAACAGCCAAGUCUCCAGAGCCAAUAAUUUCACCAAAAAGGGUUAAAUCACCACUCACUGUGAAAUCACCAACUCCAUCAAAGGAAGUACCCCCAAAGAUUCUCCAGCAACUUAAAGCUGAGGCAUUUGAAGACAAGGUGAAGAUGACCUGUGUUGCUGAAAGUUCUGUAAGGGAUGUUGUGUGGUACAAAGAUAGCAGGAGACUCAGUGAGAGUAGCCAUUAUCAGAUCCAUACUUCUGCUGAUGGCACCUGUUGUCUCUAUAUAUCGGAUGUGUCUGAGAAGGAUCAGGGGGAAUAUUCCUGUGAAAUAUUUGCAGCGAGUGGAGCAGUCUCAAAAACAUCAUUCUCCUUCUUUGGUCAAGUGUUUCAGUCCAUCUUCACAAAAAUAACCAUGUUUGUGUCUGCACACAUGGCUGCUAAAGAAUCUGUGUCCCUUAAGACUCAUCAGGGGGUUGAAAUGGUUAAGAAAGAGAGUGCUACUCUCAGCAGUCUGCAAGAGAGUUUCUCUUCAAAAUCCGUCCACAUGGAGAGCACAAUGCAAGAGUCAUCAUACAGCAGUUCUGCAAUGGCUGAGAUGAAAUUGGAAACAAUGUCACUGUCCAGCAUGUCCUCCAUGACUUCUGAAUCACUGUAUGCUAUGAGCUCAAGCAGUAUUAUGUCAAGUCACUCACAUGCUGAGGGAUCCUCAAUAAGAGCCACUCUACUCAGUGGUCAAGGUUCAGCACCAAAAAUAGAAGCCCUUCCAGAAGACAUCAGCAUUGAGCCUGGGAAGGUUUUGACCAUAACAUGUGCAUUCUCUGGAGAGCCUUCUCCACAAAUUGAGUGGUCUCGUGGUGGUAAAACACUUUCAACUGCAGAAGAGAGUAAAAGGUUCCACAUUGAGACUACCGAGGACCUAACCACACUCAUAAUCACUAGUGUAAAAUCUAGUGAUGCUGGGGUGUACACCCUCAAACUUUCCAAUGAGCAUGGGUCUGACAUGGCAGCUGUCACCAUUAAUGUUCGUUCACUUUAAAACUAAUAAUGAUACUAUCUUCCCCUUUCUCACAUUAUAUGCCUUUUUAUUUAUUGAAUAAGGAAAAAAAAGAUAUUUACUUGAUAAAUACCUGGAUAUCUAUUCCUGUAAAUAUGAAAUAUUUUUAUAUCAAACUUGACAUUAAUUUAUGCCGAACUAGACUAAAGUCUAAAAUUGUUAUAAAAAUGUGCCAUUUUGGAUAAUUAUGACUAGAAUUUUUGGUCAAUUUUUUUGUGACGUGUACAUAAUGUAUAUAGCCGAAUUUACCGGUUAUGGAGAAUGUAUGAAUUGUUAUUUAAGACAAUAUAAACUAAAACAAAUGGAACUAAUUGUUUAUCAGGAGAAAGUUUCUCAUGGAACGAAUACCCUGUUAAACCUGGAACUAAACUUAGUGCCUCAACAAAAAGUUGAAGUCUUAAGAUUGCCUCAACAGGUAGAGAGGCUCCCUGUUGAAGUUUAACUAAAUUUACGAGACAAAGCUAUACACUGUAUGUGUACAAGUGAUAUUAUUAUUGUCACAUGAAUUUAUAACUUGACCAUAAGACCUUGAAUGCUGCUUGCAAUUACCCUCAUGUAAGCAGUAUGACUAGGUCUUGUGUUCAAACUGAUUAUGUCAUACCACCAUUUUUAAGACAUGCUCAAAGUGCAAGCGGCCUGCACUUCCUGAGCUAAAGUUUUUAAUGUGCUCUGUUUCUGGUAAGGGAUUGCUUGAAUGGACUUUAAAAAUUAACAUCACCUGGCCAAAAAUCAAAGUCUAUCUUGUACUUCCUUGCAGAAGCAGAGCCUCCUCUUGGAGGAUUGCUUUGUUGCAUUGUGUGUGUACUAGUUUUAGAACUCAUCUUCACAGUUGCUGGGCAAACAAGCAUACCACAGGGAAAAAAUCUUCUGUGGAAAUAAACAUCUCAAACCAGGAACUAUAUGCCCUAUAUUUUGGAUUGAUUUUAUGUAGAAUUGUAGUAUUACUAAUUAAUGCAACCUCCUUGAGCCUUAUAAUUGAUUCAAUAAAGCAUGUUUUCAGCA